GCGUGGAUGGCAAUCGGGUGAGCGUGUGUGUCCGCGGGAUGUUCCAAGAGCUUAUGUUUGAUGGUUUCUCAGUCAAUAGAGAGAAGUUGUUCUCUGCAGGACAGCGUCGGUGAGUCACUUUGCCUGAAUGUUUGCGCAUUGUACCCUGCCCUAGUCCGUGUUGCUCUGUUUUACUGGGAAAGAAGUUCUUGUUUGCAAGUUUUGUUCAAUGGCAGAACAGGGGUUAAGUUGUAACUUUUAUUAACGCAAUAACUUGCAAGAAAUCAUGUGAAUGUACCUCACUUUGCAGCCGUCAGAUGGUGCUUUCACUGACAUUUGCGCUAGUUAGAAAUUUUGAGGAUGUCAAAAAAACGUGCAUGCUUUUUGUAACAUAAACUGUGAAACAUUUAGUCACUGUCCAUCCAGGUGAGUCCACCCACCCGACAGGUGGAGGCUAUUGAUAUCAAGCGACAUCAUCCACAUCACCUCAAAGAGAAAAGUAAAAGGUGCAGUAAUGACUGCGUUUAGACAACGUGUGAAACUAGAGAACCAGGACCAAGACCACAAUAGACUCAAUAACUGUCUCUGAACUCAGCUCACGGCACCACAUCGAUUAUGUUACACUAUACAUGUCAUCUAAUACUGCUGUGCUGUACAGAGGAAGGACAUCAGGGCGUCUGAACGCGCGCUUCCAGUACGUGUGGGAGCUGGCACCAAACUGCGUCGAAAAAUGUUCUUAGUGAGAGUUGCGUUGCUCUAGCGCAAAUGUCUUUCGCUUAAGAUCAUAUCUUAAGUUCUUGCAUGACUCAACACAACAGUUUCAUUGUUUCGGCAAGUAUGUCACAUUAUAAGCAUUGUUAUUAUAGGGAAAUAUUGGCUUUUGUAACGGGCGCGUAAGAUAUCUCCACGGCGUUAUGUCCUUCAAAUACCUCACAAUCGAGCCCUUGCCAGCAGCAACCCCAAGGGUGAUAAGUAAGGACAUUUCAGGGUGAAUUGUUGCUGUUGGAGCAUUUUUGUAUGCCGAAUUUACCAAAGGGUACUUGUCACCCCAAAAGGUAGUUUAUCGAGCUUAUAGUAAUGAUUUGCUGAUGUGUGAGACAAAAAAACCGUAAGCUGUACGUUUCCAAAUCAUGUUUGGCGUGUCGAGUCCAAACACAUUGCCAUGAGGCUGUGUAAGACGUUUGUUUUCACCUUUGCAAAGCCAACUGCUUAUUUGGUUGAAGUAGUUCACGGAAAACACCUCCUUUAGACUUGUUUACAGACAAACCAAGUGCACAUGCUGUAGCCAGUUUGGAAAAUGGUACAAAAAGUUGUGCAAAUUCUGUCUUUCGAGUUGCGUCUCACACUGUGAUACACUCACACUAGUACACGCAUGGAACAAUGUCCAAGUGUUUUUUCUUUCCUUUCUUAUUUGGCAGGUAGUCCAGUGCGCCUAAUCUGCCAAUAUAAAUAACUUGUGGGUAAUUGGGAGAGCUACUUCUGUGUUUGUGCUCCACACUUGGAAGUGCGUAGGGAAGCUAAUUAGCAGGCAUUCCCCUCUGCCAAUCCUUCAAGUUGAGAGGUCAGCGAACCCAGAAGGAUUGAGACAACACUUGAGUUCCUUGUGCUUGAUCUUUCUUUUGAGUUUCAUUGCUAGAAAGUGGAGUGACAGAUAGAUAGGUAUUCACCUGGAUUUUACUCCUUUCUCUUUACUUCUCCAAGCAAAUUUUUGCUUUUUUUCUGUGGUAGAUCAGGCAUAAUUUGAUCUACUAAGGACACAGAUUUGUUUGAAUAACCUUGAAGGGUUCUCCCAGGUAUUAACAGGAAACCUUUCUUUUUGUUUAUGCUCCAUUUCUGGAUGCUGUUGUUUUGUUUAUUAUACAUCCACAUCUAGAUGAGUUGGCUCAAUUAUUUGGACAUCUGCUCAAAGUGCAUGUUAAGACUUUAGCCUCUUCUUCCAUGCAGUGUAGCAGAGUUUACUACCUUCUUUAUGAAAACACACAUUUCCUUUUUCAAAUUGAAGCCCAACUUUUCAGGCUGGCCUUCACGUCCACAUAACCUGAGCCAACAAAACAAGGAACAACUUUCUCAAACAUUCCUCUGGGAGAGAAUACUCCAAUCAUUGUCUUCUGACAUCAGUAUCCGGUGAUGUACUGCUGGUGGUGGUGUUGGUGGUUAUUAGUGUCAGUGUCUUUCUUGGACAAAGUUGAAAUAAGGAAUGUUCCUAGUAGAGUUUGAUCAAAGUGUCUCCAACCUGUCUGCCGUGUGUGACGUUGGGAUUGUCUGCAGGGUUUAGCUCUGGUGAGAUGGAGUUAAGCUGAGGCAAACAUUAUAUCCACUUCAGUAAACUGAGAGCUUCUCUGGAAAUGAGAUGUCUUAGCUUCACUUAAGGAGGCUCAUUCCUUGUGUGCUUGAUGAUGAAGGUACUAAAUUAAAAAGUUUCUCCAGCAUCACAACUUGUACAUUAACUUCACACUAGACAUGCUUUUCGGUGUCUUGCCUCGUUGCCAGAGUUUUCUUAACACCAAAAUCCUGAACUUUGUACUUUACUUGGAAAAAAAACCCAAAUUAUAUCAGUACUUGUGCAGCAAAAAUGAACAUAUGGACACCUUGAAUGGUUUAAAAUUUGAUUAUGUUGGAUUUUCGUCCUGUUUAAUGCUAUAAUUGGUGAUGAAAGGCAAAACUGAAUGAGAUUUCCCCAAAAUAAAUGUAAAGUAUGGUAGAUUGAUACAGUUUUUCAGUUGCCAAUGCAAAUAUUAAGGAGGCAGACCAGCUGAUGGCUGUUAUAUAAAUGCUUUUAUUUUGCAUUUGACAAAAUAAAAUGGAACAAGAUACAAAAUUGCUGAUUUGCAUUAAAACUUUAUGAAACAUAGGUAUAAAAAAUACUUGGCUCAUUAAAAUAUUGCCACAAGGGAGUUCAAGAUUUCUGUCCAGUCAUCUGUAAAUGUUAAAAUAGAGCAGCUAAAAGGUAAAUAUUUGCUUAAGAAUGUAAGACAAGAAAAUCAUGUAUUAUUCCUUAAUUUCAUGUGCAUCAAAGUCUAAUAUUCUAUGUUAGUUUAGCUAGAGACUGAUGCUGAUGGGAUGCAGGUUAAAGUAAAAUCUUUGCUAUCAAUUCUCAUUAUCUGUAACAUUAAAAAAAUUGUGGUGGUGUUGUAUUUUUAAAUCAAGUGUGAUUUCUGUCCAUACUGUCUAGUUUUCUUGUUUUCUAGUUUUCAUGAUGGAUGGGCAUCCAUCAUGGUGCAGGGCUUUGCAGCUCUCUGUUAGCUGGUCUGAAGGUCAGGACUGAUCAGCAUGUAGGCACUAUAGGAUGUCACUGUCCUCUGCUCCCUCUCUGCCUGCAACAGACAUAAAGGUGACUUCUGUGUCUUUUUUAACAAACUAAAACAACAUCACUAAACACCUCAAGACUUGAGAAGAGUUGGUGGUGUAGUGGCUGUGAUGGAGGGCAGAGCAGCCACUCACACAGUGGGCAGAGGGAAACACAACUUCAGCAGCACCUGCACUUUUCUGCAUGUUUAUCUAAGUUUAUUAGAGUGUAACUGUUGUGAACAACAGGAAAAUAGCAUCUUACUUAAUGCCUCUUCUCUUUAUCUUCUUAACAUAAUGACAAUUCUGUUGACUGAUCACUGAAGCUCACUCGAGCAUUAAGUUGAAACUUUUCUUGGCAGGUAUUAUUAGACAUAGUAAAUAGGACCUCUGCAGGAUGACUUAAAUUGAUGCCCUUUAUGUUCUUAUUCACUUUCUCUUAUUCUCAGAGCUUUACAGUUGACACACCUUGAAAACCUCCACAGGUUGGUUCACAUCUGUCCUGACUAAAGCCGUAUCCAUACAGGAUCCGUAUUGAGCGCGUUCCUUAUUUGCUCCAUAGAGCAGCAUUGGGUAUCACAUACAGGAUGCGUAGAGUGUGGCAGCAGCAGCUUAGUGCAGCUCAUAACAGGCUGUUUUGCCUUUCUGUGGUCUAUUUCCUGCUGAUUUGGAUAUAAGUCAGUGACUGUUGAGCCUCUACUAUAUGUGAAAAAGCAACGUGAUUUUACAGUUUUGGGUUUUGCAGGUUUACUCAUGUUUAAUAAAGUAAACUUUGUUCCUUUAUGCUAUGCUAUUACCUUCAGACAGAGUUAGCAGUCGAAAGUCCUGUUAGGGUCCACAUGGAUCAGGGAUUGACCAUCGGAUUGUUCAGUGCUACUGAUAAAUCCAUAACCAGGAAGUAUUUCUCAUCUACAUUAACUGACACACAGUCAGGAGUUCGCAUAUGGUGUUUAAUUUUGAAAUACCAGAUGACAUGCACGGUUUUUGUGCUUGACAUCUUGUCUAGAAAGAUCUUCUCUGUGUGAAUUGAUGCGUGUUGGAAGUGUAGAGCAGCAAAUAUAGACUUGUCGCGUAUGUUUAGCGGAGCUGCUUGAUACGCUUCUGAUGCAGAGCUGCGAUGGAGCUGAUACACAUCCUGUAUGCGAUGCUGCAUUGAUUAGAAUGGGAAACCUAUUUGCUGUGUGAUACGUGACGCUGACGUUACGUGCUCAACACGGAUCCUGUAUGUUUUAGCUAACUGUCAUCAUUUUCCCUCUCUAAGACAAGUGUAACUUGUCUUUAAAGACAACUGAAGUUGUUGACUGAAAAACUGUAGUUUUUGCCACAUAGUAAACAGGCAGAGGUGAAAUUUGCUGGACUUUCUAAUGGUUGGGGUCUAAAAAAGUACAAAGAGAUAUGUACAGUUCAUUAGGUUGAUGCUUCUGUAAGGUUGCUCUGCCAGAGUCUUGACAGGACUGAAUGUUCCCUCUCAAACCUGGGCAGAUAAAACCAAAUCCUAUGGAAAAGCAAGGCUGAAAAGUAUUCUCUUUGUAAUCCAGCAGCACCAGCCCUUAAAUAUGAUCCAUCUACUGUGUCAUGCUCUGUGUGUGUGUGCAUGUGUGCAGUGUGACUUGAGUUACCAGAGUUCCCAGGGUCUCCACCUUCACUAUUAGAGAGUGAGAAACUGCUAGCAGAGGUUAGUUACAUAAGCCUAUUGGGCGUUACAUCAUUGUUUUGGGGGCCCUGGUCCGGAGAGCUGGGGCUUGGGCUUCAGAUGGAUCUGAUGGGUCCGCUGCCUUCCACAGACCCCCUCAGAUGAGGAGAAUAAGGAGGAGGGGAAGCUUGCAGGGAGGUUAUUGGAAGCAGAUGCUUGGUGGGUCUCUGCUUCUGGGUGACCUGACUUGGUGCUGGUAAAGAAGCAGGUACCACCUGUAAUCCAGUCUAAGCAUACCAUGUGGUUGUUAGUCCAUCUGUAUUUGCUGAUUAGCUGAUGUAUGCUUUGAAUGUCUUUUGGGUGGGCUUGGUUGCCAUGACAUCAAAGCAAAAACAUGCAAAACAGGAAUGAUUUAUUGGUCUAUAAUCCCCUAAACAACCCCACCUCUUUUGUUCCCCACCAGUAAAUCAAUCCCAAUAAAACACACAAAUAUUCACAAAAGACUCUAACUACAAGAUGUUGUAGCUAAACACAUUUUUGUUGGAAAAAGAAAAGAAACAUCGCCACAGUGUUGAAGAAUUUUGUAUUUUUUUACGCUUGGUUACGCCUGUGGUGUUUAAAAAGCAGUGACACUGAGACAAUAUAAAACCUAACAGCCUGGAACGGCAUGAAUUUAGUGUCUGUGUGACCUUCUGUGCACACAUGUUGGGUUCCAGAUCACUAGUUUGUAAAAUAAGGCUCUUGCAUUACCCUCCAGCUCCCUCAACAAUAAGAUCCCACAAAGUGUUAUUUCCACAAAGUGCUAUUUUAAGAGCGUCUUUGAGGCUCAGUGGUUCAAGGUGUGUUUACCAUAUAAAUCAACAGCCUGCUUGAUUGUGACACAAGAUCUUUGUUGUGAGUCUUUCCCUGUGUUUCUUUGCAUUAUUUUCUCUUCUUUGAACUUCCAGAUUCAGUCUUUCAGAAAUUUGAAGUGUAAAGGAGUCAGUGGAAACACAUUUGUUUCCUCUUGUAGAGAGGAUUUAGGAUGGUCAUCAUAGCAGCACUGCACUAAAAAGGCAAAAUGAAAACAAGACUAAAAUCUCUGUCCAAGAAACUGAGAUAUUGCAAUUAAAUCUGUGCAUUUGUUUCUACAAAAAACUGCAACAUAAUAAUGGGCGUGACUUACAGCAGAAAGAUGGUUGUGUUGUAGCCAGACUCGAGGUCCCCGUUUCGCCUCUUUGCCUGUAUCCAGGUUGACCAACAUGGUGCCUGCCAUCUUUGAGCCUCAUAACACCUCUUUAGAAACAAGUGGUUCACAUCGCUGUGAACCACUUAACUUCACCAGAUUCCUGUUUGGUCCAUCUCAAACCGUACCAUAUCCCUGGAAAGCUCCUUUAUACCUGGGUGACUGUAAUAUUCAAAGAGUGUCUGAUUGCUUGCCUUUACUUAAGACAGGGCUAGCUGAAUUUUGAACUCGAUCGCUGAGUGCAGUGGAGUUUCGCAGCUCAGGGAAGAACAUUUAUGAUCAUUACUUAAUGGAAAUGCAAUCAGACCAAGACACUAAGGCAGAAGACUUACAGCGUCUGCAGUGCAAAAAUGAUUAAUAUGAUGAAUAUUACUUUAUGGAAAUGAUCACCUGCACUGUGAUCAACUUGUUAAGGCUCCCCCACAAACAAGCGGCUGCUGGAGGAGAGUAGGUGAGUUGUGUUUAGUCUCUUUGCUAAAGAAAUUAGGCAAAGUUAAAAAGAUGUUUGAUGGCUAAUACUAUAGCUGGGACCCUAUAUGUACUGUUGAUGAAGUUAGGUGCUGUUCUGAGCAUUAUUUGUGGCUAUAUGUGUGUGGAGACAUAGACUGCUGUGUAUUGCUAUCAUGCCGUCGUUACUAAAAUUGGUAUAACUAGAGAAGCAAGCAGUCUGCAACAUUCAUCUCUCAACGGGGUGUCUAACUCGGUGUUCUGGUGUGUUUGACCCUGAGCUAAUUUUAAGAUGGAAUAUCCCUUUAAAACCACUGUAAAACUCUGAAAAAUGCAAAAAAAACAGUUUUUUGUUAAUGAAAGCAUGUCUGUCUGUUUAAAUCGACAAUACACAGUAAAAAAUACCUAAUUAAUGGACCAGCUCUAAUGCUAGGACUUAUUAAAUAGAUUCAAACUGUAUAAAUAACAUUGACAGUUCUGACGUGAGUAGAUCCCAUGCGUUAAAAUCAUUGGUUUUAUUCACGGAGCUCCAGGGCCUCUGGGUUCACUGACCUUACAUACUCUUGCGUGGGCAUAGGCUCAUAUAGGUCACACAGACAAUGCUGCAGUGUUGUCCACUAAUUGACCAGCAUUUGAUUUGUUAAUGGCUUUAGUGAAGGUUUGGUUCACUCAUUUACUGUACAUAGUCAUAGCUUUUGCUGGUAUGGAUCAUUGUCAGAACCUGUUCCUAAACUUUAUAAAAACUUAGUUUCCUUUAGAGCUCAAAAUAAGUUAAAUUUGCCCUUUGUUAAAAAACGAUAUUCCCCUUUAAGUUUGUUCAGUGGAUUUCACAGGUUUGUCAAUGAAUAAACAGAAAUGCAGUCAUUCGAACAGGGUGUUCCCAGUUUUCUUCCCUCUGUGAGCAGUUAUCUGGGUAUUGUUGAUUUAUUAUGAGGACAUACAGAUGGGCUCUACUCGAUUUAGAUGUCUCUGUGCUGUCAGCUUGUUUUCCAGGCUCUGUUGCAUAAUGUAAUGUGAACAGAAAGGUCUGUCACAGCUUUAAUAUUAAGUUUAAAACCCAAACUCUCUGUGGUGACUCAGUAAAUCAUUUGUUUUUUAGGAUCAGGUGGAGUUCAUGGACCAGGACACUGAAGGAGGAAAAUUGAAUCUGCUGUCUCUAUGACCAUCUUGUAAGUACAUCAGCUUAAUCCUUUUGUUCCUCUCGUAAAAACAGAUUCUCAUCUUAAGAGUUUCUGAAUGCUUCAUGGGACAGAAAAAAAAACACACGUUACCUGCAGCCAACAGGACAUAGUGUACGUUUCUGAGUUGCACGGCACUUCGAUGAAAGCAGGAAAGAGGGGAUAUGAGCUUUCCUUUCAGGGGUCAGCUAGACCUGCGCUGACCUUUAUGAGGCCUCUGUUGCUGUCACUGCUCAUGUGAAGUCAUGUGAAGCAACAACAGACAGAGCCAAACCUCACACCCCUGACUGCGGUUAUAGCACAUCGUUUAGUUUGUAAUUGUGUGUUUUUGUAGGUAUUUUACUUUUGAUUUCACUUCAGUGGUCAUUUUUGAGUAUAUUUGGACUUUCGUUUUAUUCCUCUUUUUAGUGUCUUUUCAUCACUUCUGCAAAUGUUUGCUUAAAGUAAUGGCCCCAUUUUAGUUUAAGCACUUUUAGAAGAGGUCGUAUUAUUUUUAUGAUACAAUAAAAAAACCUCUGACUACAAAAUAUUUCUAAAAUAGCUUAAACCCCCAGAAAUCCCACUUUUAGUGUUGGGUUAAGGAGCCUGAAGUCCUCUAUCCAGACAUCAUUCAGAACUCCUAUCCUGCCAAAAUCACAAAGCAGCUUAUGGACAUUUGUACUGCACUGGGUUAGUCGUAUAAAUGUGCUUCCAUCUGGAUUUUAUUUUAUUAUCUUUAAAAUGAGGAAAGCUCACUGAAUCCUUAACAAAGUAAGGUUGUACAUUAAAUAAAAACAGAUGCUAAAAACUGGUGAAGUAGUUCAUCUGGGUUCUUAUAUCUGCUAAGGAGGGCGUUAAAGUAAGUUGGCUCAGAGUAUGGUAGAGAGGUGAACUAAAUACAGAUUUUCCUACAAAGAAGAGGUUGACAUUAAAGUCGCUCACAUGUAUGUAGAGUAGCUGACAGAAGUCAGCAUCAUGUAAUCCUGCUGCAGCUCUGUGGAUGGGUUUGUUUCAGGACUGGUGUUGGUCUUUUCAGCAUUUGUGCCACUACGUUACCAAUCUGUAUUUGAAUCUUCUGUAACACAACAGAAGCCUCAAUGUAAGCGGUUCACAGUGAUAACAGGGUCUUAACUGACACACAGACCAUCUCCUGUUCGUGUUGUUUCUUUCCUCAUGUCAGGAAUAUUAGACCUCAGCAGCUGCUGUGUUGACACAAUAGGCUGUGUGUUUCCAAGUACACACACACAAACACAAAGACCUGAGUGGCCUAAUUGUGUCAGUGAGUGGUUGAGUGCUUUAGCCAAGGGACCCUGAUGGACUUUGAUCCACUCAGCAAUGUGUUUACUCCUACCGCGCCAACUCUGAUAUUCUCACACCAAGGAGCUCUGCAGGGUCUUCGCACAGUUCACUGUACUCAGCUGGUAGUCAGUAUCUCAAUUCUGACGCAGAAAACAUUUAUUUUAUCAGCCUUUAUGGUAUAAAGAGGUGGUAGGUCAGAGGUCCCGGCAUGUCGAGACCCACAGGUUUUUCCACCUAUGCUGGCUGUUAGAGGGGGCAGGAGUUUGGGAGGUGGAGAGUUAAGUGAUAGUAUAAACUUAUGUUAUCAAAUUUGGAUUCAAAUUUUAAGUCUAACAUUUUUUAUUCUUGAAACCCAAAGAGUAACUCAGGUUACCAAAGUCAUAGUUUAUAGAGUGCCCAUACAUGGUAAAAGUUCAACCUCAAAGUCGGCAAACUCUUAAAAUGCAGCCUUGAAAGUUGUUUAAAAACUGUUAAAAAUUGGUUAAAAAGUUGCUUACAAGAGAGAGACUUGGCUGGGUGCCAUUUGACCCUGACACAUGUGCAAAUGUCAACCAAAGCACUCUUGAUGACCUAUCGUAUUUUCAGAAAACAGUCAAUUUUUUUUUCUUCGAGCUGAUUUAAAGAUUUUUAAAGACUAAAAGUCUUGGCAGUAAAAUUUACAUUAAAUUUUGUUAUUAUUUUAGUGAGUAUAACAGGUAGAAAUGCAGCACCUUAAAUUAUGUCAUGAUUGGGAUUUAUGUGAGGACUUAAAAAAAAAGGUAGAUUCUUUGUGACAAAAUUUAGUACAUCUUGGUUCUUAUUUUUUCACAUUAAUUGGCAAAAGCAAAAAGUACAGUGUAAAAAUGGUAAGACAACACUGUACAUUACAAUUAGAAAGGAUCAAGUUUAUUGUCAAGUGGGAAAUUUGUCUUGCACUUGAACAAGAACAAACAGCAGCCAACAUUCAGUGUGCAAAAUGAUAAAUUAUAAACUAAUGAAUUGGUGAAAUAAAGAAACAAGAGCGGUUGAUGUUUGCAGAAGAAUUAUCACAGGUGAAAUUUUGAUGGUAAAAACUUGACAAAUGUAGCAUCUAACUUUAAGUGUUUCACGCAAAAUUUUUGUUCUUUACAGCUAAUGUAGCCGUACCAACGGCAGGGGUGAGCAGGGAAGUGUUUUAAUCAAGAGCCUGAUUACUGCAGCAGGCCACCAAGGGGAGCUCUAAAGUUUUUUUGCCUUCACUUUAAGGUAGCUGUUAUCUGGGACACUUUUGGUUUUAAUAAAAAAAAAAAAAAGAGAUUUUAUACAAAAUGUAUUUACUCCAGUUAAAAAAAUGUGUUUAAGAUCUUUAAACAGUGUUGGUUUGAAUGUCAAAACAUAGUACACAUAUGCAAAUAUGAGCUGCAAAUUUUGAAUUAACUCAGGAACAGGUCAAACAAAUACCUAUAACACUUCCCCAUCAGAUUCUUGCCAAUACACUUUCUUAAUAGGUUUUAAUGGUUAUAUUCUCUUUAUAACAUCUGGCACCAAACCCACUCUCUUUCAUUGUACCAAGAUUGUGAACUUCCUACAGCUCAACUCUACACUCAUACACUACAGGCCAAAAGUUUGGAAGCAAGAUCAAAUUUGUGCAAAAAAAGAUCAUAGUACUUUGCAACAAAAAAAACCCUGAUAAUUAUCUAAAGAACAACUUAUCAAAAGACAUUUAGACUAUAAUUAUUAGGUAUUUGAGUUAUUGUUGCUUAGACUUUGCUUUCCUUAAAUGAACCUCCUCUGGCUUUAACAACUGCUUGGCUUAUACCAGGCAUUCGUUCCACAAUUUUUUAAGGUAUGUAGCAGGAAUUGCAUUCCAAGCUUUCUUAAGUUCAUCAAUAAGAGACUGCUGAUUUGUGGGACGCCCUUUUCUGAUUAAUUAAUCCAAUUCAUCCCACACAAGCUCAAUUGGAGAAAGGUCUGGAGACUGAGGGGGCCAAACCAUCUUUUGAAGAACACCUUCCUCUUCUUUUUUAUCUAAGUAACCCUGACAGAGCUGGCAGAGUGCUUAGGGUCAUUGACUUGCUGCAAAACAAACUUAUGAGCCACAAGUCUGAGUCCAGACGGAACAGCAUGGUGCUGGAGGACGGAGUGGUACUGUUCCUUCUUCAUGAUACCCUUUACUUCAAAUAAAUCUCCUACUCCAUCACCUGCAAAACAUCCCCAUACCAUGGAACUACCACCUCCAUGCUGAAUUGUGGGUGUAACACAUGGUGCUUUCAGACAUUCACCAGUUCGUCCGCGGACAUAGACUGUGUUUUGAACCAAACAGUGCAAACUUGUUUCUAGUCAUCAUAAGUCCAAUUUUUGUGAGCUUUUGCUCACUCAUAUCUCUUUUUCUUGUUCUGUGGACGAAGUAAUGUUUUUUUGCAGAUACACAACCCUUCAGACCAGCCUUUCUCAAACUUCAUUUCACGGUUGUCAGAAAUAUGGGUUUUGACCUUGUCGUGUUGAUUUCCUCCCUUAUUUGUGGUGCUGUUUUUCGCCGAUCUCUCUUACUGAUGACAAUAAUAUGUUUAUCCUCUGCUUCUGUAGUAACUCUCUUUCGUCCAGGCCUUUUCCUAUCAUCAAAACUUCCAGGUUCCUCUAGUCUCUUCAGAGUUAGUGGACUCCUUGUUAAACACGUUAAGGUGUUUUGCAAUUUCCCUUUCAGUGUAUCCUUCUUUUCUCAAUGUACAAAUCUGUACUCUUUUUUUCUUUACCCAGUUUCUUCUUUCUAGCCAUUUCUGCAAUAGUUUGUCAGAGUUUUGAACACGGGUGAGAUUUAUUGGGAUUUUUGUAUGCAGACACUCAAAAGCCAAUAAGUAAAAGUGAAUAAUGCAAAGUGAUUUGUUUUUUUACUUUUACACUGAAUUUGUGACUCUUGCUAAUCCUCUUGAACCUAAAACUAAGCCCUCCCUUUCUUUUGUUGACAUUUAUUCAGCAAUGGUCUGGUAACAUCAAUGUAUACCUAAAGGUAAAUUAAGGAAAAUGGUGCAUUUCAAUGAAAGCAAAGUCUAGUCAUGCAAUAAAUACAUCCCAAAAUACAUUUAACUUUUUUUUUAUUUUUAUGAAAGGCAUUGUGUACAGAAAUUUGAAGUAGUUUCCAAAUGUUUGGCCUGUUUUGGUCUUGCUUCCAAACUUUUGGCCUGAAGUGUAUAUGUAACAUCUGCUGACAGCUUCCUCACAGCUUCCUGCUAUUUGCUUAAACUGUAAUUCAGUCCUGAGCCCCCUGAGCUCCUCCAGACUCCAUACAUACACUGACACGCCUCUAACACACACAAAUAUUGUGGAAUCAGAUCCACCCACUUUGUUCCCCUGUACAGAUUGAAAUCACAUGUGUGCUGUGUGUUUAAAGUUCAUCUCUUUAACCCACAAUUACAAACAAUUACCCAUCAAUCUUACACCUCUCUGGUUUUCCCCCUUGAAUGUCACAGCUGGCCUCUGAUGGAACUUUUUUCCUCUCAGUAUUACAUGGAUGUGACUCACGCUGAAACAUAAUCUUGGUGACGGCAGGACUGAACCACGUCGAGACUGCAGAAAACUUUUGCCAGCUGUUUCAAUCCAGAUUCUUGAAAUUCAGUUUAGUCAGUAAUAUCUGAUGACAGAUCUGUGAUGGUGGUCUUGCAGGAGGAAGGGAAACCACGUAUACCUGAUAGUUUGCAUGGGUUAAGUCAUCCUGUAAAAAAAUCAGUAUGGUACUGUCAGAUCGGUGUGUAAUUCCAUGAAGAGACCCUGAUGCAGCUGAGCGUGUGAGCUCAUAAUAUCAGAUGUUAUCAGCUGAUCCAGGUGCUGUUAUUCCCCCUGCAUGUCUGGCCUGUUAGCAGUGAUCAGAGCUUGGUGAUGACUGAAAGAGGAGUCAUACUUAAAGUCUGACUGUGUCUAGCUGACAGAUGCACAUGAACACACACACCUACACCUGGUGCUGCUCAUCAUUGUUCUGGGCUGAUGCCAUGCUGCGGCUAACACUUCGCCUUUUAUAGGAAAGCAUUCACACAGAAUGCCUGAGAUGUUAGGAGUGAGGGUCUGAGGGUGUGCGCACAUGUUUGUGUACACACCCAGCCAUGCUUUAGACCAUGUGCUCCAGGAAGCAUGAGCUAAAGGUAUGCAGGGACCUGAUGAGACUAAACUGAAGAAAGUGGAGCGCUGGUUUUCACCUCACUGAGAAGUCUCUUUUGCUUACUCUUGCCAAAUAUAUUCUCUUGGUCCUUGAUCCUGUGCAUACACCCAAAACCCCAGUAUGAAUUCAACCUUAUUUGGGUGGGAUGGUAAAUUAAUGUGUUUGCAUUCAGGAUGAGCAUCAACUUAACAAUUAAAUGCAGUCAUCUUCCCUUGUCAGCACCAGAAAUACUAGCCGGUGAAAUGGGUUGACAUUUUUAUUUCUCAGCCUAAAAUGCUGUUUAAAUGUUAUGUCUAAAGCCAACAAGUGGCAACCUCCGAUCUUAAGAAAUAAAGCCAAGCAGUUCCCCGAGUGUCCACCUGUGGCUGUCUGCAGAAACACCACAUACACACUGAACCAAAAUAAAGCCAGUUUUUGGAGCAAAAGUAAACAUGUUUACAGCCUGAUUACAUUCUUUUUGAAGUUAUUAAGGUUACUAGAUCAGCAGCUGAGAGGGGGGCACACUGCAGCUAAUUGAGAGAAGGCUUAAGGCCUCUGUUAAGCUGAGUCAGCAUUCCCACUAUGGCGACCGCUGCUAAUUGGCUUUAAAAAUCUGCUUCACAAACAAAUGGGUGACGUCACUGACGCUAUGUCCACUUAUCAUACUGUCUGUGGGCUAAGCUGUAGUUCAGUCUCCCACCACCAGUUGGGGCUUUAGAUUCAGGUCAUGGAAUCUGCCACAAUGCUGUAAUGGUUUGCUAUCUGAAUGGUGGCUUGGUUUGUAAGCAUUUUGUUCUAUAAAACGGAGAUACAACCUUGUGUCGUGUCGGCUUUGUCUGGUUAAAAUGGUGUUAAAAUCACUCAACUGGAGCAAUGUGUAAGCAUCACAGCAUGUUAGGGUAACCUGUGAGGAGGAGUCAGUCACAGCCUGUACAACCGUUUGACACUGUCAAACUUUGUGGUCCUGUAUUUGGCUUUGUUAGGUGAUGGCGCUUGGUUUUGACUGUUCUCUUACCUUUAAAGUCUGUUAAUUUAAACUUUAAUUUCAAUAUCUUCCUACACAGUUAUUUCUCCACUGAACUGCUCUGAAAAGUGGUCACGAGGCUGAAAUUUCUCAUUACUUCAGAUGCCAUGUAGUCUUGUUUCCAUGCUUAGGGGUUAGUCCAGUAUUUUUCUACACCACCAGGAUUCGGUGCACUGUGUUAAAUUGACUCUUGCGCCAUUGUGUUAACUUUAACUAUGAUUUUAUAGCACUUGCCCAGAUUUCCAAAUCAAUCUUUGAAGUCUUAAAUAUGGCUCAGUUCCAGUUCAGAGUGUUUAACCUCUGACCUUUUCGAAAACUGGCUCUCAAACUGUCACAGGGAUGAUACAGUACACACACUUAUCACUGGCAGGACCUUGGUUAAUGUUUGUGUGUGUUUGUUGGUUUUCAGCCAUGUGGGAAAGUAGUUCCUUCUCUCUCUCUCUGUCUGUGAGCCUGUUUCUUUUUCUGGUUUACUGUCCCUCUGUUUGACUCAUCAGGACCACUGCAAGGAAUAAAAGGAAUUCCUCCCCCUUUGGUCUCUCUGCUGGGUGACUCUCUCCAGCCCAUUCAUCCUCACCCCUCAUUAGGACACGCUCUAAUUUCAGUCCACUGCUGUCAUACUGUCCGUUAGCACCGUUAGACACACUCCAGGUGUACUUCUCCCCUCUUAUUUGUGAUAAAUGUUUGGCAGGGAUCCCAGUGACACACUCCUACAUACCAAACUGACUCUAACUGUGCCACUUGUUGCCUAAACGGGCAAACACUCAUGUCACCGCUAAACCCACCCUGUGGUUUUGUGGGCCGUGGUUCUUGGUGAGUCGCCAGUCCCUUCCAGUCCUCCCCUUCGCCAUCUCACUCUCCCUCAGUCCUGCUCUCCUCUGCACCAUGUCCCUGCUAUCUCUCUUCUCUUUCCUGCUGUUUCGCAACAGUCCUGACUGCUGCUGACUUAUUCUGGGGGAUAAACUGACUGACUGAUAACGACAGGAAGCAGAGGAGCAAUGAAAGGUACAGUCCUUCUCAUUUCAGUCUCAACUUCUGUUUUUGUGGUGUUGUCUGGCUUCAGCUGUGUGAUUGCUCUCAGCGGUGGAAGUAUCCGCUCAUUAAUGCGCUUUGAAAGCCUUUUUAUCUGCCUGGAGCCUGGGUGGCAGCCUCUGGUGGGAAAGCUCUGGUUUGUGCAGCAGUAAAUUAGCCUCCAUCCAGGAGACAUGUAGGUUAUAGCAGCAGUGUUAGAUAGAGGAGGUGAAACAGGGAGAGAGAGCUGUAUAGUUUGAUAACCUCCGUCUAUCCCGUUGAUGGAUCCUGUCAAGGUAAAGUGUUGAUUUUUAAAAGAAAAAAAAAACCUCUUUUUGUCUUUUCACUCCUUUGCCAUCACUCUUCCACCCUCUUUUGCUCCCUGCUUUUCUUUCACCCACCAACCCCCUUAUCUGCCCUCUCUGACGCUCUUAUCUCCUCUCACUCUAUUUGUGGCUGCAGACUGACACCUUGAAUUGUUGUUUUGUGCACCACUGAAAGCUGCACUUGCGUGGCCUCGCCUUGUGUGUUUGUGUGGGGGCUUGAUGUGUGCUGCAUCAAAGGUGAAAGGAGGAGAGUGCAGACUCUUCAAGAAAAGGAAGAAGCUUUGAUGAAAACCUCUGUGGCACAUCUGGAUACUCUCAAUGCAGUCUGGAAGGGCAGGGUCUGGUUUUCCAAGUUUGUUGGGGUACAAACAGGAAGAAGGAUGAUGCAGCAAAGUCACAGUCAUUCAUAUAUUUUUGAAAUAAACUUGAUUAGAGUGACUCCUGUAUCAUCACAACCAAAUGAAAAACAUGGCACACGCAUGGAUAAUAGUGCCGCAACCAGAAAAAAAAAGUGUAUUAAUAAUAUAAUAAUAAUAAUGAUAAUAUACGUACCAGGGUGAUUGAUCCUAUUUGCUGAAUUGUCAAAGGGAGUGUUUAGAUGUAUCUGUGAAAAUUGUGAAAAAAACAAAAUCAAAUGGCCUUUCUGAUUCUUAGUGGAGUGUACACUUAACAUGAGUGUUUUGGUUGGGGUCUUUCAAAAUGAGCUAACUUAUCUGGCAGACUUAGCCCAGUCUGCACAGACCUGUAGCCUAGCAUGCAAGCAGUUUCUCGUUAAAGGCACAGAACUGACCAGCUUCUAUUAUGGCUAAUACACGUACUAGCCACACAUGGCUUUAAGGGCGGGGGCGUUCAUCAUUGUUUUCCACAUGAAAGCAAAGUUUCAACCUUUUGUGUCCUUACCAGACUAUGAAUACUAGAUGUAUCAACAUUUUUAAAUGUUAUUUGUAAUAAUUUUAGAAAAUAGAUGUAAACUGCUCAAAACAGUAUGCCGUGAGAUUACACAAGACUCAUUAAACUAAUGAGGUCAUUGCAACAGACUCUCUUUACUCGUUCAUCUGUGCUUCCAGCAAAGCUGAACAGCCUCCCUCUAACAGCGUGAGAUGGCGUAACACUGCUCCACUGCUCUACUGAUUGACCAUAAUAGAGGGAGCAGGGCCAAAACAUCGUGCUCUACCCUCUCCGAAAAGCCUCCGGAGAGGUGGCCAAUCAGAAGAAAGUAGGCUUUGGAGGGUGGCCUUAAAGAGACAGCAGCUAAAACUAUGCUUUUCAGACAGAGGCUGAAAUAAUAUUUUAAUACACCACUGUGGGAAAUUUGGGGCUUUUUUAUCAAAAAAAAAAGAAAAAUCAUGUAGUUAUAAAGAGAUAUCAGUAAGGAAAGAGAGAGUUUGAAAAAUAGCAUACUACCCCUCUUUAAAUAACCCCACUUUGAAAAUGCUUUUUAAGAUGUGGUUGUCUGAAAUUUACCAAUUACUAAAAUGAAGAUAGGUUUGCAUGCAGUGAGUUUGAAAGGUAUUAAAUUUGGAAAAGACGAUUUUUUAAAUAAUAUUUUCAGGUGUACAUGUACUGUUUAAACAAAAAUCUUUCAAGGUUGCUGCUCACAGUGAAACAGAAAAAUUGAUAGAAAUUUUGCACAGCAGUAGAAAUGACAUUUAACAUGGGUGUGGGAUAUUAAACUAUCAAUAUAAAGUUUGUAAGUUUCCUCAUAAUCGUUCUUUUCUCCUUCCUUGUAUUUUUCAUCUUGAGGCCACAUUUCCUUGAAUUUGCACUUCCUUCUCUGUUCUGUUUGGAGUUUAUCCAUGUCAUCCCUCUUCAUAUGCUGUAAUUUGCCAUGUAAACAUGCCUGGAAAAAAGGUAAUAAUAUAAAAUCUUAUAACACUGACCUUACAUUCUAGACGUAACAUGUAUCUGAUAAAGUUCCAUCUAAAGUUUAAGACCUCUCAUAGGGAAAAAAAGGGAUUUUCAAGACUUUCUCAGGAUCCACAGAAACCCUGUGAUCAUACAGCAAGUUUGUUACUCUUUGUCUGUCUUUGUGCGUCACUUUCUCACUGUUACGUCCUUUCACAGCGCUUUAAACAGGCUCCUAUUGUGUCUCUGUUUAAUUGGUGCUGGUAUUUAAUGCUCAGUGCUUCGUGUGAAAAGCAUCUCAUGCUGUUUGAAGGUUUCAGGGCUGAACAGUCCCACUCUGUCUCUGCAGUCGCCCUGACCUGUGCUUGUGGUCAUGCAUGUUAGACUGAAUAUUCCCUUAAACCAAAGUUGCUGAGUGUGAGUCUGCCUGCGUGGCUGACCCUCAUCAAAGCGAGCGCCACAAGAGGAGACUUAAUAGGACACGUAUUUCCAGUUUUUCUGGGACAUUGUUGUGGUCUAUCUGCAACUGUUUAUGGAAAACAAGCAGCCACUUCUUUUGCCCAUGCUUUUCUGUGUUUUGCUGACAGUGAAGUGCAGCCCGGACAUGUUAGUAAUCAACAUCCAGCUCUCUCCUAACAGGGGGCCAAAUUGGAUUCACGUUUGCUCUAACAUUUCCUCUGCUGGCUUCAGAAGAACAAACGUUGCUUCUCUGCUAAUUAGCUCUGGAGUGGCUGAACCCCGUCGCUUUCAAAGCUUAUUCAAAGCUCAAAGACCCUGCUGAGGAGCCUCAGAGUUUGGCCCAGUGCCCGGACCUGCUUCCUCCUCCAUCUGAAAAAAACAUCAAUCAGUUUUAGGGUUCACCUUUGCACACAGACAUAAACAAAUCAGCGGCUGGGGUAUCUGACAGAGAGAGAGAGAGGUUGUUUUAAGGCUUAAAAAGUCACUAAAGCCGAACACUGGGGCUUUGGUGAAGAUUGUAGUUGUACCUUUGAUUGAACACUAGAUGGUGCUCUUUCACAUGAACCUGCAAAUCACACUAGAGGACUGCUUUUUCCUCUGAUCGAUGAUGCUGACUGUAUGCUAUUAAUCCUUCUUAUUUAGGGACUACUAUAUCUGUCAAUAAAGAGCCUUUGCCCUUUCUUGUAUGUCCCUGUAUCCCGUCUUUUCCUGCCUCGCUGGUCCCAGUGCCCUCUUUUGUGUUUCCUUUGUUCAGUGACCAACUUCAGCGAAGCCCUUUCAUAUCUUUGGGGUUGUGUGUGUGUGUGUGUGUGUGUGUGUGUGUGUGUGUGUGUGUGUGUGUGUGUGUGUGUGUGUGUGUGUGUGUGUGUGUGUGUGUGUGUGUGUGUGUGUGUGUGUGUGUUUGAGUCCUUUCCUUCGUUUUCACUUUGCUGUUGAACCUCAUAUAAUAAUCAGCCUGAUGAAUAAGGUGUUUGUCCCUCAUUGAAUUCUUUAAGUGUCCUGCUUUUUAGCACUUUGAUGGACUCUAAUGUCUUUGUGAGACGUUCACAUUGAGAACCCUGUGAAGUACAAAUCAGCCUAACUUUAAAUCAUAUUUUAAAGCUCCUGUGAGGAAUGUGUUUGUGUACAGGUGCCCCCGUGUGGACAAAGAAGUAACUCUCUUCUAACUCACCUCUACUAAGUUAGCGCACUUGUCUGAUUGGUACUCACUGUGAGUACCUGAAGUGGAAGUCAGAUGUGCCCAAGUGAUCGACAGCCAAUCACAACGCGCACUUGCCAUCUCUGGUGCACUUGUACAGAUUGCAGGACAGGAUGUUGCUCGACAUUUAUUUUGACAUGGUUCCCACAGGCAGAGGUAAAAUGUGCCCAACUCCAUUCCUCAGAUUGAUUUUGAUAUGAUGUAUGCAACCAGCUUGACCCCAGCAUUGCUUCUCCUGUUUGGAAUAAUUACAGUUGUUACUGGGUUUCAACCAAUCAGAACCGAGCAGUGGGCACAGCCAGAUAAGGUUAUGUUUUAGACACUUGGUGGGAUCAGGCAAACACAAUUUUUGGGAUCAAGCUGAGAAACAUUUGAUUACCUUCACCUUUCUUGUCUAUUAUCCAGUAGUGGUCUGGUGAGGUUUUAAGUUCAUCCACCUCUUUUUUGGUUCCUGUUAUCCGCAGUCUUAAAAGUUUUUUGAUGGCCUCUUGUCACGUUGGUCCGUGGAUUGAUCUAGACCUGUUUCUGAUGAAAUGGGAAAGCACCGUUCUAUAUUUAUCACCCACUCACCCGCCCCCUCCACCACCUCUUGGGUUCAAGCUUGCUGUGGAUCUGGCCACGACACAUGCGCCCCUAAAGGACGGUUGUAGAUAGAAAGUGGGUGGGGGUUGGUGGGUGUUAGCUGGCAGGGCCUGUGGACCUGUCAGUCUAUCUUUGUGUCCCAGUAGUCCUGUCCCACAAGCCUCCAGAGCUCUGACCUUCUCAGGGACCGGGAACAGGCAGACUCUAAACUAAACAGGAAAGUAGUCAAGAUAAAUUUUUACUGUACGUACCUGAAGCUCAAAGGCUCGAGGGCUCUGUAGGAGGUAACCUGAAAUAAAAAGGUAUGUGGCUUUUAUUUAAUGAGUUAUAUUCUGUCAGUGCAGUUGAAUGACUUUGGGGGGUAACUUUUCUUGGAUGAACCAGUUUUAAAGUUAAAUGUUUUACAUUUCAAGCUCUGAAAAGUUGGUUUUCUAAGGAAAGUGUCUGUUUUAUUUGUCUGGCUGUUUGGUUCAGUAUAAGAUUUUGUAAUAUUUUAAAUGUAACUUUAAUCCUUUUGUUUCUCUCAUUAGAUCUUAAACUGAUUGUUUUUGUAUUUUUGGUGUAUGAGCAGCUAAGAGAUAUCAUGGCAAACUCUUUAUCUCAGUUAUUGUUUGGACUCUUGGAUAUCUAUGUCAAAAUGUGGGGUUUGCCCCAGUCCCGUGACUAAUAAUGAUUCAGUGGAUAUCCGUAUGUCUGUAAGAGCAUCUAUCUGUGUUUGUGAGAGUCGAGGAAAGCAAUGGAUGAAGUGAGAUUUGUAUUUUUGUGCUGCUGAGCUCCUCCAUGUGUGAUUCAUUCAGUGCUGAGUGACUGGUGGGGGAGACUACAGUUGUUCAUUGUGCUGCACCUGCUCUCUCUCAGUCAGUCAGGACACACAGACAGAAAUAGAGACUGCCUAACAGGGCAACACUCACACACCGACGAACACUAAACAUUUUACACAAAUUUUCCAUUGAUACAAGCCCAGUCUGUAACUAUUACUUAGAUCGCUGCGGGAUUUUUAGCUCUGUACUCAGCAUCCAACUAAAUCUGUGAUGUCAGUAAGAAUCUACACCUAGAGGUAUCUUUCAAAACAUUUGGGUCUUAAUGACUAACAUAUCUUCAACUUAUAACUGUGAAAAAGACCAAGUGGUCGCUAUAGCUGGAGGCAGAAGAAGCUGCAGUGGCCGUCAUGUAUUAUUGGAAGUGAAAGUGCUGGUUUAUGCCACUAACGGUCAUUUGAAGUGCCUGUCAGUGAUACACAAUCAAAACAAGGUCAUGAUAAGCUAAAUUGUUAAGGUUUGUUACCACAAAUAAGUAGUAUCACUUUGGUUGCAGCAAUACUCAUACUCUUCAAACAUGAACGCUAAACUAUAUUUCAGGACACAAUAGUGCAGUUAAAAGAAGUGUAAUAGAUCAGAGAGGAUCCCUGGAAGAACAUAAGGAUCCCUAGAAAGAGGGAAAAUUUGUUACCAAACCAGAAACAGCUGUUACAUUGCUCCUAAAGGCCCUCCAGGCUGUAUUGACAAAAACAGUCAUUUGAGCCUGCAUUACUCAGUAGCUGCUGGUUUUCUGCUGCCUCAAUGGAAUGUCUUAGUGAUACUACUGUGCCAUGCACUUAUUUAAUUGUGUCAAAACUAACCAUUGAAAGCACCAAAGCUGCUCAGUAACAGCCUCAAACUAAUUAAUGAUUAAUGAAGCUACCAGGUAGAGUCACACUUCUCUGGAUCUUAAGGGUUAUUUUCAGAGGGGUCUGGCAGCUUCAAACACAGUGAUUUGAUGGGUUUUCUGACACAAAGAGGUGGAAUCUGGUCAUGUAAAAAACCCUGUCUGAAAUAAUACAAAGCUCACUGAGCAACUCCAAAACUCGAGGCGUGUUUAAACAAUUUAGUCAACUCAACGAUAAAAAAAAUGCCACCUUCACUUUUGGCCACUUUUUGCGCUUUAUGUAGUACAGCCAACCCUUGUUAAUUUGGGUUGUAGCUUCUGUUGAUGUCAAUGAUGCUUCAAUGUUUAUAGUACCCCGAUGUAAACAAACACAAAUGACAUCUUCCAGUGCUGCAGGUUUUUUUUUUUUUUUAAAUUUCCCCAUUAUUUUGAACUGAGAUGUUCAAAAUUAAUUAAUUUACAAUGGUUCCAACUACCUAAGGAGUCUGAAGAUGAGAAAAUGAUGAAAAUCUAGCAUUUUUUUUUAAGGCUAAAUAUGAGACUGCAGAGCCUUCAGGUUAGAAUGAUUAGUUUAUCAAACACAGCUAAUAUUAGCAGAGCUAGCACUACCAGGUUGAUGGAUUGAUUGAUGAUGGUUAUUGUUUGGUGGACUCAACUGGCAUCCCUAAUUUUUAAUUAAGAAAAUGGAGAUCAAGUUGUACGCUGGCAUAUAACCACUCUACAUGAAUAAUGUGUAACCUCUACAAGCCUGUGGAUGUUAGUGUCCUAGGUACAGACAUGUCCUCUCAUUAAUUAAGAUAUAAAAAGGUUCUCUAUCUUGACUUUUUUAACGUGCAUUUAAACUUUAAGUCUAGUUGGUUGGCAGUUAAAUUUACAUUUACCUUUCCCUGGAUCCCAUAUGAAUACCAAAAGGCACCAGUAAUAAAUAUCUGAGUUAAAUACACAGAAACUAUCCUGAAGCCGGUGAUUAUUACCAGGGUAUUUUCACCUAAAUAGAAGGUGUCUCUGUUUGUAACCAUCCAGAAUUACUGGUGUGUGCAUAUGCUCUGAUGCUUCAUCAAGCACUGAUGCCCUGAGCAAUGGUUUUAUUUUUACCAGCUGCUCCAAAUAUACAGGAGCCCUGGUUCACUGUUACUUCAUUGGCUGAGGUCUGAUCUUGAUUCCUGGCCGUGAGAAAGUGAUGUUGUUACUGUCUUCUGUUUCAUCAUGUUGUCUACUGUCACUCGGGCUAUGUCACUGUCACUUUCUCAGCUGUUUGUCAUGGUGUCAGACUUCUGCGCUGGGCAGUAUCACUGUCUGCAGUUUAAUUGGCUCCGAUCCAGAGAAACUAAUCCCGUCUUUGGGUUGAGAGGAAGUGCAGUGUGGUCAUGUGUCAGAAGAUUGAUGUAUCUGUGUUGUGUCUGGGUCCAGGUGAUCAUUUGAAAGCGUCAGUCAGGACUGUUUUAUCUUUAUUUUGGGCUCUUAUUCACCUGUCAAAACAGAGAGGUGUUUCAUCUCAGUUUGUCUUGAGCUGCUCUGUCAAAGGACUAUGUACAGUAGGACAGACAUACAGUAAAGCUGUGUGGUCGCAGCCUUCAGUGAACUCAGACCACAGGGAGAAACGGUUGAGCCUGUUAAUACUGUCUCCCUGAUAGAAGUGCUGUUACAGAACAUGCCCCAUGCUGCUGUUCAAAGCCUUAUUUUAGCUUGGACGUCCUCUUGUCAACAGUCAGGACUGACCAGACACAGAGGGGACGAGUUAAAUAAGGCUUAGACUGUUGAUGGCUCUGUCACCAUAGCUGGACAUACUCAGAGUCUCAUCAGUUUACUCUCUUUAAUUUCACCUCACUUAGUGUUUUUUGUUUGGGUUAGAAAGUAUUUUACUUUUGCCAAUAUCCAACAUGUUGAUAUUUUCUUACCUAUUGCUUUUGAUAUUGACAGGUAACUGGAUUUUCAGUACUAUGCAGGGUGCAUGAUUGUUCACUGCUAUAGAUCACCAUGGCAGCUGAUGCUGAUCACCUCACAUGCUCUGGAUCCGGUUGGAAUAGGAAGCCAGUUUUUACAACCACUUAGAGUCUUGGUCACAGAGGUCUGACAAACAAUUAUGAGAGUGGAAGAAGAAGUAGGACUGGCAAACAACUGUAAGAUUAUAGAAGACACCAGAGGCUUGCAGAGUCAGGGGAUAGAUGUUAGGGGUCAACAACUAUCACCCUUCACUGAUUAGAGGAGCCAAUAUUGAGUGUUUGAUCGGUUAUCUGUGUUGACCUUAUUUGUACAGUUGGUCAGUAAAAUCAAUUUGCUGCCACUUUGGCUUUUUCUGAUUUUCUGAUCAUCUAGACAUCACAAGACUGUUUGACUGAGCUGCUCACAUGUUCACUCCUGAUAUUUAUGAUGUUGAAAGUUUCAGUUUUGAUUAAACAUUUGAGUUUUUUAGAUUUUUAUCUGGUUCCUCUCUACUGUUGACAACUUUCACCUUACACCCGGUCAUUACACUCGACAUUGUUAACAUAAGUGUUAAAGCGGUGUAAAUCAAAUGACCUUGUGUUUACUGACACAGGAACCUGAGGCAGACUGCUAUGCUGGCAUAAUAGUUAUUUUUCUGGUUUGUGUGCUGUUUGUGGUGUGCACUCUGCCAUCAGGUGAAAUGAAAAGCUGCAGGUUAUAUAACAGUCGUCAGGUCAUUCUGGCCCCUGUCACUGAACAGCCUGCUUGCACAGAUACUCUGCUUAUUAUAGAAAAAGAGCAGAGAGAGCAGACACAGGGGCAGGGGAAGGUAUAACCAGCAAACAUUUAAACUGUAAAUAAAAAACACUCUUACUUUUAAGUAAUUAGAUCUUGAUUCAUAAGCCCGUCUGAAACCCAACUGGAACUCAGGUGUCAUUGUCUGCAGCCCCUCAAGGACCCAGUCAAGGCUUUAUGUCGCACCCUAUGUCUUACGAGAGGCUUAGUCUUGGUGGGCUCACGUGUUGGAUCUUAAGUGCAUAUUUACUCCUCCAUGACAGCUUUCCUUUUAUUUUAAACCCACUGGCCCCAGCUUAAAAUCUAAUUAGGGGUGAGUUAUGACGGGCCACUAAUAGCGCAGAGGACAUUCAGCUGGUGACUCUGCCCGUGGCUUUGACCUCACACCUGAGCUCCAAUACGAGCUUCUUGGGCUGAGGUCUGGCUGGACUUUGACAUUGGAUUAAACUGCCAAACUGGGCUUAAUAUUUGUUUUAGUAAGACAAGUUACUGGAAGAAAACGACAAAGUGAAAGAAAACAGAACAUGUCCAUUGAUGCUGUGGGACUGUGCUGGCAGAUGUGUGAUGACAAUCUGUCAAGAAGUUCUCAUGAAGGAACUCAUACAACCUUGGAUGGUUUGUAAUAGUGGGAGUUAAUCAUGGUUUGAAUUGCUUUGUUAAAAUAUGUAAAUCAAUUAUGAGUAUAUUUGUGGAAAAAUUGGGUCCAUAAAUCAAAAAUAAUUGCUUUGAUGGGUCAUCCUUAUCCUUAUUGGCCAAGUAUGACAAAAGUGUUGAUUUUAGUCAUUAUUUUGGGGAUUUUUCAUGCUUUUGUUGGGAGCUGGGUAGAGGGAAGAGUUGGAUGCAGGUAAGAAAAAUUGGUAAAUGACAUGAAAUGAUCAAAGGUGGAAGUUUAACCAAGGCCGCUGCUUUGAGGACUGAAGCCUUUAUAUGGUGCAUUAAAAACUGGCACCUCUGGUAGGAUGGUAGAUAAAAGAAAGAGAGAUAAUGGUAGAAAGAGAAUGAUAACGGAUUUAUAGGAGUCACAAUGCCACAGUCUUGCACUCUGGAACUGAUUGGGUUUUAUGGCACAAGAACUUAUGCUGAUUUCCAGUUAUCUCGAAAAUCAAAAUGCAUAACACAGUAUUUUAGUCUACAAACACCAUAGCACAGUGUUCACAGUUAGAUGUUAGGCAGUACAACAUAUACCACUUAUUUAAUUUCACAAAAACAAAACAGAAGUGCUAAUAAAUAAUACAUUACGAGAGCUUUUACUGUUACUCUUACCUGUUGAUGCACUGAGCUGCCAUCUUGUAUUAUGACGAUAUCGUCAAGUUGGGGUUGGCCAGGAUCGUCCGACUUUCUGAGUUGGAGAUCCGACUUCGGGGUGGGGGGGCUUUUCAGAUGAAUUUUCCACUCUUAGCUCGGAAAUCCCGACUUCUGAGUACAUCUGGAAUGCAGCAUAUGUCCCUCUGGAAAGUCAGUUUAACGGCUGUUGCAUCUAAAGGUAUCAGCGUAACCAGCUUAACCAGCUUAUUUGAACAUCUAAAAACGGAGGUAUGUGGCCAAGUGGGAGAAAUGUGUCUUACCAUGAGAUUCACAAAAACACGACAGCCAACAAACACCCAGCAAAAAACAGGCAACAUCACUGGAAUUGUUUUCCUAUUGUAUCGUGUGUAACAAGGAAAGGUCGGAGUGCAGAGUUAUUUCUAAUGCAGUCAUGCUGCAUAUCACUAAAGCUACAGAGCCUUCAUAUAUAGUGGAAAGUAGACCUGCACUCAUGCUUAAAACAGUGGACCAAAGGUUUGUGCUUACCAGCUCCAAGUAUUCUGCUGGAGUUGCCUCAUUUGUGCAGUUAUGCAUGUGAAACGAUUGCAAGAAAGCAUGUAGGAGAUGUAAUUUUAUUCCUCGACAGCAUACUUUGUAAUGGUCAAGUCCAACCAUGGAGCUAAACAUAAAUGGUGAUCGUGAUCGUUAAAUUGUGCUUUUUAGCAACUUUGAUAGGACCCUGAAGUGUUUACCUCCAAACAGCUGAUGACAGCAAAGGUAAAAUAACCACUUAGGGGCUAAAAACUUGUUCUGAGUGGUUUCUUGGUCAUUCGUUUUAAAAAGGAAAAUAAAGGGGAAAAAAUGAUUGAAACUGUGAAUAGGGUUUGGUUUUGAAAGAAAGGUGAUUUGAUUUUUUAAGUUGUAUCGCUCAUCUUUAUGAUAGCUUUUCAGGGAAUGAGGUCAAAUCAGAGGUCAUUUCAUGGUGAAACUCUCUUUUCUUUGACAGACACUUUUUGGUUUCAACAUUUGUUUUACUUCCCCAAUGGCAACCUUUGCUCUUCUAUCUCUUUAUCGACUCGUGAGGGAAAUGAGAAGCAAACUUUCCACCACUUUUUAUUCACCCACAUUAAUGCUGCUUUCCUCCAGGAGGACAGGUCUUGGGAAGGUGUUUGCAGCAUUCAGGGAUGGAAACAAAUUCCCUGGCCAGCAGGAAUCAAUGAAGAAUUCUGUUGCAGUAGUUUUCUCUCCUGACCAGAUGUGUGGUGUGUAUUACACUACAGCACACACACGUGUGUUUAUUCAACAGCUGGAGACUCUGUAUUAGUGUGCACUGACGAGGGUAUAUAUCUUCCCCCAGGGCUGCAUUUGAAUCAGAUAGUGAAGUCCUGUGUUUAAGGAUUCAAGGUGCACCUCAUUCCUCAGGGGUAACAUCAUCAUUUAAGGGCCUAUAGGGAUGAAUUGACUCAUAUUUUACCAAUUAACCAUGAUUAAAGGUAAGGAAAGUAUACAGUUCACUCACUGUAAGCAUUUUGUGAGAGCUUCUUUGGUUUCAGUUAGCUGGCAAAACACUGUGAGAAGCUGCAGCGUAUUUGUAGUGUGGAAGCGAUGCACAGAGAGAUGGUUCACUCUAAUAGAUCAGGAUUCUCUGUGGACAGCGCUUGUCUUAAAUCUUCUUUAUAGAAGCCAAAAAUAAAGUUUUCUGACUGCAGAUCCUCCUGAGUUGAGACAAGGUGUAGCUGAUUCUCAGGUUCAUAUUUAAGCUCUGUGAUAGGUCUGUGAGAGGUGCACGUAGCUGAACCUCUUGAAGUCGCUGUGUCUCCUACUUAAGACUUCUUAUCUGUGUUUUAUUCUGGGAAAGCCAUGCUGAAGUGUGUGUCUAUGUGUGUUUCUGGGUGUUAAUACACUGUACAAUGGUCAGAAAAGGUCAGCAUGGUCUUGUUGGAUCUAUUUGCAGUGGGACUGUAAAGUUUCAAAGACUUUAGGCAGUCAUGGAAGAAAGUUGAUAAUGAGGUUUGAGGGUCUUGUCUCCUGAAGUUUCAGGUCUGUCCUAUCUGACCCGAGAGGCCCUCCAGGGGUCAGAGUGCCACUGAUGGUACAUAAGCACAAUGAUAUUUAAGCAAGUGAGCUUACUCUGUUAACACCUUAUUUAUAGACAAGACCGGCUGAUAGGUGGUUCUGAUAAAGAUCUAUUUUUGGUUCUUCUUUGAAUCUAGGGGUCAGCUGCAUUGUACCCAUGGGCACAUGAGAACUGGGUACAGGGUAGGGCUGAAACGAUUCCUUGAGUACCUCGAUUACAAAAAGUGAUCAAGGAAUGUUCUCUGCCUCGAGUUCUCAUUUAUUAGCUCAAAUCGUCUCUGUUUCGCACAGAUUAUUUUCAAGGAGGAGUAAGCUUGGUUUUGGUUUUGCCGAGCUGAAAAAGUGAAUGAUGAGUGGGGCUUUUCUUCUGCAGAGCUCCAGUAGUUCAUUAGCCCUUCGCUUCUGAGUCGUGGGCGGAGACAGCGCUGCUCUGCACACUCCUCUUCACGCUCCUCUUCACGCUCUCAGGUACUAAUGCCUUUAGGGACACGGUGAAAGGUAAUAUCAUAAUUAGGUUUCUUACGAGCAUUGCAAUCCGCUAACGCACACGCUUGUUCCGGGAUUGUUCCGCGACAAUUGCACUUUAACUAAAAUAAAUUAUAUUUUAUCCAAUUACUCGAUUAAUUGGUGGAAUACGUUGUUAAAUACUCGAUUACUAAAAUAUUUGAUAGCUACAGCCCUAGUGCAGGGCUGGGUGCAGGGUCUCUCUCAUGAAUCCUGCCCACUUGUGCCUGAAGUCAAGAAAGCAGGACUUAAUAACCCUCACCCAGACAUUCAGAGCUGGCUGCUAAAAGUAACUCCAGUACAUGUUCAAAACACACACCUUCCUCUUCUUCCUGCUCUUCUAUCUCCACCUGUGGCUGCCGGUUACCAGAGUUCAAACCUUCAGAAGUGAAAUUCUCAUAUAUUUAAAAGGAACUUAUAAGAACAUGAGUCAAACUUGAGGUUUAAACUGAGUAUAAAUGAUGACUCAAAGCACAAACUCCACAUUUAAAACUUGAAAGUGGUCACUGACACGCUGAGAAGAACAUUUUGUUUCCAAACAGACUGUUUUAAUUCUUGAGCAGUCAAAGGGCACAUGAAGAAUCUGUUUGCUUCAUACUGAAAUCCCAUCAUGCCUUGUAAAAUACAUCAAACAACAUUGCAAAUGUUCAUUGAGCCUCAGUUUUCCUCCCUCUGACUCCCUUUAUGUGUGCAUAUGAAUAUCUUUACCUUUCUCUACCCCCCACCCAUCUGAAUUUAUGACCAUGCUGCACAGGCCUCAGCUCUGUUAUGUGUCUGCAGAGACGACAUGGCCAUGCACACUGGAUCCCUCCAUGGCUUUCUUGCCAGACUUGAUGGAUAUUUUUCCUGUGGGAUGCCAUAAAUCUGGAGUUUAUUUCUAAGAUGACAGUGAAAGAGUCUAAAGCAGGAGACAAGCCCUGCUAAUACUUAUCUCUCUCCCUCUUUCUCAAUGUUUCCUCUCUUCUGAAAGAUUUUCAGACUAGAAAGGUGAGGCAGCCUUUAAGCUCUCCUCUCCUAGCAGACCCUGUCAGGAUGCCUCUGCACACUAGAGGUCAUUUGAAGUGCAAGCAUGGGCUGUCUGGAAGUGUUUAUCUAAUUAUGACCCACUGACUGGCUGCACAUGUGAGCUUGUCCAGGCUGAAAGGCGUCCACUUGGAGUGUGGAUCUGGCUGAACAUCUGUGGGAGUGAUUGGUGGAGAGGUGUGGCUCUGUUAUCGGGAUAUUAAACACAUCUUUCUUUGCUCUUGGUGUUUAAUUUCAGGAUUAUGAUAUCAACUUUAUCAUGACAAUAUUUUUAACAUUUCAGUUCACGUGACUUAUUACAUACAGUUCAAAUGACACAAUGACACAACCUCUCCAGCUGCCAACCUUCAGUAUUGUUGCUGAUGAUCUUGUUUGCUGAAAGAUAUCAUAAAAAGGCAUUCAUUUAAGUUUCAGUCUACUUUAUAAAUGUCAAAAACUCCUCCUAAGAGCUUCAAAACACAGUGCAACUACUUUAUAACUUCAACACUGUUUAGCUAAUUUUACGAACUUUGCCAAUGCAAAGAAGAAAACUGAUGCAGCCUUGCACCAGGUGUUGCAGAUCACCGAAAUAGUGAUGCAAAUGACCCAACAGUCUUUUUUCCAUUGUCUUAAAGUUUUUUUUUUUUCAUUUUUAAGUGUGAAAUUUUUUAAUCUGUGUAACCAGAGCUGGUCCUGAGUUUGCAUUUCAAGUAUUCAGCAAAAACAUCAUUAAAAACAAGCACAUACCUGACCAUGAGGGAAUUUAUAAUUUUUAAAAACUAUAUAUGUUUAUUUCAUAAUUCAGUUUUUUAUCACUCUGGAGAGCAGAGGAAAUGUGUCCACGAUUUCCAAAAAGAAUGACAAACUUUGACCGAUGGUACAGUUUUAAACCUGCUUUUGUGGGUUUACUGACAAAGGUCCGAAGAAAUUGUUGUUUGUGCUCAUGCAGUGAUUUCCACUACAGAGUCAUGUCUAUUUUUAAUGCAGUAAUAAUCAUGGCUGUCCAAAAAAGCGCUGUCUUUUUUAAGUAGCAAUUUCUCUUAAUACUCUCAAUCUUUAUAAAGCCCCCGUAAGGAACUUUAUUGGGGCCCCUGUGGACAAAGCAGUCUUUGCUUAUCUUGUCCCAAAUAUGCUUGAGUGUCUCCUGACAAAAAUCCCACCACUCUAAUAUCAGAAUGUAUAUCAUUUAUCAUGAAUAAAAAAAGUUAAAACGGUAAAUACAGUGGCUGUUUUAUUCAGCUGCUUGCCUGACACCUUCACCCUCACACCACUUUCAGCCAUUAAAAUUAUAAUAAAUAAAAAUCUUCAGCCUUGUCUCUGAUGGUCUUGUUUGCUUUUGGAUAUCAUUAAAAGGUAUCAACAUGUAUGUAAGUCUAUUUCAUAAAAUUUAUAAAGCUCCUCACAGGAGCCUCAUAUCUGUACUACUGAGACACUUUCUGGAGAGUCCUUUCAGUCUGGUUACUGCUCUGUUUCAAAUUCACUGGAUGGGAAAUGUUCCUCUUGGUGUUAUUUUACCAUUUUGUUGUAUAAUUUUUUGAUAUGCAUUACUUGAAACCCCUUCAAAGUAAGCAUAUAAUUUUCACUGAACAAUGAAAUAUCUUAAUGUCAGCAGUGUUAGUUUGUUGUCCUUGCACUUUUUCCAAUAAAAUGAUGUCUUUGCCUCUAUAGUUUUAAAACUCCAGCACAAACUGUUGUCAGCUUUAAUCCAGAAAUGUUUGCACAGUUAAAGAGUUUGAAACAUAUAUGGAUGUCAGUGUAGUUUCCUGGAACGCUCUCCUUAAAUGGCUUUAGUUCCCUGGGACGUAUCUGUUUCACCACUUUGUCAAGUUUUGCAGUGUGGCAGCAGAGAUGGUAUCAAUUUCAUUCCCAUUGACCUUUGAACCAGUUUCUGGUCUCUGUGCUGUCAUCUCUCUAACCAUUUAAGGCCGCUUUAUGGUCAAUGUGUAGGUAUUUACAGAGCAGACUUAAAUCAGUUCCCACGGGGUAGAUGGUGGAUGGGGAAGUUUUUCUUUUUUGUCUUCAAAGAUUUUAAUACCGUCAGGACUGUAAAUAGUUCUACAGUGAAGUUUGAAAACAUUUCUUUGCAUAAUUAAUAUCAGUAGAAACUCUUGAGUAAACAGUCGACUGGCUAUUUUCAGUUUGUAAUGUGGCUUCCUGUUGGACUGUCUGACUAUGAUGUUUAAUUCUUUUUUGUGCAACACCAACUCAUGCAUGCUGCAGAAAACCUGAAUACCUGAAUAGUCAGUGUGCACAUAUCUGAAUACCAAUAAAUACCAGCUAAUUUUCUUUCCUGUCUGAAUAGCCGCUACAAUCCUCUACAAAGACUAGACAACAAGAGCAGUGUUGCAUCAUCACAGAGGCCUGUAAGGUCUUGCCCAUUCGUGGCAGUAAAGACUCGUCAUUGCUAAUAACAGGGUAGAAACUGGCGGGUGGUUUUGUAGAUCUGAUGUCAUCCCUGUAGAAGAUGAGUCAAAGAAACAAACAUUACACACAAGUCAGACAUCCAGAUGGUGGAUGAUGGUAGGUGGUGGUGAUGUAGAGGUGAUAACAGCCUGAAAAGUGAGACAUGUUUUGGUUUGCAUUAGAAAAAAAUCAUCAGUGAGUGUACCUGAUGCCCUAAAAGGUGCAUUAGAUAGAUCCAUAAAGAAGGAUUGCUCAGAGUAGAUGCACACUGAGGUAACCUAGAUGAAGCUUAUCUGAAGCACUGGCCGUUCUCAGACAGUGCAGCAGCUCAGCUCAGUCUUUGUUUCUGCAGAAUGAGUCUCUAAAGAGUGAGUGAAUAUGCUGUAGCAGUGCAGCAACUCCUGUGGUUUGCAGUAAAAAUACUGCCUUUUCUGGAUGUAGUCUGGGGGCUUUAAAGAGGGUGAUGUCACAGCUGUUUGGGGUCACAAAAAGCAUCAAAGAGUCUUUCUCUCCUACCCAAUAGUUUUGACUUGUAGCAAUACUUUUUGUAAUGUUUCCAGUCUGGUUACCCAUAGGGGAGGGUCAUAAAUGCAUUAUCUAGUCAACAAACAAGCAUUUUAUUCAAACAGGAUAAGCUCUGCCUUUACAUAAACAAGCACUAUUUGUAAGGGAUGUUCGAUACCACUUUUUUAUAGACCGAAACCAGUAUGAGUACCCACUCUUGAGUACUCACCGAUAAUGAUACCAAGGACCAAUUCCACUGGUACUUUUGAUACAUAAAAUGUCCAUUAACACAAUGACAGAUCAUUUUUGACCGGUGAUGAGACACACUGGACUCAUGCUGCUGCUCCAAAUAUCAGUGGUGAAGCUAAUGGCCAGAGCGUCACACAACAAGCUGCUAACAUGCGUUUUAACAGAUUCAUGCACCUGUGGCAUCACAGUUCUCACAAUUGUGGCUUGAGAUGGAACUUAAUACUUAGGCUCCUCAACCUUCAUAAACCGUUGGAAUCCCAUUUUCUCGAGAGCGGUAGUUUGGCGAGUGCAAUCAUUUCUGCGAGUGCCCGUGUUACUUGUAAUGCCCUCGGAUUGGUGCUCUUCAAUUUCUCUGUCUUCUGAAGAGUUUACCAUAAAGUUGGCUAAACGAGUUUUCUCUUUUCCAGCAAGACAGCUUCAACCUCUCUGUGCUCAUUCUCGUCUGACACCCUGAGGUGUUUCAUCAAGUUACUAGUAGUAAACAAAGUACUCUUUGUCCCACCUCCUGCAAGUUUUGCACUGGAGAGUUUGCAUUCUGUAAAAUUUGGGUCUUCUUUGUUUUUGUCAAAGUAUUUCCAAGCCAGCAAAGUUUUGGUGAAAGGUGCCGCCAUAUUCGCGGGUUUGUAUGGUCCGAACAGGAUGUGACACCAAUAUUGAUUCGCCGCAGCAGUGUAAUGCCAACUACUGGCGAGGAGGAAUUAGUUGAAGUAACAUCAGUGCCUGGCAUCAGCAGCCUUCAGGAGUACUCCCCACAUUAAAAUAAGGCUGGUAUUGGCCUGGAUACCGAUACCUGGUAUCAGUACUUGCCCAUCCCUACAAUUCUUCAAUGUAUUUUAAUUAUUUUAAAAAAUUAUUUUCAUAUGCUGUCAUUCUGUCAUCAAAAAAGUAAAUAGAUCCCUUUUACCAAUGCAGCCAAAAAUACGAGAAUAAUACGCAGAGAGAGAUAUUCUGUUUUGUUGCAGUAUUUUCAAAGAUGCAAGCAAGAACUCCAAUGCCGAAAGCAUGCCAGAUACAGUCUAGUAGUGCUUAAAAACAGCUUUCUUUCCUCAUUAGACCAUAAUCAUGUAUUUAAAGAAAGCAGUGGUAAACUACCAAGUCAAUGAUCCCUGUAGAUAGUGUGUUGAAUUGAUAAGAUUGAUCAGUUUCAGUCAGCAGUGGAUGUGUGGGGGUUUUGGGGAACUGAACAGGGAAGUGUGUAUGUUUGUACCUCACAGUGAUCAGGCUGUGCUUAACCAACCCAUGUUAUGCCAGCAGGAUCGCAAAAUUUGAUGGAAAUUGAAAGAUCUGCAUAAAAACUGCACAUUGCUGAAUGUAAUGAAAGUCUUGAAGCAGGAACACAGUAAAGACCUUUGAGAGACCCCUCUAAACGGACUGACUCACACACUUUUAGGAUAUAAAUUCAGGAUUUUACGAUAGUUCAUAUGUCACUCAAGUGAAAUCACAGUGAUUUUUGUAAACCAGUAACAGUCAGUAAGAAGUGCGCUCACAUUAUGGUCUUUGAUACUGACAGCACAAAGGAUUUGUUGAUGGAAACAGGCCCUUCUGUUUAAGUGAUAACAGUAAAGGAAAAGUCAGCUAAAAAUAAAGCCUUACAGACGAGUCAUUGUUUGGUAAUAAGUGAGAUUGAACGGUAUGAUUGAAAUGCUAAAUUUGUUCAUAGUUUGAUGAUUCAGAUUUAAGUAAGACGAUCAAAACUGAUGAAUUCUUUUAGUUUUAUUUUUGUCUCCUGAGCUAACUUCUUUUUUUUGCUGUCAGACUGUCAGGACUUUGAUGAUUUACUGUUUUCUCCCUAAAGGCUGGUGCUUAAAAUAACUGUUAAAAGAGUUGCGUGCAGGUAGCGCUCUUCUCUGACUGUGAAUUGGCAGGUUUGUGAUGUGUGUGUUUGCGUGUGUGUGUGUGUGCUUUUCACAUGCUGAGCUGGAUGAGCUCAUCUCAGAGGAGGAGCCAAACUUGCCACCUCUGAAGUUUACAUACACACUCAGGCUGCAUCUGAACACACCUGUGCAGCUCUGCGCUGGUGAGGCCGGACAGAUUUAUGAGAUUUGACAAUUGUUAUGAUGUGAUAAGCCUGGUUUGUUUUUGAAACAGCUUGACAACCUGGCUUACAUUUACCAAAGUUUAGGGGAAGUGCACCGAGAUCUGCGUUACUAAAUCACAGUCACAGCCUUCUUCUAAAUGCUGUUUCUUUUGUAUUUGCUAAAUUAGAAAUUGUGACUGCUUCCGUCCACUGCAUCUGGUUUAUGUUGCAGUCCUGGGUUGGCGGUGACAGCUUCUGCUCUAAAGGGAGAUAAGAUACAGUUAACUGAAGAGCAGUGUCAGGCUCUGUGCCAGCCUUGCCGCCUUCUGAGCUGUGCAAUGAUACGCACAUUAUUUAAAAAGCCAAUGCAAAUCAGACUGCUUGUCUUUUUUUUAGUUGUUGGCAUUGAUUUCCUGUGCUAUCACUCUAGGAAAUGGUUUUAUACACACCAUGACUCAUGGGGACUGAUUCUGUUUGUGUGCUUCGGAUGCACACACCCUUCUGAUGAGUGUGUUAAAAAGAAGGACCACAGAGCUGUCAGUAAAUGAGGGGAUUUUUCUCACCUCUACGACUCCUUCCAGCUGCUUUAAGAAGAAGCAAAGUUUAAGACAUAGUAAAAGCAGACCCUUAAUCUUCGGGUAAAUGUUUGCACGCUCUAUCUGGACUUCUCUUUAUGACUUAGUUUCAAUAUUUCUCUCUUUCUUUGCCCCUCCCACCUCCUCUCUCUGUCUCUCUCUCUCUCUGUCUGCAUGCUGCUCCUUUUAUUUCGUCCCUGCUGAGAGAUGACUGGAAUUUCUCAUCUGGCUGAGAGGGUCAUUUUAACUUUCUCUUCUUCCUCUGCUCACUUCUUUAUUUCCACGCUGCUUGUGCGUGCUCUCUCUCUUUCUCCCCCUCCUUUUCUGACGCUAUGCACCGGUUUCUUUGGCAUCCCACCAGUGAGUGUGAGCCAAGGGAAAGCAGCACUCUCUUGGGACUCUCUUAACUAUCUCUGUCUCUCUUUCUCUCUCUCUCUCUCUCUCUCUCAGUCUCAGUGUUUUUCCUCCUCCGUGCCUGGGAGGCUCAUUCUUAAGCAUGCAGGACACUUUGCUACAGUGUGUAGUAAGGAUGGGGCCUAAUUUGCAUGCCUUUGCUAAUGAGCUUAGUGCACGCUGAGCAGCUUUCAGCCCUGCAGGUUGCUGUAGUGGGCACUGGUUAGCACUUAGCCGUUAGCGGAGGAACAAGAGCAGAGGAGUGGAUAUCAGACGGGGCAGAGCUGCAGCCACAGAAUCACAGCUCCUCUCUUUCUACCAGGACCACCUCUACUUGUACUGGCACUGCGGCUGGGACGUCUCUCUCCACUCUCACCCCUCCCUCUCUCCUCUGCCUCUCUCUCUAAUGCUACCUGACUCCCCUCUGCCUCUGUGUCUCUGUCCUGGACCACUGACAGAUUGCUUUUUGUCAGCUCUACCAUCUCUCAGCAGCUGUCCCUCUUUUUAAACCUGUUCAUCCAUCUUUCUCACAUCUUUUCUGUCCUCACUUUGGUCCUUUGACUUUUUUUGCCAAAAUGUAUCGGAACCCCUGGAUCUCGAAUUACCUGACUCACGUCAAGUUUUGCAGCCAAGGUAAGAGCAGUGACUUUCAGUAGAGCUGAGAUUUGAAGCUCAGGCUGAGUUUGUAGGUCACUCUGGUUGUGAAUCUGGAAUCUGAGCUCUUAGAAGUUGUGAGGACUGUAACUGCGGACUCCUUUCCUCUGUGCUGCUCACUGUCCUGCUUUGCGGCCAGCUGUCCUUGCGCUGCAGCUGUAGCCUCCAAGGACACUAUAGCAGAGAUAAGGGACUCUUAAACAUCGCAGUAUGCAGUGUUAGUGGGGCAGCUAUUUCUAGGCUUCACAGUUGCAUUCUUGGGUAUGUCGUCAUAUUUUUUAAAAUACUGGCAAUGUCAUUGAGCUACUUUUAUUCCUACAAAAUAAUUCAAACAUAAUACCUAAAUUAUUAUUUCCAGGCACCCAGUCAGUAUUAAGUUAAAGGAACUACUUUGAAUUUAGAAGAGUGAAGAUUCACAGCAUUCAUUUAAGAAACUGUUGCAGUGAAUAGACGGAAAGGCAAGGCAAUGAAUUUAAUUCUAAUUUGGAUAUAAGUCAGCUUUCAGAUUUGUACUCUAACCCAAAAAGCAGUCUUUGUAACAGUGAUCAACUUCUGAUGGUCAAAAUGUGACGAGACUUGUGUUUGCAGCAAAACUCUGAGAAAGUGCACUAUAAAGAAGAAUGAGUAAUUUCUUUAACAAAUGUCUUUUUUUUCCCCCAUGAAGAAAACUUACUUUAUCAUAAGCCAACAAACUGAGGGCCUUACCUAUCUAACUUAUGAGUAUGUGGUUCCAAUAUAUGCUAAAGAAUAGGUACUGAAACCUGCUGCGAGCAUGUUCCAGAAAUGCUAGCUUGUAGUUCACCAACAACUGAAACACUUCAAGUUGUUCUUUUGUCCUCAUUAUAGGGUCCCUGCCAUCUAAAAGAAAUACACUAACUAUAAUUAAUCCUUUAUUGAUAGGGUAGGACAGUGGACUGAUGAGAUAAACUGGUACUAUGACAUGUGGCAAAGGACAGCUGGCCUAAUUUGAACCAGGACCGCCUUUUUUUGAGGACUGUAGUCUCUUUACAUGGGCUGCACAAGUAAACCACUUAGCUUAACUGGCCUCCAACAAUCUGUCUUUUUUAUGAUAAGGUCAAUAAAACCCCAGAUUGUAAUCUACAAUUUAUCUGCGUGAUAAAUGAGUUGAAUCAUUCAACACGACUAAAACCCCACUGAUUUGCCACAGGUCCAGGUCUGUAUCUCGUGCCCCCCCGUUCCCACCCUUCUCAGUCACUUUUCUGACUCAGAACUGAGCUCAUCCACACUAAACUGGCUGGAAAUCCUCAACAGGUGAUUCCCAGUUUUAGGCUUUCACAUGAGAAGCGAGACUGUUUUUUAGGGAAAAGAGGGUAGGUUUAUUCAAGGGUUUAAAUGUGUCAGUGUACUUGCCCUUUGCCCCAUGUUUACCUAGAAUUAUGUGAGCCUGAGCUGCUUCAUUGUUAAUAGUGUUUAGGACCUUAUUGGAUUAUCGUCACAUCCUUUUGUUAAGUCAAGUGUUUGGAGACAUCCUAUCACCUAAUUUCUGAUUCUCCAUCUGUUUUUUUAAUGCUUGAGUUCUUAAGCCUCUCUCAGUGUUGCUUCAGUUGAGUCAAGGUGGAGGCAGAGUAGGUGGGCGACUGUUGAAGAGGAUGAUGAGACUUAAACAUGCACACACGCGUGUGCUCGUCUAGUGUGAUGUAAUGCAGACAGUUAAAGAGUUGACACAUUUCCUUUUGGGCUUGCUCUAAUCCCAGGAAUUGGAGUUAAUCCUUUGUCUCAACUUGGACAUAUGCUCAGCCUCUGAUGCCUCUCUGGUUACUACCCUGGCUGUUCAUGUAUGUUCAGAAAUGGAGUAAGUAUGUUGGCCUUGCAGCAGGCACACAAAAAAUUCUGGAGGAAACCCUGUAUCUAGAUAAUUUCUCUUGCAUGUAGACUUCUCAACUGGACCGAAACUGGCCUAAGUGUCCUGCACAUGCUAUGCAGGUUGCAUGAAGCCAAAUUGCAUAAAUGCAUUGUUGUAAGCAGGGUAGUUCACAAAACCUUGACAGAAGAAGAAGAAGGGACAUUAAAAAAAGAUGAAUCAUAUAUGUACGAAAUGUACACAGCUGUGAAGUUGUUAGUGUUUUCAUCAUUGGACACGUACGUUGUUAGCUUUUUGCGAACGUGAUUGUCGAUCGUUUUGGUGCAAUAUAUUAUAGAUCAAGGGGGAGAUUGUCCAAUAGUAGAGCUGAAAAGGGACAUAUCGCCACCUACUUAAGCAGAAAUAGACAAACUCACUGUGUAUCACAAAACCAAAUGUUUGCUGUGCUAGAAUGGGACAAGUCAAGUCCAGCUAAAACGCCUGAUCAAGCUCUGUAUCUCGACUUUACUGUACAUGUAAACCUCUCAGGUCCUGAGAUGCACAGUUAAACUGGAAGUAUAAAAGGAGUAUUGUUUUGCCUAACCUCACAUCAACCUUUACAAGCAUGCCAAACUAGUAUAAUAGUUUCAACAUAUUUAAACACUUCUCACCAGUUGACAUGUUGGAGCCUGCUGUUGGUGCGCACAGGCUGUCAUUGCAUCAUAAUUAAUGCAUCACUCUUUCAGCCUUGGGUGAAAAAAGUUAGUUAUCAGUAUCAGUGGAACUUUUUGUUGUUAUCUGCUGAUACUGAUGCAGAUAAAAUUGAUGUUUUUAAGUCUUAUCAGCCAAUAAUGAUAUUACACUGAUAACAACCCUCAAUCCUAGUAUUACCUUGAGUCUUUAUCCAAAAACCUAAAAAGCCCAAUUUAAACAGAUGGUGUGAGAGGAAUCGUUGAAUAGCUCAGACUUCAUUCUUAACAACUUAUUGUUUUUUAUGAUGAAAACGCUGUAGUUUAGCAUACAUUUGUAUAUUAAAGGAGAGAAAACAGAUAGGCUGGGUAUCAUGAGGCCAAAUGUCUGCCUCAGUGCCACCUUUUUUUCCUGUUUACCAAAAGUUAGGUUGAGUCAGCAUUUUGAAUAUGGUGGGCACCAUUGUUGUGCUUUAAAAUGUUUCUAUAGAAACUAAUAGGCGACAUCAAUAAGAUUUUAUCCAUAGUCAAAAAUAAAUAGAUGCACUCAGUCCAGCACCAGGCAAGAUCAGUGAACUUGACUGUGUCGUAAACAUCUGACAGACUCCUGUGUGGUGCAAGUUUUCAAAUGUAUUUCUGGAGUAAAAGAACAGUUUCGGAUGCUGGCUGGCUGUUGGACACUUUAUUUUUUAAGUGGUUGUUAGUUUUGUUGAUAAAAGUUUGAAAAAGGAAGGAGAGAAAAGUACUUUCCAGUACCCGCUGAUAAUGCUAACCCAGAAACUAUAUCUUCCUGAAUCACAGACAGUAAAGCAAACCGAUAUAAGUAAAAGCAGCAAAAAAAACUACUGCUUCAUUUGCAAAACUUUGAGUUUUUCCAUCAUAGUUUUGUGCAGAGUUGUGUUUAAUUCACCCACAAGACAAAACCGAAGACCUGGCACAUUAUUUAACACUUAAUUUAUUAUGCAAAGCCCAGAUGAGAACAGUUCAGCCUUAAACCAUUACAGGUCGAACUCAGUGACCACCUUGCACCAAAUCACUAAAAUCACUGGGCUGUCCCCCAACUCCAGGAAAGCUUUUGAGAUUUUGGCCCAAACUCGGGAACUUUUAAUUCCCUUGAGACUGUGCUCGGUGUAAGACCAAAAUAAUGUGACUCUAGCUGAAAUCUUGUAAAAAGUGACCUUGCAGGUUACCAGUUCUUGCAAAAUCUCAAAGUCCUCCUCUAAAAUGUCUUCAGAUGUGCAGAGGUAGAAUAAGCUCAGAGUCAGAUUUAAACCCAUUUACAGUCUGUCAGUGUAUGGCAGGCAUAUGGGUCUUGAUGUUCAGACGGUGUUGUGCCUCACACCUUUGAUACCUGUACAUAAGAGGCUCCCCUCACUUCAGAGUGUGAAUGACACUCCACUGAAUCAUGAAAUCAUUUUAUCCUCGUGUUUUAUCAGUGUCAUGCCUCCUUUUACAGCCUCAUCAACACACACAGGGCACUAAAGAAUUCCUGACCUGUUCCCUCCUGGCUGUAGCAGCCACAGUGUUUCUGUAGAUUACUGCCAGCUUCAAAGGCUCUGCCACAUCUGUGAUCAUUGCAGAGGGUUUUUAAUGCCUGUGUCUGGAAUGACGAAUGUAUCGAGGCACUUUGGCUUUCAGAGGGGGUCGUUCGCUGUCUGAUGGCACAAAUGCCACAACUUAUAGUCUGUAUGAAGUGUAAAGGAAGGACAGGUUUGCAGCCCACCUCCCCUGAGGGACACGUGCUUUUGUUAUUUUCACACUAGGAGCUUAUUAGCCGUUACUGGGCAUCUGGUUUUGUUUCACACUCUUACUUAGAGGAAAAUUCUGGAAUUUGUCAAACUGGGUGUUAUUCUUGGAGUGUGACCUUUAUGACUGCUGCUGAUGAUAACAAUCUUGGUCUCCACCUGCUUUGUAAGGAUCUGGAAAACAGACAUCAAAAAACUCCUCUGCUUUCAGGACCUUCAGCUGAAACAUCUGUCUGAUCCUGACGUCUGACCAGGAGUAUUUCACUUUAUCAUAAAACAAACAAUCAAUAAAAACUGAGAUUUAUUCUUCUUGACUUUAAAAAGAAGAGCCAUUUUGUUGCAUUUGCUGCUAGCAUGAGCUGCACAGUGAUGCUUUAGUGUUGGAGUACAAAAGUACAGCAGACACUUGGCCUACUCUUUGUGUAUGGCUAAAUUAGCUAAGAAGGCCUUUUUCUUGAGCCGGGAAGGUGGUUAAAGGUCAUCAUGAUUGAUGGUCACAGUGGCCAAAUGCACAAGAAGCAGGAACAGGUUGACAAAUUGCUCGCAUAAGUCGAUUUUUUUUUGUCUUUUUUGUCCUUGUACCAGAGUGAUCUAACUUAAAAUCAUAAUAUGAGAUUUUAUGCUCUUUAUACAAACAUAUAAACAUCGCAUAAACACUGCCAGAACAAACACAACCCAUGAUAGCCACAUAGUCAUUUGGCUGAAACUAAAACGUAGACAUAGGGAGCAUCUUAAAGUGCUCUGUCUGUGAAGUACACCGUCAGUUAUUCUGAGAUUAUUUUCAUUACUCACUGACAUUAACUGAUCCCUGGUUAAUGCAACAGUGUAUAUACUUUCUAGGAGUUCCAGUUGAAUUUAUUUCUCUGUUCUUUGAUUUAGUUUUAGUUACAACAGGUUUACAUACUCUAAAAUAGUGCUCUGUGACCUUUUUGUAAUGAGGUUAUGAACUGACAUCAGCCUGAGUAGUUAUGUCUGUAUGCUAAGCUCGUAGGGGUUUUCUCAAAAUCAAAGUACUUCAUUGAUAUGUUUAUUGUCAUUUAUACAAAGUGCAUACUAUCAUUGGCUUGUGAUGGGAUAUCUGGGAGGUUUUUUUUAAUUAUAUGCAGCAUUUUAAAGUGCAGCAGAGUUAUUUUCUGUGGCAGUAGAAUGUAGGGGUAGGAAUCACUAGUGGCCCCAGGAUACGAUAUUAUCACGAUUCUUGGGCCAUGAUAUAAUAUUAUUGCAAUUUUUAACAUUUUACAAUACAGUGAGUAUGGUGAUACAGUAUAUUGCGAUUCAUACAUUUUUUUCAACUGUUCAGGUAAUUUAGCAUUUGGCUUUCCUUUAUGUUUGUCUUAUUUAUGCUGUAUUUAACUUUCAUGUAACACAUCUUGCAAAACUUAUACAUAUAUUUGUUGUACUAACUUUCUUCUGCUCUUUGAUGUCACCUCUGCCAACCUCACUGGACAAACAGUUGAUUUUAUUUUUUCAUUAUCAUUUACAUUACAUACAUUUGACUUCAUAUUAGCAAUUAAAUUGAAAAAUCGAUACUAAGUAAAUAAGAGGUAAAUGAGGCGAUACUGUUAUAUCGAUUUUUUUCUCCCACACCUAGUAGAAUGAUAUCCUAGCCUCUUGAUUAUUGCAAACAGACCAUAUUUACAUUCUUUUUAACAAGUCACUGCUGACAACCACUUUUAACACAAUAUUAAGGACUAACAAUUAAAAAGAAAAUGAAAUUAAAACGUUUAUUUCCCUCUGUAAUAUGGUGUAUGUGGGGAUAUGACAAAAAAAUACAGAAAUCUUACACCAAAUAAAUCAGUGCAUGUUCAUAAACCCAGCCUUCAAUGAGUGAGCACAUGAUAUAAAAUGAGCACUGGGAUGAGUAAAGUGCACUGUCUUUACAACUAUUUCACUCAGUUUAGCAGUUACCUGAGUGUCUAUGGGGACAGCAGUGUUGUGUACAUGUUCACAUUUUACAGUCAUGUGACACACAGAUACAAACUCUGCAUGCAUAACGUUCAUCUCUGUGAGGUCAAGUGCAUUAAAGUGAUGACAGGCACACCUUUAUGGUACAUAUCAUAUGACUGACCUUGCACGACCUGCAGUGUAAAUAGUGCAUAGGCACACACUGCAAGUCUCAUGGUCAAACAACAUAGCUCAACAAUAUAAUAUAAUAUAACUUAAAGUUUCUUUGUCUUUUAAUUUUUCCCUUUUUGUAUCUUUAAUUUGCUGCUGUAAUUUUGGAAUUUCCCCCUGUGGGAUGAUUAAAAGAUCAUCUUAUUUUAUCUAAUCUUAUCUAAUCUUAUCUUAUCUUAUAUAGUUCAGCUGCAGUGGUUCAUAUGUUUGCUGUGUUUGCAGAGGAGCAUGUGAGGCUCUGAAAUCUCAAAAUCUGGUCAUGUUUUUGCACCAAAGCACAGGUGUAAGUUGGGUGACAAAUUUUUUAUAGAUCUGACUUUUUUGUGCUCGGAGCACAUGCAUAGUUAUUAAAGUGCUUCACAGUGAUGUCAUACAGGAUAGUUAAAAGUGUGUGUUUGCAGGAUUAAACCAUCCACUGUUUGACCCCUGUGAAAUACACUGAAGUGGUGUCCUGCUAAUCCCACAGUCUCUAUCAAUAAACUCAUAUAACCUGGAUUGUAAUUUAAGGCUUGUGAGGAAUGAGCUGUGUUUUCACGAGUUGUAGUCCUCUCAGCUGAAACAAUAAAUGACAAUCCCUAACACAUCCAAGCACGCCGCCCUCUACAAAUAAGCCGUCUGUCUUCUUAAACUGUGUUUUGCUGAAAAAGGAGAGAUUAAAAGCAUCAACCCAAACAUCCUUAAUAAGGACUAACAGAUCUGGGAUGGGUGGUUGGGGGUGGGCGGCCUCAGGGCGGGAGGUUAGGGGUUUUGGGUGGAGCUGUGGGGGAGUUGGUGAUGGGGGUGUCAUGCAGCCCUGGGGUGAACUCGGAGAGGAUGGAAGUGGGACCACAUGUUUGUCCUGGAAUUGCACAGCUCUGGCCGCUUGGAGGUCCGAGGGCAGCCAAAACCGCACGUUUGAGGUUUGGAGUCAAUAACACACACACUCAAACACAUACACAAACAUAAACGCACAUUCCUUAAAGGGCUGUUCUGUAGAACUCACAUUCCUCUCCUCACAACACUGUUUAUGAUGCUAAUCCCAACAUCUUUCUCAUCAUAAUGAGGCUGUAUUUCUCUCUGGGCAGGUGUUGAUGUCACGUUGCCCUCAUUCACUGAUGGGCCUUCUCCUUAAUAGACAACAGGCUUUGUUUAGAUAGUUUGUUUACGCAUUUGCAACUUAUUAUGUUUGGCAAAUAGCUUCAUAAUGGUGUGUUUGGAUUGUUUAGAGUAUUCAUCAUAGUCAGAUGGCAGCAGACGUCACUCACAGGGUGGGAAGCGGCCGCUGUGAUCCGGGUUUUACGCUGAGCUAAAGGGUAAACACCAACAUCUCUGAACAUUUUCCUCUCCUUGGGGAAUAAAGCAAUUCUAAAGACAUUAUAAGGUGAAAUUCAAGAUGCUCAUUAGGCUUAUUUUCAAAUUUCCUGGCAAGUUUUUUGAAGAAGGUUCAGUGUUUUCAGGCUCAUACUUUUGUUAAUGCACAACACACCCACUGUAAUGUGGGAUGGGACAAAUUUAUAGACAACAACUGUUGGCAGAGGGAGGUGACAUCAUUUAUGGUUGAUUUCCAUCUUAAAAGGAUAUUCCGGUGUAAAUUUAAGCUAUGGUCAAACACACAGUAAAACUGAGUUAGUUAGACCCCCUUGAGAGAUGAAUGUUACUGACUGCUUGCUUCUCUUUUCAUACAAACUUUAGCAACGACUGCACAAUAGCAAUACACAGCGGUCUACGUCUCCAUGUGCAAACCUCAACCAAAAAGCCACUCUAUAGCCACAAAUAAUGCUCAGAACAGCACCUAACUUCAUCAACAGUACAUAUAGGGUCCCAGUCACAGUACUAGCCAUCAAACAUCUUUUUAGCUUUGCCUGGUUUCUUUAGCAAAGUGACCAAACACAACUCACCCACUCUCCUCCACCAGCCACUCGAGGAGACCUGACGAGUCGACCACAGAGUGCAGCAGAGUUUCACAGCUCAAGGAAGAACAUUAAUGAUCAUUACUUCAUGGAAAUGCAAUCAGACUGAGAUGCUCAGGCAAAAGAACUACUGCGUCUGCAGUGCAAAAUGACUAUUAUGAUGAUUAUCACUUUAAGGAAAUGAUCCGCUGCACUCAGUGAUCGACUCGUCAGAGCUCCCCCACAAACAAGCAGCUGUUGGAGGAGAGUGGGUGAGUUGUAUUUGGUCUCUUUCCGAAAGGAACAAGGCAACUUAAAUUGCACUGGAAUAUUCCUUUAAGAUGCUAUAUAAAAUAUUGAAAGUUAAUAAAACUCAAGUAAAAUGGGCUAGAUUUCUAAUUUACACUUAACAUGCUCAUUGUAUUGCAAAUUAACUGCAUUAUGUAUUAUCUAAACAUAUUUUAAAUGAUCUCUACCCCGUCCUUCUGAUUAUUUAGAGUGCUGUGCUGUUAGAAAGCCACCCAAAAGAGGGAGAGGGAGUUGCUGUCUCACUGUACAAACACUCUUGAAGAGCAGUGCUGACUCACAGUUGUAACAGAGCCAUUGGUUGGCAAGAAGUUUGCAAAAUAAUCCUCUGCUUGGUCACUGUAUUCAAAGGAAAGGAGGAGGAGGAACAAUCACAUCUUGUCCUUUUUGCAUCAUUGCAUAAGAUCAGGUAUUCUUAAACCAGUACACCUUACAACAGAGCUCUAGCUGGCUGAAAACUUCUGAUUUUGAGGAAGAAAAUAUUGAAAAAGAUCUUUUUCCUUAUCAAAUGACCUUGGCUCUUGUUACAGAUUUCGUGAUUCAGAUUUCCACUGCACUGUCUAUUGUCUAUUUAGAAAAAUAGUUACUGUGUGAAUAUGCGCUUUGUCUCCAUCUGUAUUCAUGGUCAGUGUAAAGUGGUCCUCUUGGCAUCCACCCAGCUGCACCACUGCAACCUUGAUGUGUGAUCAGACUUUAGAGCGCAUGUCCCACUGACACACACACACACACACACACACACACACACACACACACACACACACACACACACACACACACAGCCCAUCACUCAUCUAUCAAACCCUUAAAUUGUGACCUCAUGCUCUGCACGUAGACGGAUACUUAUGAUGGAGACAGUCACCGUCUCUGGCCGAGGCAGAGUGAUGUGUUGCAUUUUUGUGGGGGUGUGCAGGGGUGGGAGCUGGAGGUGCGCCAGCCCUUUAACUACAGGGGUCUCUUAUUAUUUGAUGUGAUUCAGUCUGGCAGGCAGAUUAUUGUUUUCCACAUCAUUUGUUUUCACUGUGGAAGUCCACUUAAUGAAUGUGGGUCUGGGCCAAGGGCUUGAACACGGACUGGCUGGUUCACCUCAGGGUGCCUCGCUGCUUUCUCUGCCUCUUCAUUCGGAUCUUGAGGUCUUGCUGUUCAAAUUGAAAUCAGUUUGUUUGUGUUGUGAAAUGGCUAAAUGUCACAUUUUUUCUUUUUUGUGUCCACAGGGCUUGGGAGUGAGACCCCCAUUAAACUCAGCAAUCCAAGAUUGCUUAAGAAAAGAGCUCUGAGGUAAGAUCUGCUUAAAGUCUUUUCAUAUGUUAGUGUUGGUGUGAUGCUGCUGUAUUGUCAUCUAGUGUUCAGUGAUGUCAUGUUGGAGGCGUGUCUAACAGGUUUCCCACUGCAGCACACUGAUUAGAGUAACUCUGCACACCUGGGCCCUGGGUGCUGUAGGUACUUAAACUCAUGCAGUUACUCACACUCGUCCUCACAGGUGCACUGUUUGGUUCCGUUUUGAUCAUCUUAGUUUAAAGCUGCUACUCAUUAUGUUAGCAUGAAACAACACCUUCACACACAUACACAUAUCCUCCACUCAUGUACAUCACACACAACUAAUUCUUCAGAUUUACACACCUCAUUCUUGAAAUAUCCUUAUUUGGUUUGAUCUGGUUUAAUAAACCAUUAUUUUGAUCUUAGUACAUGGUGUGUGUCUCCCUUUUUGUUGUCACCUCUUAAGCUGGGCCAUGACAGUUGAAAAACAUGUUUAAAGAGCCAGUGAACAAAAUUAAUUAGAAGUGCAAACACUGAUAAUUAUUUGAAGGAAUUUUAAAAUGUGCUUUUUGGCGUAGCUUUGAGGUAAGCUUUUAAUUUCCAUGAUGAGACAACAUUGCUAACGGAAAGUUUUUCUUUCCAUUAAUGAGACAAUGACGACAUGAAAAUGUCACCCCCCACCCCACAAAAAAGGGGGAGUAAUAAGGGAAUAAUAAGGACUGAGGAUAAGCACCAGCCAAAACAACCCUCAUAGGAGAAAUGAGCUGGUUUUCAACUUUGUAUCAUUUGUAUAUUUGCAGCCCACUCACAGGUAAUUCAAUUAUGUCAGUAUUUUGCAGCUCUUUUUUAAUCACUGCACUGUUUUUCAUUUAUUUUGUACUUUGUGUGUGCUUUUUAAUGUGCACCAUUCAUGCAAUUUGCAGCACAUGUCUCCUAAUAAAGCCCCUCUGCUCUUAUCGACUGUUGUGCUGAAGUAACCUCAUGAGACAACCCUGAAACUUUUUGUAACUUUAAAAGAUUAGAAACAAAAUCCCAAGUGUGAAAACAUGGGAUUUACCCUUUAAACUGUUGGCGGGGUUAAGUCUGCUGUUUGUGUAAACAAACAGAUAUUGGGGUAUCAUUUAAAGCUUUAGAGCCUCGGGUAGGGCCAAUGUCCAAGCUCAGUGAGAAAGCAAGAGAUAAGCACUCUUUGCUGUUUGGCAGUAGAAAACUCCCCUGCUGCGGCAUUAGCAGGAUUGCUCAGCAACAAGGUGUUGGCGGGGUGUCAGAAACAUCACCAGGUCUGCUUGUUGGCCUCCAUUUAGAGAGGUUACUUCAUGGCAGUCAGGAUGGAGGUCAGUGUGAAAGACUGUGAUGGUGUGAAUGUGGCUUUGACUUAAAACUCUCUGUAAGUUAGAACUAAAUAACAAGAUUUAAGUCCCAAGAGCAAAUGAUGUGAUGAUGGAGAAGGAUUUGCAGUGUGUUUCUAACUCUGGUUUUAAUGAACAAGCAAAAGCGCUGAGGGGCGGCACAGUGGUGUAGUGGUUAGUACUGUCGCCUUAGAGCAAGAAGGCCCUGGGUUUGAAUUCCGGGUCAGGGUGUUUCUGUGUGGAGCUUGCAUUUUCUGAAAGAGGUCAAAAGGAAAAACAGCUUUAUUUGACCGAGGUGUUUUGGCUUGUGGCCUUCAUCAAGGUCCAAGCCAAAACGUGUCGGUCAAAUAAAGCUGUUUUCCUGAACUACAAGUGGUGCUGGAGCACUUUUGACCUCUUUCAGAUCCUUUUUCUCCAAGCACCUUGGAAGUUGGUGAAGUUGUGCCAGAAUUUUUGUCCUCAAAAUGAGUUUGCAUGUUCUCCCUGUGUCCGCAUGGGUUUACUUCGGGGACUCAGGUUUCCUCCCACAUCCCAAAAACAUGCAGAAAUGGGGUUAGGUUAACUGGUCACUUUCAAAUUGCCAAAUUGCCGUAGGUGUGAAUGUGGAUGGUUGUUUUUCUCUAUAUGUCAGCCCUACGAUGAACUGGCAACUUGUCCAGGGUGUCCCCUGCCUUCGCCCCAAGACGCUAAGAUAGUAAGGGUGUGGAAAAUAAUCUAAAUUAAUCGAUGCGCAUGUGCGCGAUGCGACUGCGUCGGCUCAUUCACUGGGUAUCGAUGCAAUUGACGGGUUAAAUCUAGAUUCAUCUAGAUGCGUUGGUGGGUAUCGGUAAAAUCCGAUGCAAGCGCCGUUUUAUUCAUGUUAAACUUCACCCCAUCUGCUGUUCCCCAGGCGCAUUGAAUGCACCAUCAUUAUUUCGCGUUUUGUAUUGAAUACGGACGGAAGCCGUGAGGGACAUACAAUGCACUACUAGUAAAACAGCAUGGACCACAUUCAAGUGAGCAGCAGCGAGGAAGAGUUUAUAUGUAAUGCACCCGCUACGUUUAAAUCACAUGUUUGGAAACACUACGGAUUUGCAAAGAAAGACGGAAAGCUCGACAAAACGUCCGUCAUUUGCAAAGAAUGCCGCGUUAAGAAGCCGUACAACGGCAGCACGACAAACAUGCAGACCCACUUAAAAAGAGUACACCACAUCACCGACAAGUCUAACGCCACCUCCCCUCCCUUAACAUUGAUUGCACUGUUGAAAGUGUCACUUUAGGUUAGUCAUUGAGAGUGUUUUGUUGUUGCUGUUUACUGUACUUUUUACAACAGUAAUUAUUGUGUAAUUGUUUUACUCUUUUAUUAUUGCAGAACUCACUCAAAUCACUGAUUUUCAGUGGCCAGUUAGAAAGUCCACUCUAGCACAUCGGUUUGGCAGACAGUAGUAUGGCCAUUGAAUGGUUUAUUUGCACCAUGUUAGGCAGUGCAUUAGUUGUUUAAUAAUGUGUACUGUAAAAUUACCCAACAAGUAUAGAGCACUUGUGUGAUGUAGGGUUGGGACUGGAAUCCUUUUUUUUUUUAUUUUCUUUGAUUUUAUUGAUUCAGAUUCCUUAACAGUUGCAGGAGGUCUGUCUAAUCUGUGUAACUGUACAAAAUGGAACCCAAAGGAGCAUAGAAAAAAGACAAAAAGCACUUUUGUUGAAUUUACUGCCAAGUGCCUUUAAGGAAUAAAGCCAAAUCAUUUUUGUAGUAGACCAUACUGAAUUCCAUCUUUUAUUUUUAUUUCUUUUUUUUCUUUGCUUAUUUGCAUCAUGUUGAAUUGCAUCAUAUCGCAACAAAUUGCAUCAUAUCGUAUCGGAUCGCAUUGAUUUGAACUAAAUGAUUAUCGUAUCGCAUCAUGAAGAGGGUGAACCGUAUCGCAUCGUAUCGCCAGAAAAUUCCACGUAUCGUUAAAGUAUCGCAUCAUGAAGAGGGUGAAUCGUAUCGCCAGAAAAUUCCAUGUAUCGUUAAAGUAUCGUAUCGCUGGCAGUGCAUCGAGAUGCGUAUCGAAUCGUCCUCAGUGUUGAGAUUCACACCCCUAUAAGAUAGGCACCAGCACCCCCCAACGGGAUAAGUGGUAGUAAAUGGAUAGAUGGACAAAAAUGCUGAGUCAUGUUCCCCUGAUUCCCAACAGGAGAAAACCUCUCAUGCUUGUUCUUUUCUGACUUUCAUUGUUGUGGUGGUUUUGAGUCAAGUCCAGAAAUGACCCCUGAGAGAGAAGUAUGCUGUGAUUCUGUGUGAGGCAGGGGGAGACCUUCUCAUAUUUUCUAGAUAAAUAUUUGAGGGUUUAAGAGUUACACAUUGAAAUCCAAAUGUUUUCUUCAGAUCAAUAAUAGCUUGUUUUUCUGAGCUUCAUUUCUGAGCCAUUUGCUGAUUGACCAGAUUCUUGAGCAUCAUUCAAAGCAGCUCAUCUUUCUGCAACGUUUUUAAUGAUUAGGCUGAUUGUUUGAUCGGAUUCAGAUCCAUUCAACGAGCUCCAUAAGGCUGCUUACAUUAGAGGCGAAUAAACAAAGCCAGUUUCCCACAGCUCAGCCCUGUUUUAAUAACAGCUGGUAUUUUUCUUGCCCCCCUCAGCUUCCAGAAAGAAUUCUCCUUUGACGAAAAAGACGACCCAGCCAAAAGCACUAAGGAUAUAGAUGUUAGUCUCCUGGCCAACCUCCCUAAAGGUGAGUAAGGGUUUUUUGUUUCUGCCUGCUUGGAAAUGGCCUCUAACAAUGUCAACUUUCCCAGGCUUUGUCAAAGUCAUGCUUGUGCAAUAGCAGCCUCUUUGCCAAGUGGAUCAAAGUCAAGAUUUCAGUCAAACCUGUUUUUCUACAGACACAAUCCUCGUAUAUUUCAUGACCUGAACAGCUGCACUGUGUUUUCCUGAGAGGCUCCAUUUACAGUAAAAUGUAGAUCCAAUAGGAGAUUCGGUGGCGUGGGGGUUUGUGGGUCUCUUAAGUCUCAGUAAAUGGUGAAUAUUAGAGUUUCAUGAGCUGUUGAAGGUUGUUUUAAAUUAGCUUUUCAUGAGAGAAAGACAGAGACUGUGAAAUGAGAAAGUGGACCAGCUAUAAACGAUCAGAUGAGAAGGGAAAAACUGCUCAUUAAAAUAGACAGGGUCAACCAUUCUUGAAUGGAAAUCUGUGUUAAAUUGAACUUUAACUGAAUUGAACUGAUAUGGAAAAAAGUGCUGAUAGGAUAUGUUUAUGUUUCAAAAGACUCCAACAUUCAUUUUAGUCAUUCAUUGUUUGGUUUGAAUGACAAUAUUUAAAUUGAUGGAAAUAAAGUUUUUAUGUAAAAAAAAAAAUACAUAUAUAUCAGUCAAUAUAUUGUUACACCAGAAUUGGCUCCUCAUGCCAGGUAUGUGAGCCUGAAGUUUGAAAUGUGAAUAUAAGCAAAAUUAAAGCUCCUAUGAGUUGUUUUUUUUUUUUUUUUUUUACUAUUCAAGUAAUAGCCUGAAAUUCAUAUUGAUACUUUUUUGUAAUAUAUAAAAGCAGACAGAGGACUGACCAGAUAAAGGAUCUUUACACUGUAAUUUUUAAUGCCUGUAAAGUAGUGUGAGGAGGUAGGUGUUAGCUGAGCAGCAGUAAUACGGGAAAACCGCAGGUAAAGUGGGUUUUAUUUCAGUUGUUGCUGAUUCUAUAUUUACACAAAUAUUGGACUCACUAAACUUAGACACUUAUUGAACUUUAUUGAAAUGUCUAACCCUUUAUUUCUUCUUUAGUUUCUGAAUUGAGGAAAAGAUUUGAAGGAAUUACCACAAGUGCAAGUGACUGGGAAAUGAACAGGUGAGCAGGUGAUGCUGUGUGGAAAAAUGCUGCCAGUGUGUUUGACAAUGAUGAUGUAGAGGAGAGUGAGAUUGAAAGCUUUCUCCUUCCUGAUUGUGUGGGCAGAAAGGAACGUAUCGCCCGUAGGUUGGAGGGCAUCGAGGGGGAGGUGCAUCCAUCUAUGCUUCCUAGUUUAGUGGCUAACCGGCUUCUGGAGGAGGACACACCCCGAUACACCCGGGCCUCUGACCCAUGUGAGCCUUGUGGUGGUAAGUCUGAACCUAGACAACUUUAGAGGUCUUGAUUGUGUGUUUCUGAAGAAAAAACCUGACUGGUAUUCUGUUCCUCUGCUAGUUACAGUCCAGCGGUAUGGCAUUGAGGGGUUUGAACCCCAAGAAAUGACAGCUCCAGAACGACAGUCCAGAGCCCGAGGCAGACCUGACCCUCAGUCCUCCAUCCACCCAGAGCCUACCUACACCUCAGGCUCAACUACGAACCUCCCAGAGCUGGAGUCCAAGGCUGAAAGAAUUGCUCGCUACAAGGCAGAACGGCGCCGCCAACUAGCUGAGCGCUACGGCAUCUCUUUGGAUCAGGAGCCAGACUCGGACUCCCGCCACCCUCGCACCAGGAAAGAUUCAGAGGGUCAAGAGAGGCGGACCAGAGGGGGGUCUGUGGGGGAGGAAGGAAGGGAUGUCACUCUGAGUACUUACACCAGUACCUCAGCAACAAGCCCGAGGGCUGGACGCACCGCCCCACAGCACGUCCAUCCAGACCUGGGUUAUGAGAUGGGUCUGAGCAGGGUGGACUCUUUCUCAGAGAGGGAGAGGCUGAUGAACCUGGAGAAUCAGCGCAGAGCUGCUCCUCCUGAGCCACCGUCCUCCUCCUCAUACAUGGAUGUGACAUCAGUAUCCUCACCUGCCAGAGUCCCCACCACUAAAGAGUACCCUGUCACAGGGAUGCCGCCCAGUUCUCCCAAGAUGAGCAGGCAGGCCUCCCUCUCCUCACCCAAACAAGGUGUGUCCCCUGGAGACCUCUUCAUCGAGCAGCAGGCCCACAACAUCCUCAGCAGACAGGGGUGAGUUGUCAUGGUUGCCGCUUCCUUUCCAAUUUUUGGGUAUGAAAGUGUUUUUCACUUGUUUUCUAUAAAGUGGUCAUGUUCUGCAUGAUCCAAGUAAAUGUUGUUAUCAACAUUUUAUACAGCAUUUUGACUCUGGGUUUAUAUAUCAAGUUUGUCUCCCAAUGACUACUUUUUACCUCACCCACUUAAAGAAGGGGCAUAACUCUCUUUCAAGUGUUCACACAACAGCUACCCCCUCAAAUCCAUUCACACAGGGUUCCAACACAGUUUUCAUGUGACUCAGAGUGUUGCUGUGUCAUUCUCUUGGAUGGAUUGGCUCGCUGUGACAGCAUUAUCCAUCCUGCUGAUUCUCCUUCCCUCCACCUUUGUCCCUGCCCCUCUUACAUUCAAGGUUGUCCUGUUGGCAUUAGUUUGAUUUCUACCCAAGCCAGGCAACCUGAGCUUGUUCUGAAACCAUCCGUAAGCGCAGGCCAGCUCCUCCUGAGAUCUGUGACCGAGCUUCCAAAAUACAUGAGCAGAUUGAUACAAAGUGUGUUUGUUAUGUUGCCACUCCUGAGAAUUCAGGUGCAUCUGCUGAGAAUAGGAAACCACUGUGCUUUCUAACCUCCCAGAGGAAGUCUUCUUGGCCCAGCUGUUGUUAUUCUGUAAGGAGGGGCUCUUUAUGAGGCUGUUUGGAUGAAGAAAAUCUCUGGCUCUGUGGUGGAUCCACAUUCUUGAAGAGAAUUUAUCCUCUUUGAGAAUUUAAUGAAUGCUGAUGAGAAUUUCAAAUGUUCCCUGAAAGGAAAUUCCCAGUUUAAAACAUCUUUGGGUUUAUUUUUGUUGUAUUGACAAUGGUUCCCAUAGUAAUAUACUACACUGGACUUAGUAACGCAUUUCAACUUACAAUGGUUGCCAUUCAGCAAUCACAAGAUAAACAAGACCUCCGUUGUUGAUAGUUUUGACUCUACAUGUGCUGAUUAAUUAGGAAUUAAACACUGUGUUGUAUUAAAGAAGAAUUGAAACUCGUGAUUGAGCCCAUAAACCCAGUGGGGAAGUGUUACUGGGUAAAAAGGAUCCUUUAUUGAAGGAAGCAGACUUGCUCACAGUCAGGCCCCUUGUGUUACCAAUAAGGUCUCCAACAGCCAUCCAUCAGAAGCCAUCAGGUUAAAAGUCCUUCCAUGUAAUACAUUAAGCAGAUGCAAAAGUGCUCAAACCUGCAAUUCCUUGAAAGUCCACUUGAGGCAGGCUUCAAAAGCAUUAAAAAACACAUACACAUCCAUUUAAAAGCUCCCAUAUUUACAGCAUAAAUAAGCAUGCUCGGUCAAGAAUCUCUGAUUGGAGUGUUAAGUUUGGUGUCCCUGUGGACAGAGCAGUCCUUGUUUAUCUUGUUGUCUACAGUGUCCUCUUUUAAAAAAAUGUAACACCCUUUUACUUUAGACUGACUUAAUACAUAUGAUCUUGCAGUGAUCUUGCAGCCCUGGGCUAAACAGGGAUACUUUGGGAUUGUCCUUAAAUUUCAUCAUCAAUAAAGCAGUUUCGGUGCCCAGUAAAGCUGACAUGGACAAUGCAGAGGUUAAGUAGUCAGCAAAACUCUUGACCAGAUUUCAGUUUUCUUGCUAAAGUUGCCAAAAAGCAAAUAAAGACGAUCAUACUAGAGAGAUUGUUGUCAUUCCCAUCUUCAUCACAUCCCGUACAUUAUUCCUCAAUCCUUCUCUCAGAUUACAAAAUUUGGCUGGUGUGUGUUCAUUUCUUGGGUAGGGAUGGUGUUUGGUAUCUAUGCAGCUCAGUGUGGCUCCUUGACUCACAGCUGGAUUUGAUAAGAACCAGGGAGCCCUGAUGGGAAAGAAGAAAAUAGGAGGUGGUUUUUCUGGGCUUCUUCUCAGGGUGAUCUUGACCAAUUAGAUCUUGGACAAAUACUCAGUUUUUCCUGAGAGAAUAUUUGUAGAGUACUGUCGAACAGCGGUUGGUUGAUUUAAAUGGGAAUCUGUAAGGGCAACAAAAACACUGUUUGUUUUCAAUAACUGGAGAGAAGAACAGCCAGAUGUCCAUGCUUGCUCAGAGUGCAAAUCUUUGCAGGUUGAAAUUGAUCCAAAACCAACUCAUGGAAAACUCACUGCAUGAUCCCAUUCAGGAAGAGACCUGUUCUGAAUUACCUUGAGAAUAACUGCUCCUGACAUAAAUGUUUUUGACCUGAGCUGGUCCAAAUACCAAGAGCAGUUUUUGGUGUAGUGAUUUAUACAUUUAAACGCAGCCAUGGUUAAAGAAAGCGUGUUUCCUUUUGUUUUUUUGUGAAUGGGUGUUACUUUUUGGCAGUCAUGGCUUGAAUCUGCCAAACAUCAAAAAAUAAACAUUUGAACUCCAUAAUUUAUUAAGUGUGAUGCCUUUCCCAAAACCACAAUAACAUUGAAAUGUCUCCUGAGACGAGCUGAACUUGUUGUUAGCAGGAUCCUGCUGGUGUUGGAACUCAUUCACAUGCUGGUCAAGCUCAAUGUGAAGUCAAUGUUGUGAAUCAUUUAGUGGUAUGUGUGUGUGUGCAAAAGAAUUAGGCUGCAUACUGAAUCAAGCUUCUCACCCACCCUUCCACUCAAAUAUGUCCCACCGGUUUCCAUUGGUGCAGUGCAAGAGGGAAACUGAGCAAUGAUUGGUUCCUCCAGACUGAUGCUGAGGGCGAAACCCAAUCACUCAUCAACUGGCCAUCGAGGUACACCCAGGCUGGUCAUGUCCCAUCAUCCCAUUUUCCCCUGCCAUCUUUCCAUUUAGCCCUGAAGAGCAGUGCUUCUUAAACUUGGACCCAGAGUAGACAUAUAAUGACUCUACUCGAAUCACAUACGUUUAAGAAGCUCUGCUCUGAGUUUGAGAGUCAGCUGACAUCACAUAAUCUUCAUCCUGUUGCCACAAGCCCCUUUUCCCUUUGCUUUAGACUGUAACUUCAUGGCCCUGCAGUAUGUUGCUGUGUCCAGUUUAAUCCCUGUGUGAGAAUAUUUGAAACGUUUCACUGUCAAAUAAAACGCUGAGUGAUGUUGCUGCAGAGAUCGACUGACUUUACAUCAACAGGUCUGCAUCUCCUUCUCUGCUUUGCCCUCAGGAUCAUCUUUUAUUUUUACUGUUAUACUAACAUGAACCAGAUGAGGUAGGGUCUGUCACAAAUAGGGCUGGGGAUCAUUUCAACAUUUUGGGUACCAGUAUAAACUGAAUUGGCUCCGUGUGAAUUGAUUCUGACUUGAUAUUUAGCCUAUUUUCAAGCUAUUUGGUGUGCAGUGUAUGGUAGGCAAGAGGGCUGAUCACACCUGGAUGGACUGCACUUUACUGUCAAAUGAAUUUCAGGCGUGUUAGAAAUUUUGGUCAGCUCCUGCAGAAUAAUAUCAGUGCUAAGAGCUGAUUUCCCAACAAAGGGCUCAUUUUCAUGAUUGAUGUAUACAGCAUCUAAAGGCUCAUGGAGUAAUGCAGUUGGGGACUGAUUUUUUUUUUCCCCCCAAUCUGCACUCUCUCCACAGUUUGCACACAUAGGAAGCCAGCAUUAUUAUCACUUGUAUUAACAGAAAAUCAUAAAAUAAAGGAAAGUAGUCCAUGUUCUUAUUGUUCAGCACAACCAGUUUGCUUCAAACCGUCUUGUCCCUUUUUUUAUAGUAAUGUACAAGCUUAAACUCUAGCUCGACUGAACUAGCACAACGAUCACAAGCCUUAGUUGGGUAUUGUUGAUUAUUUCUUUGAAUUUUGUGAGUUACUUUCCAGCUUGACAUUCAUGUGUGCUAGGUCUUUCACUAGUGUUGUAGACCAGCUGAAGACUUUUUCAAAUCCACAAUGUGCAAGAGACCAGAACAGGACUUUUUCAGAGACUUUCCUUGGGAUACAGCCAUCACUGGACUCUACGGGUCAAAUUUCUUGCUUGUUUGCCUUUUUUUUUUAAAUUCGUUUAUUUGACAGGGACAAUACAUCAGGCAUUAUUACAUCUAAUUAAAGAUUAUGCAGGACUGUGGUUUACAGGACUUCUAGCCGUGGCUAAUUUGCGUUCCUUGUCCCUUCAUGGAGUUUUUUGGCUCUGCUGUUACCAUAGCAGUUGAACAUCUAGGCAAACUUUGCGUGAUGAUGAGCGACUUUUAUGAGUACUUUCCUACGACAUUAGCAGUGGCUCUGAGGCUGGACAGAUGGAUUCAGACGUUUGCAUACUGGUAUCUCCAGGGUCCAAUGAAAAGAUUUUACUUCAUGAUGUUGAAUUGGAGUGGGCCAACAAGGCCCCAGCAGGUUCACUCCAAUCCAACGUCAGCUUUCUCCACUUCUUCUUUGAUCACCAGUCCUAAUGUAGACUAAGAGAAAGAUGCUCCUCCCAUGAUGCUAACUGAAUCAACUAAAUUAGUGUUGAUUGCUGUGUGUGUGUGCUCAUUUUAUCAGAUCAAGAAUAAUUAGUAGUCAUCUUAAGUUUAAUCUGCUGUGCCACUUUUGUGUUUUACAACUGCUAACCAGCUCUUCUUCUUCCUGAAGAAUCAGAGUUAGAGAGAGACUUUCCAGAGAGGAGGGCCGCCAGAGGAGCCCAGAGCUGGGGAAUGAGGCCCCGAUUUACCGCAGACAGUUUCAACACCAAGCCCAAACAUCUAAAAACUACCACAAUGACCCACCGAGCUCUCAGCAAGUUUACGCCCACCCCCAAACUCAGCAUACCCGACCUGGACAACAUGGAGGACAGGAGGUUGGUGGUUAUCCUAGCUACCUGUCCAUGGCCUCAGGUCCAUCAUCCAGAGCUGGUCAGCAGCAGCCGCCUCAAGAGGAAGAGACUGAGGAAUCAGAGGAUGUGAAAACAGAAGGCCUUCUGACAAGUAGGAAAGCAGUGCUGCCAUCAGAGAUCCGCCGUAGAGAGAAGAGCACUGAGGACCCAAGGAGAGGAAGGAGGGAGGAGGACGUAGGGUUGUCAAGGUUUGAGGUAGAUGAUGGACACAGAGGCAGAGCUAGGAGGGAGGAAAUAGAGCAUCUGCAAGCCAUGGAGGGAAGGAUCAGAGAGCGGGAAAAUGCCAUUUAUGUCCACAAAGGGCUCACUGCCACGCACAUCCAGCCAAGAGCAGCACAGUCAGGCUCUGCCCUGAGCCACACAGUUUCAGACGCUGGAGAUCCUCGGAGACCAAGUCAGAGGAACUCGCAGCACCAGACCCAAACUUCCCGAGAGGUCAGGGAGGAUGACGGUUACAGUAACCAAGAGAGUCACCAGGACACUCGGGUAUCUGUUGCCCAGCUCAGACACUCCUACAUGGAGAGCGCCACCACUCCUCCGAGCAGACGCAGGAAUGAGCUGUAGGUGGCAAAACUGAGCGUUGCACCGCUGCUACUCGUUGGCUGGCUCGUUCAGAACUCACACUGAUGCUUUGUACCUAACAUUGGCUUGCUGCUUAUUCACUAACAACCACUAAAGCGGGCAUGAAGUUCACAUCAAAGCAAAGUAAAACUGCUGCAGAGUUUCUAACCUGUAGAUAUGGAUUAAUGCAUUAAUCACUCAACACUGAGCUUCCUGUGAUGUUCGGGUCUUGUCCUUAACUGGUGCAGUGACUUGUUUGGUUACUACAUGGGGACAAUGAAAGUGUGCAUGCGUCAAAUCUGCAUGGACUCUUUCAAAUACCUGUUUUUUUCAAACCAUGGGUUUGAUCUCAGCUUUUAAAAGUUUGCUUUUUGCCACCAGUCCCUCUCUAUCUCUCCCUCACUACACUCUAUUUUCUCUCCUCUUUGGGUUCUCGAUCUGCUGGUCCCUCUCCUUGGGUGGCCCCUCCAGUGAGCUUGAGUGUGAAAGAGAACUUGAGGGCUACUGUGCCCCAUGGAGAGGGGAAAGGGACAGGGGGCGCAGGCCUAGGCAGUAUAUCUGUCCCGGGGAGAGUAGAAAGACCUCAGAGAGGUUUAGGACACAGCCCAUCACUUCUGCUGAGCGACAAGAAACUGAUAGGUACUGCUCUGGUCUGGUCUGGUCUGGUCUGGAGAACGCAUGGCUGAGAGUGGAGAAUGCUGGGAGUGAUCCAUGUGAUCAUGCAUGUCGAAGAGAUCCUGUCAUGAUGCUUCAGUUUUGAUGCAUAGAAAGAUUGUAUAAUGUCAGGUUUGUGUUGACAUUACUGAUCCAUCCUCAAGUACCUCCUGCUUAGGGAGGAAACUGUACCACUCUUGGAUCAGUCCAGCACUGCUGUAAAUAUUCACUGUAUACUUAGACUUUCACAAAAAAAGUGCCGAAGUUAGUGUUGAGAAGUCAUCAACAUUGUUAGUUAAAAAUAUCUCAUAAUUUAUGCUGAGGAAAACAAUCCAAAUCUUGUCGAACUCUGUGAAAUGGGCGUACCCUGGUUAUGUGAGAACAGAAAUGAAAUGUUUAUUUCAAACAUGCAAGGGAGAAAUUUUCAUUAUUUGGAUCUUUAAAUCUAUUUUCUGCUGUCAAAUCAAACCCUUCUCCCAUUUUUACCACUCCGUGUCCAACCCUGUGACAGCAACUGUUUAACCUGCAUCAGUCAAUCCAGAGUUAAAGGGAUAUUCCAGCAUAAAUUUAAGUUUUGGUCAAACACACCGUAACACCGAGUAAGACCCCCCCUUGAGAGAUGAAUAUUGCCGACUGCUUGCUUCUGUAGUUAUACCAACUUCAGCAACGACCGCACGAUAGCAAUACACAGCGGUCUAUGUCUCUACGUGCAAACCUCAACCAAAAAGCCACUCUAUAGCCACAAAUAAUGCUCAGAACAGCACCUAACUGACAUCAUGGUUAGCAUAUCCAAAUGUGUGCCCACAGUGCAAGCACAGGCACGUACAGGGAAACGCUGACUGUAACAUUUGCAGUAGUGCCAGACUCUGCAAUCACAGCCAUCAGUCUGUUGUGCAUUAGAGUGACGUUAGAUACGGGUUUAUCUCAGAUUAUGUUUUGGAAACUGAAAGCAUAACAUGUUUCAUGUCAUAUCACUGGCAUUGCAUGUCCUAUGAUUUAUUAGCUGUGCAUGCAUACAUCCCAGAUGCAAUGGUUAAACAAUCUGCUGAGCCUUCCUUCAAGCUGAGAAAGUACGAAGCAAUUUACAGGUCAAUCUAACUAACACGUCAAAAGGACCAUGAAAACUUCUGUGCUGGUUUUGCUACACCACCUAAAAAAGGGUCCAGGAGCACGGUGUCUAGAAAGCUCAGGGUAAAUCUCCAUCAUUGUAUUCUGAAGUGUUGGACCGCCGACCACAGAGGAGUUUGGUGUGGGAAUCUGGUGUUGGUGAACAAUAAUUAACUGUGUCGUACAUACACUAAGUCCAUAAUCAGAUUAAUAGCAUGUGCUAGAUCAUAGUUUACCACAAGCCCAUGACUGUAUGCACACACUCACACACACACAGAGAGGCUUUUACACAUUACAGUUUACUUAAUUUCAGCACUUUAACAACAUUAGGAAAGAAGGCGGCUUAAAGGCCAAAGGUCCAGCUGAUUGGGUCCUGGCAGUGGUCUUCACAUGUGACCAUACCAUGAAUUGGUCUUUGUUGAUAAUCAGUCCAUGCAAACACUGAACUGAACAGACUCCUGUAAUACCAUCUAAUUCUGCAGCUUAGUCUUCUUUACCACACUGUGCUCCCCCUUUUUAUUUCCCCUCCUAACAAUUUCUGUCACGUUUUCUGCAUUCCAGAAACGAGCGCUUUUCACUGCAUCUCCUCACCUCCUCUGUGACUGCCUCUCUCCUUUUUCCCGUCUUGAACCGUUCACCACCGUCUGAUACUACUGAGCUGUGCAAUGUUUAAAGGAUACAACGAACUUUUGCUGACUCACUUUUUUUUCUUUGUGCACUUUUAAAGGUCCUGCGUGAGUUCAGACAUCGCUCCUACUGAAGGUUAGUGUUGGAAACUUGUAAUUUUGAUAUCUAAAAUUUACCCCAUUUGGUUUCAGAAUGGACCGGUAACAGUCGGUACACUUUGAUUCAAUGUUUCGUAAAUUAUUAAAACGUAAACAUGCAGAAGUUAUUGUCCAUUUAGUGUUUACAGCAGUUCUGUCAAAACAUAAGUUGUUUUGCACAUUAAGCCUAACCUAAGUCCAUGAACUGCUUUAGCUUGUGUUGGUGUAGUAAUUGAUUAAGCAUGCCUUGCUUAAGUGGAAUUAUCAGCCUGUAUGCCACUGAGUGUUAGACCGGUAAGAACUGUUGGCUGUAGCCUCCUGUUGCAUCAUAUUAGAGGGCAGAUGUAAACCAGUAAAAGUGUUGGCCUUUGCUUGUUGCUAAUGAAUCAAAAAACUUUAAGUUUUAUGGUAAAGUAGGAAUAUAUAAGCAUUCCCUCACAAUAAUAGUUAUGCUCUUCAGAUGUAAACUAUUCACCCAAAACUCUGAAGAGAUUAAUUUUUGGCUAGUUUUUGUUUUAGUGGGUUUGAAUUGAUGCAAAAAACAACUAAUUUGAUUGCUCUCCUUUUUGUUGCUGCCAGAUUUCAGCUCAGGUAGGGUAUGUUUUUCUAGAAGUGACUGCUUCAUUGUACUUAGCAACAUCAGUUUCCACUUCCCUCAGACCCUCUUAAAUCGGUUCAAGCUCAGAGAAGUUGCAAGUGCUUCUAGAUCAGGGGUCGGCAACCCGCGGCUCUGGAGCCGCAUGCGGCUCUUUCUUCCCUAAGCUGCGGCUCCCAAUGGAUUUGGAAAAUAAAUGAUAAAUACUUAAUUGCAUUUUAUUUUAUUUUAUUAUUAUUAUUAUUAUUUUUGUAAUUCUAAAUUCAAAGAUUAUAAUGCUCUUGUAACAUUAAAUAAACUAUUAAGGCUGCAACAACGAAUCCAUUAAGUAGAUUCGUCGUGACGAAAAAAUCCGUUGCCAACAAAUUCUGUAAUCGAUUCGUCAGGUCUUUAUAUAUGUCCAUGGACACCGGCGUGUAAACAUCAGCAGGACGCACAGAAAAGAAACAGCCAUGGCCGAGCCAGCGGCUGAGAAAAACAUGGACACAACCCAACCCAAAUCCCGACCUAAAACAUCAGUGGUGUGGGAAAACUUCAAGACUGAAAAGGAAGGCGUUCAGUGCAACAUUUGCAAAGACCGUUUUGCAUGGCUCGGGAGUACAUCGAUGAUGCGUGAGCACAGGGCUCUCAAGUCUCACGCAUUCAGCGUAUGACACAUGCAUUCCCACUCGUUCACACGCUCACACACCACACAUUGUAUUUCUCACGCAUUUAAAUGAACAUGGUGCUGUCCACCAAGUUGCACUUCUUCAACUAUGGAACUGGGGGAAAUCAACUGAGUUCCUCCGAGAGUUCAGAAGCUGCGUGCCACGCACAAGCCAAUCAAAUUAAGUAUAUAUACUGAACAGCCAAUCAAAAAGCAGCAUUGCUGUAUCCGGGUAGAUUUUGAUAUCUUGCGGUUUAACUACAGAAGAAGACAGACACUCGCCGAAAUAGUUCAUUUAUUUCAUAAAUGCAACUCGCUACAGUUUUUUAUAUACUUUGUAUAAAGGUAAAAAAAAAAAGAUAUAUGCAAUGUUAUCUUCAUUUUAGAUGUCAAAGAGUUUUUGUGGCUCCCUGUGUUUUCUUUUCUGUGGGAAACUGGUCCAAGUGGCUCUUUGAGUGUUUAAGGUUGCCGACCCCUGUUCUAGAUCAUAUUCACUCUUGGUUUACUCUUAAUCUGCAUUUGUGGAUGCAGUAACAAACUGUGUUAAUAGACAGCGCUUUUUUGGAAGGUUUUUAGCCUAUGCAGGGCUUCCCACUACAAAGUCAUGUUUAUUUUCAAUCCCCGAUGGCCUGAUGAUCACAGCCUUGCCACUUUUAAAUAAAAUUCUUUGCAAAUUUACUGUCUUUUACAUGACUUUAUUCUGAAAUGUUGAACCAUUUGCUCACGCAGUCUCUCACAAAGCGUAACCUCUACCUAUUUUUACCUCUGAGAGACCCAGCCUCUCUGGAUCACCUUGUUGUACUCAGUCAUGUCCUCACCUGUUGUAGAUGAACCUCAGUAGUUAGAAGAUACAGAUGAUAGAAGGUGAUAGAUGAAGAUAUAGGUGAUAGAUUUCACAGCUUCUUCAGAGUUUGUUGCCCUGUCCCAACUUUUUUUAUAAACGUGUUCCUGGUAUCUGAUUUGAAAUAAACAUAAACAUGCGCUCAUAAAAAUGUGUAAAAUAAUGACAUUUAAAAAUUUAAAAAUUUGAUUUGUCUUUGCUCUUUCCCUGACCAACUGCAGAGUUCAAAUGAUUUGCAAACUUUUUAUUGACAUUUUACUUUUUGGCUUUAUCUAAAGUUAUACAGUUGUGGCUGACCACAAAUAACUAAAAGUUUUUUCUUUUCAGUGAAUCUUAAACUUUAAAAAACAGACACAAGCGUGGAGACAAAGUGACUCAGUGCUUCUUUUUAAAGCCACAUUUUGGAGUGUAGUUUGCUGAGUUAUUGUGGUGCUCACAGUAGCAUUCAGGGCCGCAGAUCCACAUAAGUCAGAACCAACUCAUCUGCUUCUUAUAAGCGCCCACUCAGCCGGGACGCUUUCUUCUCUCCACUGAUGAACGUAAGAGUGAGCAGAGCUCAACAGGGCAGCGUCAAUCAAAGGAAAUAGUUUAAUGAUGAUGUAAUGUCAUAAGUCUCAUGUGUAAGUGUUUAUACAGGCCUCUCACACCUGUGUGGCUCUGACGCCAGUCACGGGUCACGGUUUAUCUUUGCUCCCGGCAACAAAGUCAGAUGUUGCUGAUUGUGCGGGGUAUUAAAAGUAAAUAUUUUGACAGUGACCAAUAGCUUAGAAAGGAAAGCGUCUACCUGUCAUCACAAAUACAACCUGUCUUAUAAACAACUAAAAAAGUUUCAUGUAAACUAAGAGAAGUUUAGCAUCUUUGCUGUGAAUAAUUUCCUCCUCUUUUCUGUUUCUGUAGCUGAUGAAGAGAAGGUGGACGAGCGGGCUAAAAUGAGCGUAGCAGCCAAACGCUCUCUCUUCAGGGUGAGUUUCUGCUUCCUCCUGAUUGUCCUUUUUCAUUGAACCACAGAAACUAAACACAGAGAAAUGUACUUUCAGUCACCGACACAAACACUGACACUUUCCUGUGAGGAUUUGGAGAUACAAUCUUGGAAGUAUAGUCACGGUUUGGGCUAACAUAAGCUUUCCACUGGACCAAGUUUUUACUGGAGCUCAUUACACUUCCACAUCUGUGAAAUUGACCCCAAACAUGACCCUCAGAUUCAGCUGCUGGAUCUCAGUCCAUCAGAGACUCCAAUUUCCAAACAGCUUUGAUAAGGGUGAUGCUCUUAAUGUGCUUGACCUCCGGAUUUCAUCAGCCUGAUGCUUAAUUCUUUCAGAGCAAACUUAUAAACUGUUCUGCCAGAGUCAGGAAGUUAAGAUGUUUUAUUGAUUUAAAUUGACUUUCCAUAUCUGCCCAACGCUCUCAUCCAGGAGCUGGAGAAGAGCAUCGAUGGUGGAGCCCCAAAACCGCGGUCCAGAAACGCUGCCGUAGACAGGAGACUAAGGCGGACACAGGACAGAUCAAGGACUCAGCCAGUCACCACAGAGGAAGUAGUCAUCGCUGCUACGUAAGUUUAAAAUGCCUUUAACCAAGUGAGACUCUUUAGCUCGACUUAACUCAUUUCUUGAUUUAUAAAUCCUGAGCACUAUGAUGCAAAUAAGGAUGUAAAACUUAAUUUAGCAUCAAGGCUUGAAAAGCAAUUUGCCUUCAGUAAAUUAAAUGCUAUGCAGCCUCAGUCAGCAACUUGCUGUUUGUGUCUAUAACAGGUUAGUGCUUUGUAUUUGUAUUUGUAUUUGUAUUUGUUUAUUUAGCACAGAUUAAAAACAGUGCAAGGAGGGAACGAAGCCGAUAGGCUUAUACAAAGUUCCACUCCCGUCAGGACAGAGAAAACAUAAGGUGCAGACAACUAAGUACAUAGACAGGUUACACAUGUUCCCUGUACGUUCAGUGUCUGUGUUAGGUAAUGCUAACUUUAACACUUUCUGAUAAGCUCACAAUAUCCUCAUCUUACUCCAAGAAGAAGAGCAAAAAAGUGUAUGGAAAACAAUCUCUUUAUAUCAAGUACAAAAAAGGGUCAGUCUUCAUUUUUAAAGGGAUAGUUAUUAUUUUUUAUGGGAAUGAGUUAAGAGUUAGUGUGCUAGUGGAAGUCCUCACAGGGCAGUAAAAUAAAGAAGAUUAAAUCAUCCCUUCAUGGUUAGUUAACUAUUCAGAGCUCUAAGGUAUCUACUUUCACUCCAGUACAGCGGACAAAUCUAUUAGUGGCUCUCACAACAAUAAAUGUGACGGACAAGGUACAAACAGUUCAAAGAACAGAUGGUGGACCUGUGAAUAAGAAGUCUAGAAGAUAACAUUGAAUGUGACAAAAACACUCUUUUAAAACAAGAAACAGUCCUGUGACAUUAUUCUUGAUAGGGAUGAAGUCCCUCUAAUACCCUGUCCCAUAAUGCUUUUGCUGGCACACAGGUUAUGGUAAUUGGAGUAAAUCUUCACUUGAAUAAAUGAUAGUUAACCUUCUGAGUAUUAGGAUGUGAAAUUUUCUUAUUCUGUCAACAAAGUUUGUGUUUUUCACUUGAUUCAAAAUUUCAUUUGUGUGUGAAUUCAGAAAUGAAAUUUUGAUUUUAAGCGCCAUGUAUCUGCACACAUUUCCACCUGUUCAUGCUUCUCUGUCCCUCUCCCUUCACCUCUAAGUACCUUUACAUCAUCUGUAUUUUCUCUCUGUCUAUCUCUGUGUGUCUCUGUGUGACUUUAUCCCUGUCCUUGGUACCCAUAGUGUCCCCGCUCAUGUGCCACACACAGUGUCUGUUCACACUGCUGUAGCACGAGUCCCCAGCCCCACUCUAGUUUACAGCUCAGUCCCACCUUACAGGUACAUGGCAUGGACGUGGAUCCUUGGUCAUGCUGACCUGCAGAGAGUGACUAACACUUUAAUGGCUGAUGCUGCUGAUUCAUCACAGCUUAAUGUGUUUGUACAGUAAGAUUAUUAACCCCACAUGUUGUGAAUCAAAAGGAGCAAUGCAAAUCUGCUCAUGAGUUUUGGUGCCCUCCUGUGUGAUUGCAAAUAACUACAUGAUUGAAGGCUUGAGUCCUUUCACGUGAUAUGGAGGUUUUGUUUGUGGAAGAAUAACUCACUCUCUUUGUAAAGUGCUCUGAAUUAAACCUUUUAGAGGAUGUCACUGGAUGCACUAAACCCACAAAGCACGUCUCUUUCUCGUCUGCAUGAGCUCAUUUCCAGCUCACCUGAAGUCUCCACCUCUUUGUCUCUCCGGUGUUAUCCUUCCUCCAGCUUGCAAGCAUCUUCACAGAAAAGCUCUGCCGCCCGAGAGCAGGCGCGGGAAGCCCGGCAGGUGCAGGAUUUCCAGGAGGUUCAAGUGUCUAAACCAGUGCCAGCUAUAGAGGAAAAAGACCAGCAGAAGAGCCAGAACCAGCUCCGGGUCUUUAAACCAGUGCCCACAGUCGAGAAGAAAGACCAAGUAAAAGGCCAGAAUGAGAGUCAGAUCACAGCCCAGGGUCAGGAGGAGCCUGAUCUUUGCACCCUUAGCCUAGCAGAGAAGAUGGCUCUGUUCAACCGACUCGCUCAGCCUCCCACCCGUGUCACCUGUGCCAGAGGAGACGCAAGACGACGCAGGGCCAACGCUCGCUACCAGACUCAACCCAUCACACUGGGAGAUCUGGAGCAGGUAGGACCAGGAACUUUUAUGAUGCCUAGUUUUUGGCUUAUAGUCAACAGAGUUUUCAUUAAGUUUGACAUGAUGGAGUCCAUUUCUGCAUCUUCUGUAUUAAAAUGAAGAAUACAAGCAACAGUACCUGCAUAAAUAGAGACAAAGACAUCAUUAAUACAGACUGAGGAUAGUAGUUAGUAGUAAAAGCCAUUUUCAUAGCCAGGUUGUACUAAUAACAACUACUCUCUUUAGAAGGGUUCAAUGAUGUAUUGUUAAAACAUUACAUGUCUUGGGAUGUGCACAUGUGCGAAAACCACUUGUUGGACUUGCAGUGUCCAUUAUUUAACCUGAAACAUCUCAUGCUUUCAGUGGAGCUGUCCCUAUAUUAGAUUUUUACCUUAGGAUUAUCAUGGCCAUAAAAUGUCAUGAUGACAGUAUCAUCCCGAUAUUUGUGAGAAACUUGACAUUUAAAACAACACAGCAAGUAAUAUUGAGAAAAGGGUGAAUCAACAUAAUAUCUUGAUUCUUUGAAAUUAAAAAUCCAUAAUAUUUACAAAUCAACAGAGAUAACUGACAUGUCAUCUUCCAUUUGUAAUCAUGUCCAAAUGUAUAAUUUAUCCACAUUGCUGGUUGUGUAAGUGAAACUUCUUUAGAGAUGACUGUAUCUCAUAAACAUUUUAUGAAAAAGAGCUCUUAUUUUGAAAAAAAAAAUCUAUUUUAAAACGUUGCUUUUAUUUUGAAGUGUAAGCUUCUUCCUGUAGCUUACAGGAAGUGACUGGAAACAGAAGAGAGUUCUGAAAAUUAACUUUUCAGUAUAAACAUUCAGGGUAUUACUAUUUGCUCAAUUUUAGCAUGACAUCAGUAUUUAAUGGUUAAAUAAAGACAGUGUUCGUCAUUAUUGGUGUAAUGUGAUAGCCCUAUGCUGUCAUCACUUCCUCCUCGUCAAGGAUGCUUCUGCCCAUCUAAGAUCACUUUAAUGCAGAUUUAAACUCAAAGAAACUGACCACUGGGACGCUGGUGUCUGUAUUUGUGUAAGGGGACUGUAGACUACAGACAUGUACCUCACCCGCCACAUCUUAACCACCCACGGGUACCUGGAAAUUUCUCUCUUCAGAGACACUGACUUAAAAUCUUUGAUGUCCCUUUUGUUUGUGUUGUGGGUUUCACACACAGACAGCUAAACCAACGACAUCACUGAGUGUUUAAUUUGCUCCUGGAGCCCACAGAUCACAUGUACAGGAAGACAGUCUGUUUGAUGAAUAUAAUUUUUAGUUGUUUCUAAGUACUCAAAAUAUUCUGUGGUUUCUAUUUUUUUUCAUCCUACAGUUAGUUUUGCAGAAAGGAAAAUAUCUCCUAUUAUUACUUAUUUUAAUAUCAUGCAGCCAUACUCUGUAAGAAUACAACAUGCUCAACUUGCCUAUAGAGAAAAUUUCUGCCAUCACCAUAAAUUAAUUUACUGUUUAUCUAUCUUAUACUGUGAUCAAAGAAAAAUACAGCGGUCUGACAAAGAACUAUAAAAUGAAAAGAAAAAAGUGAUGACAGAAUUUUUGAUGAGACAACUGUCCCCAGGUCAGUUCUAAACCAUCCCCUCACUCUCAGUGCAGAUUAUUUAUGUUCCUGUGACUGAUGAUAGGUGGAUGUCUCAGUAACGGGCAGACAUGAAAUAAGUACAGCACAAUUAAAAAAGACAUGAGCUAAGGUAUAACUGUUAUGGUCUCCUAAACACCAAAAUAAGUUAACAAAGGCUCAGAAACCGGAAGACCAUAGCAUAUUGAAAGGGACACCACAACCAAAUAUAUUUGAAAGAAAUAAUUAAAUUUUAUCAAGGCAAAUAAAUGCUCAGUAAGAAAACAAAAAAGGACUGGAAACCUCAGUUGAAAUAAUCAAAAGGUGGAAGGUACUGAGCCAGCCAUGCAAUGGACUCUCAGUACCUCCCCCUAACCCAGGAAAAUUACCACCUAUAUCAAAAGAAAAACCCAUAACUAGACUAGCGGAGAUUUCCAGCCCAAACUAAAACAACAAACUAAAACAAAAUACUAAAAAAAUCUGAACAUGCCAGGAGGGGGAAACCAAAACCUAGGGGACGCAGACAAAAGCAGACAAAAUUUUGACUAAACAAGAACAAACAGGAGAGCUUGCCCAUUAAGGUGUGCUGCUCGAGGUGGAAGAGACUGUCUCAGCCCUCUCUGUCCCCCUAAAUCAUCUCCUCCUACCUGAGCGCUGAUGUCACUCAGGUGUGCAGCAGGCAGAGGGAGGAGGGACCGUCGUGGCAGAAAGGGAGAGACAUGAGCCUCAUGUAACAAUAACAAACAUAUCAGGUUUUCAGGUGAACUCAUCCCUGUAAGACGACAUUAGCCAUGCAUCAAUAUGCAUGUACGUGUUUCUGCUCCAGGAGUCUUCAGACAUAGACAACAGUGAUGAACAGGAGCUUUGUGACAGCCCGGUAGAUCACCUGCAAGUAAGACUCCUCCUCCUCGUGGGUAUCAUGCAUUUUCCUGAGACUGGAGUCUGACCAGGCUGCAGCACUCUUCUCAGAAAUGACCGUAAACAUUUCUGUAAACACAAUGGGCUGUUUGGCAUCUCACAUCAGUGUCGUGUGAUAUCAUUCUGGAUGUACAGUGCAUGGCCUGGCUUCUGAGUAAGUUCUGACUCAGUUGUGAUCAUCCCGCUGUGUCGGUGAGGAGGCUGUGAUGUGUGGAUGGAUGAUGUAUUUUUUUCAGAAAGGUUUGAGAGCUUUGAAAAUGCCUCAGAGGGUGGAGGAGAACAAAAGCACUUUGGUCUCCUUCACUGCCACUUGGACUGAGAGCAGCUUUUUGUUUUUGGCUUGUUUGGAGAAUAUCUGUUGGGAAAUUUAAGGUUUUUUUUAACUUAAACAACAAAGAUUUGAACAGCUCAGUGCAUUCAUGGAUCUCUACUGUUGCUUUGCCCAACAGAAAAGCCAGGUUUGCUAUCUUUUUAUGUGAAGUAAUGGUCAUGAAUUUGGAAAGCGAGUCUUUGAGCUACAGUUAGAGGCUUUGUGUGCAGAGAGGGCUGCUGGCAUGGCUUUGUGAUGUGGGCUGUAAAUGACCGUCCAGAUAGGCUGCCCUUUGAUGCUCAGGAAGUGCAGUGAGUCAGGCAGGCGGUGAUUAGUCAGCGUGAUCCUCUGUAUUUUGUGUGUGUGAGCACUUUGCCUGGCUUUUUUUCUCAGCCUCUGUGGCAAACUGACCCACUUUUUUUUUCUUCCUCUGCCUCUCUGUCCUCUGUCCUUGUUACACAGCUUCAAAACGGUUCAGCUUCUGGACACCUCCCUGCUUCAUCAUCAUCAUCCUCAGCUCUGAAACCAGGAGGCACCGUCUCCACCGACCACGCCGGAGACAUCCACAUAACCCGAGCGGCACCCAGAGUUGAACCUGUCCCUCCCAGCUCUGACAGGCCCUGCCACCCAGACGGCCCAGCCUGGAGGUCCCUGGAGUCAUCCGACCACUACAGAUCCAGAGCUUUGUCCCUGGGGGAAGAAGGAGCUAAUCCUGAAGGAGGGAAAAGGAAGCUGCCCUCUCCAGAGGGGGCGGUCAGGCAGGCGGCUCUGCCCCAGCCCCAGACUGGAAGAGAAAGGAGGGAGGAGAGGGAAGAAGAGCAGUGGCCGAUCAGAGAGGGUGGAGACAGAGCUGUGCAGAGUUUGGAGAGACGGAUUUUCCACGAGUGGCAGGACUCCUAUCAGAAAGAAGGACACUAUUCAGACACUCAGAGGAACAGAGCCAUCAGUGGAGGUAAGAGCAUAGAGUCCUCAGACCUGUUUGAGCUCCUUGUACUCCCCUGUUUCCUUUUUUAAUCAAAUUAUAUGAAGUAGUGUAUGUUUAACGCAAUAACAGGAUUUACAUGUGGCUUUAAUCAUACUCUCUGUGACUACAUCUAGCUUUUCAACUUCCGAAAACAAACUUUACAAUGUUGUCACUUAUUUAUUUGGUUACAAAGAGGCUGUUUGAUCAAAUUAGAGGGAUGAAUAUUAGAUACGUGUUUGAGCUACCCAUGGCACCAUUGUCCUAGUACGAGCAAUUAGCAUUUUUAAUGAUACUAUUCUAUGUAUUUAGAAAAGUCUGCAUCUUGCCUCACUAAAAAUGGUUAAUAUACAAAAUUCUAUUGUAUUGUUGUCAUAAAGCCUACAUCCUAGUCUAAUGGUGCUUCAGUACUGUAAUGUUUGUAUUCAAUUACAAGGGGAAACAAAAUGUUUGUAGCUGACUCAAUGAGGAAAAGAAGAAUAAGGUUUGUUUUACAAAUCUGACUGUUCUUGAAAAUGAAAAACAAAUAGUUUUAGUUUACCGGCUUCUUUAGAUUUUCUCUGUUUUAAAGUGUAAUUUAUCAGAAAGGACAGAAGUACGAUGGGUAAAUGUUUGAUUUUGUGUACAGAGAAGUGUAUUUUGACUGCACAGAAAAAACAGUUUGAGUUUCUCUGCAGAGCGACAUUAAUUUACUUGAUUUCAGCUUUAAAAAGUGUCCCUGCUUCCUCUCUCAGACAGGUGAGCGGCGAAGGUGAUCUCUCCUGUUGCUCGCUCUGCUGUGUUCGAGUAAUGACUGUAGUUUGGUGAAAAACCCUGUAGUCAUGAAAUAGUUUCGCUUUUCAAAAGGCUGCAUCCCAACAGAGGAAAUGAGUUUAAUAAAUACAUCAGCCUGCAGAGUGUUUUCUAAAUCCUAUUUCAUACCUUGUUUUCAUCACACAGGCCUUUCUUGAGUUAGUGAAUUAUGACAUUUUAAACCUCAUCUGCUGUGGGGACUAUGUUAAUGUGGACACAGUCGUGGUCAGGAUAUUGAUUUUACUCACUCUGUUGUGUCUUCUCGUGAUCACAGAGCUGCAUGAGUCCACUGCAGUAUCACCAAGAGCAGCAGUGAAUCAGCCUCCCGUGGCGGACACACACGCAGAGAGCAGUGGCCUGGGCGGCAUGGUCGAGCCUGAGCAGGAAGAGGAGCUGGGCGACAUGAUGUCGGCCAAACACAUGUCCAUCAGAGAGAGGUCAGUCCAUCUGAUUUUAAGCUUAAAUGGAGCAACUUUGUUUUUCCUUCACUUUAGCCUCCCUUUUCCUCCAUUUGUAAGAACUGUUUAACUUUUAAUCUCAAAGCUCACAGCAGGAUGUGAGGUAUUUGUGUCUUUUACAGCCAACAAAGCCAAGAUUGAGGGAAUGGAAGAUUAAUUUUCAUGAUUUGCUCUAAAUGUAGGUUAGACAGGGAUAGAAAAUUAGAUAAUAGGGACAGUAAGUUGGCAGUAUGUGGGUUAUUAGGGUUUCUAUUUUCAGUCACUGCUGCUUCACUACAGGGAAGAUAUGUUUUCACUCGUUUCUUGACAGCAUGAUGAAGGAAACAUUGCAAGCUUUGGACACAGGCUGUAAAAUAUUUUUUUGAUCAUAUGAAAAGGAUGGUGUAAAUCAGAAGAUUCAAAGUAUGACAAGUCUUGAUUUGUUAAUCCUCAGUCUGGUGUAAUCUAUUUGAGUAUUUUUGUAACUUUGCCUUUAACUAAAGCUAAGUAUUGGAUUCCUGGAUAAUAAUUACAUAAGUCUCCUGUUACAUCAAAUGUGUGAACACAAACACAGGCAGCACUGGCGCUCUACAUUGAUUGAUGAUGCCGUGCAUGGAUGUAAACUGGUGUACAGAGAGGCGUGUUUCUGUUUGUUGUUCUUUCUGUCAUCUCACACUCACUCUUUAACCACAUCUUUAGGAAAACUUUGAGUCUCUUCUGUUUUAAGCUCUUCAGUGAUGCUGCUGCAGACUUCCACUCACUGUUGCUUUACUCCUGUUUUGGGGCGUCACUUUAAAGCCCUUGGGGUCAGGACAAGAUGUCCUGUCACUGGAUCACAGAGGGGCGUUUGUAAAAAGGGCAAAGCACACUGCAGACACACUGACCCUUCAUUAUGGGUCUUGUCUGCUCCUUACCCAGACAUUAGAACUCAAUAAUCGAACCUCUGUUCUUGUCAGACCGUAUCCCAGUUUAUGAUCUGCUAAUCUGCCAUCUGGUCUGGGUGGAGUCUCAGUUUUUUUACAGUUUUGGAGGUUUCUUGUUGACAGUCAUUCUGCCAAGCUAAUGCAGUCCUAGUCAAAAAUUGUUGCUGUGUCACGUUUAUUUAUCAAAAUGUACAAAUCUUUUAUUUUCAUCAACUGUAAGUCAGAAUAAACCUGGUAGGGGAGAGUGGGGUAGGUUGAGCCAAAGGGUAAGUUUUAGCCACCCCCUGUUGCUUGGAAAUGGUAAAAGAAAUUGUUCGUGUGACCAAAUAUUUCGGAGAUGGGCAUGUAAAAUGGCUCAUCUAACCCCACUCUCCCCUAUAUCUUCCACUACUUUGUUCAAAGUUUUGUGUAAUUGAGCUGUUUAUUUUCUCCUGUACCGUAAUUGUUUGUACUCCUGUCUGUUUCCAGAGUGGCCUUGUUAAAGAAGAGUGGCGAGCAGGACUGGAGGAACAGGAUCAAUAAGAAGCAGGAUGUGGCAAAGGCUGCCGCAGGUGACCAGCAGGCUCAGCUCAGGGAGAUGGAGCAGAGCUUCAAGAAGAAGGUAACACCCUGACCUGCACACACAGUCUUAUGUCUGUGGGUGUAAUCUUUAAUUUGUCAUUUCACUGCCCUGCGACCUCGAGUCUUGAGUGCAGCACUAAGACAGCGGCAGGAAAUGCUUCAGAGGAUUAGUAACUUGAGUCAGUUCACAGUGUCCGGAUUUGACAACAAGUCUGGGCUUCUCGGUCUGGCUGUUCAGUGAAACAGAGUUUUAGAGGUUUGAUCCUGUAACUCUUGUCUGAGGGUAAAAUCAGCAGGAAAGUAGAAGCAGUAGAAAUCUGUGGAAACACGGUAAUAUUAGUUCCGAGUGUGUCUAAACAGAGAGGUUGUGUAUAGUCCAUGUGUGUGUCAUCUGAUCUUUUUGUCUGUUCUGUCUCAGAAACAGCUGCGGCAUGUUUUUGUGCUUGGACUGUGUCAGGAGUAAAUCUGCUUUUAUUUCAGUCAUGGCAGCAGAAAAGAAAAGUUUCAUCAGAUCAGUCCCACAAUAUUUCAUGGCACAUACUUCUGUCAGUGCAUGAAAAAGGAAGUGGCUGGGUGUUUAAAUCAAGAUCCUCUGCUGCUUUUUCUAGUAUGUGUGCAUAAAGAAAAAAACAGUUCUUUCAAAAAAAAAAAAACUCAAAUUCAUCUAAUUGUGACAGCUUAAAGUAGUUUAGCUUAGCGGUUAAAUCAAGCCACAUGUACAGAGGUUAUUUUCCAAGAAUCAGGUGGCCAGGGUUCAAAUCCCUGACCCUUUAUAGCAUCAUAUCCCCUUAACUCUAUUUCCAGUUUCCUUUUUAAUUCACUGGCCAAACCUUUAUUUAGAUAAGAGCAUUAUAAAGCCUCAAAUUUUUUGUAAAAAUAGCUCUGCUGUGAUAACAAGCUUGCUAACAAACAAACAAACAAACAUUUACACCCCAAUCCUGAAAAGUGAAUCUGAAUAUCUCGCUAGGUUUUAUGGAAUUUUUUUUAUUUUGAUUUAUUAAUUAAUGUUCUUAUUUGUUUCUAAAGGUUUUGGAGGCAAUAAUUUCAUGUAAGACUAUUUGAUGACCAGUUAAAAAACUCUCCUUUACACAACGUUGUGUCAUAAUCACAUUUAUGUGAAGCUUAGGAGAACAUGAACUGCUUGUAAAAGGUCGUUUGCUUAUUCUUGAAUUUAAAAAGUCAUGGCAGGUUGAUUUAGUUUUCUUUGUUUAUUUUCUUUUGAUGUGAAAGGUUAUAUGAAAAAUUAACAGGCAGAUCAUUUGACUCAUCCCUUCAUUGCCUUUUAUAUGUACGCAAGUGCAUAGUAGCAGUACAGCUGCUAAGUCCACUUAGUCCUCCAUCAUUACUAAUGCAUACACUCAUACUCAUUUACCCACACAUCUAUCAAAAACCACCUUUUAAAGAUCCUUGAAGUUUAUGUUCACUCUGACCCUCUUUCAGAAUAAGUUAACUCUUAUUUCUGCACUAUAUUUUGUGAAUUUUAAAGUUAAAAAAUAAUAUUUUCCUGCUUUAUUUUAACAUUACAAUUAAAAACUCAUCAAAAUCUUUGGAACCUUAAAUUUAAACAAAAGUUAGUCUCACAGCUUGUAGUUCACAACCUAAACUGACAUCAUCCUCAACAAAAGGUUUUAGGCACAAAACUAAACUGAACAGAGCCGGUUUUAUUUGCUUUUAGAGUUCUUAAAUAGACAUCAGAAAUAAUUCCAGUCCAAUCCACCUGUAGGAGCCCCUUUAGUUUCUGGUGUUCAGUUCUGCAAGUACUCUGCAAAUACUUCAAAAAAUCUCUGAAAACAGAGCCAAUAAUACUGCUUUAGUAUAAUUUCAAAGUAUUUAAUUUGAUACCUAAAGCUGUAGACUUCUGUACAGACCAUUUUUUAUUAACAACAAAGUAUCUUUUUUCUUUCAUUUAUUUCAUGCAUUUUUUUCCUAUAGCAAAUUAUUCAGAUUAGAUAUUUAACAUGAACUGAAGGCCUGAUUUGAUGUAAAUAGGAAUCUAUUUUUUUCCUCUCUAGUAUUUUGUGUCUAACACAGCCUCUGUUUUUGUCUUUCUGUCCUGAAUUGCAUGUUUCAUGUAACAUGAUUCACUCUUCUGUUUGCCUUUGUCUCUGUUUGCAUGUCCUCUAAAAAUAAUAAACCUCAUUUCAUCCUCUGCAUGCUGGCUGGACUUCUGUUUUGGUAUUUUCUGCUUGUUUUUGAGGGUGGGGGUUCGGGUUGGGCGGUACAGGUACCUCUCUGUUUAGACAUAUUCACAUCCACGUCAGUCAGGGUGUGUUUGUUUCCAGCUGCUUAUCAGGGUUUAUUCAGCUCGACUCCACACUUUUCUGAGGUCAGGUUUGAUAGUGUGGUGAAUUAUCUGAUGUGCCUAUUUGAGAUUUUUCCUCAGUGAUGUUUCAUUUAAACCAGAAAAUAAAGCUUUUGUUCUGUCAAGUUCAAGUGAUAGCCAAGUUUAGUUCACGGGGAAGAACUGGUGAUGGUGUUUGUCCUGUUUUCACUCUUUAAUUCGUCAAACAUGUAUCAGUAAAUUUCCUGUUUUUGAACAAAGAACAGCAACACUAAAGAUAUUAGCAGAUAAAACUGUGCAGAGUCAGACAGAAGCCUACAGCAGAGUCAAAGUCUGCAAAAACAUGCUGAUGCACUUGAGUUAUCGCCAUUUAAAUUCUGCACAGCUCAUCAAAAUCUAAGCAUCUAUUUAUGAUUAAUGAUCCUUGAGUGAAAACUUGCAGCAAUCGUACAAACUGUUGAUCAUGUAAGUAGAAAAUGAAGUCAUUCAUGGGACGUCAAAGAUUUGUCCCUUUUCUCCUGCGGCUGCUUGUCUGUAGGGUGAUGAAGAACUGAUGAUGAUCGAUGAGUUUGCUGUGUCCGACCAGCUGUGGGUAAGGCCGGUGUGUGUGUGUGUGUGCAGACCAAGUUUGGUGGUGGUGGUGAUCUGUGUGUUUUCCCCUCCAAUCAUGGUGAUGAUGUUGUUCUGAUGGUGUGUGCCUCUCUAAUUCAUCCCACCUCUGCUCCUUGUGACUGUAUCUGUAACAGUCUCACACACCGUGGAUGAGGUUGAAUGUUGACAUAACCGCCUAAUGACACAUAUUGUUGGAUAUUUAUCAGAAUAACCUAAAUCCAGGAGUCUCAAAGUCUCACAGUUGAACACACUUUCCUGCGCUGCCUCCUCUUUCCUGUCCUCUCCAGCUGCUCUGGGUUACCACUGAGGUCAUGUCUUGUACAGUGCACAUUUAUUGGGAUGAAGGAGUGUAAAUGGCAUGAUGAGGGGUUUACCUCUGGGGUAAAAAAAAAAAGGAUGUGACCUGAGUCCCCACAGCAGCAGUGUCCCUGACCUCUAUUACAGCCUCUCAUCCACUCUCUCUCCUCCCUGUAGUUUCCUGAGGCUUCACCCUCUAAUAACACAAAUAUUAACCAUCAUUUUAAAAGGCUGAUUACAAACUUCAGUUUCUCUUCAUGCCUCUUUAUCCAGAUGGUUUCAGUGAUGGUUUCUUUAUGUAGUCCUCCAGGCUGUCUAGUUUUCUGGGCUGCCCUGGGAUUAUUAGAGACUGGACUUUUAAACUAUAAUUGUUUAUUUCUGUGCUGGUUUGUACCUUGUUGAUCUUUUUGUAAUGUAACUUCCACUAACGAUUUAUCCCUUUUAAUAUGAUUUUAUUUUAUUUAAAGAACUUGUUGUCUGUGGAAGUGUUACAUAAAAUACAUUUACUGACUUUGUAAUGGCAUCAGGUUUUCUCACCGUUAUUAACAGACUCCUCUGUUUUAGCUGAGCCAAGUAAACUGAUCUAAUCUUUGUGUCUGAAAUAUUUGGUGUCCCUUUAAAAUCUAAUACACUACAUUUCAGAGGUAAAUGAGGUUACAUUAUUUACUUUAGACCAUAGACUGUAUAUAAAAUGGACACCAUCUGCCUCUUUGCUGGGUUAAGCCACCACGAGAACAGCACCCUCUGGUGACGGGCUGCAGUAUAGGUCAUAAAUUCCACCACCUCCAGCAAUCCAUAUGGAGCUGUGGACAAACUUUAGAAAUGUAUUUCACAGAAUAUGCAUUUUUCUCCCCCCUGGUUGUGAUAUUGACAUGUAGUUACAGUAAGACUGGUUUGUGCUCAAGUCCUCUUUUUUUCUGUUUAGCUCUAUUUUUAAAGGUUAUUAGGGGGUUCAUGUUUUCUACGAUUGACACUUGAUACAGCCUAUGGGCGUACAAAGAUUAUGUAGCUGACCUGAGGGGAUACGCUGUUUGAGCCGAGCAUCAUCACAGGGACUCUCCCGACGAAUGUGUACAAUGCUACUGGGCAAGUGGUGGUGGUUCCAGGAAAUGGAGAAAAUCCCUGAAAUACUGAAAGCAAUUUGGCUUCAAAUUUGUAUAAUGACAGAAGGCAGACCCAAGUUGUCCAUAGUAUAAACAGUCUAUGCUUUAGACCCUUCAUUUUCUACACACUUCAUAACAUCCUUUGUGUUUGUGUUUUGUGUUUUGUGUUUUGUGUUUCCUCCUGUUCUCCAUGGCCAUCCCUCUAUAGGAGCCAGUCUUUGCCUCUACUUUCUCUCCUCCUCCUGAGCCUCCUUUUCUUACUCCCUCCCCUGAUGAGUCAACCUGCCAGGUACGAAGCUGCAUUAAGUGCUGCUGCAUGUAAAUUUCUCCUUAUGCAUGCUUCCCCGCCUCCCUGCUUACUCUGCCCAAGCUGUAAAAAUCCACACUAAAACCACCGAACCUGAACUCACUAAUAAAUGAUGGGAAUUCAGACACUGCUCUCAAUGCUUCUCAAAAUGCACUUAAAUCACAGCCGUAGGAUAUGGUGUUAGUGCACUGUCUUUUAUGAUUUUUCAACUCCCUCAGCUGCACCUGGGCUUGCCAAACACUUCAGGACAAUUCACUUAAUGAACAUCAGUGCUCUGUAGUUGCUGCUACUUGAAAUCUUCGGUACUGAAGAUUUUAUUGAAAGCCACCUCUUGUUAAAACCCUAAAAAGUUCCUCCCAUCCUUGAGCUUUAUCACUAUUAGUGUGACCGCAGCAUGGCAGCCCCCUGCAGCUUUUUAUUCCUGCAUAGAGCUUGGUCAUUUUCUUCCUUUUCAUCCUCAUCUCUUAAACCUCCUCCUUUCUUACCCCCCUCAUCAUCCAUCCUUCUGAAUGUGAAGGCCAUCAGAUCUCCUAGACCUGUGCAGGUGGAUGAAAGACACCCCUGGAGACGGAAGGUGACCCUCUGUCAACAGUGUCCAAAGUGCUUUGGCAAAAACCCUCUCACCUCCCCUCCUCCCACUGUGGCAGCUCCUGCAUUCAUUUACUGUUAAAGCUUGUCACCCUGUGCGCUUUAUCUGUUUGUCUUCUUUUUUUUUUUAACAAAAAUGUCUUCAUCUUUAACUUCACAAAGUUUACUUAAGCAUUUCUUGAGUCACAUCUGUUUGAGCACAGAAAAGGAAAUCAUGAGGUGUCCUUUAAAUGUGGGUAAGAGGCGUGUAUUCAGUCUGAGGCAGGAAUUAGCAGGUUUCUUUAGCUUCAGUAACCCCCUUCUGUCUUUUUUUCUGCUUUGCUCUUCUGUCUGUUUGUGAUUGUUCCCACUUGUUCAAUUGAAGUCUUUAUUUGUUGUUGUGCUUGUCCUCUGGUCAUACUGGGACAUUUGUGCGUCUUAUACUUCCCUAAAUUAAGCAACAACAACGCAGGUUAAUUACAUCUCCUGACCAAAGCUGUUUCUGGAGCACCAAAAACUGAUGAUACAUGAUGUUUGAUAAGUACCUUAAAGAGGUUUAAACCUUAAAUUCAAAUCCAACAGUGUUAAAUGUUUCUGAUGGGUUCUUCUCUCCUCCCUCUCUCUGUUUUAGAGGAUGGCAGAGUCAGAGCUGGAGAGUCAGAGCAUCGAGGCUCAUAUGUCCAUACAGGAGAGGAAACAGCUGAUAGUGGCCCAAGAAGAAGCCUGGAAGACUAAAGGCCACGGGGCCGCCAACGACUCCACCCAGUUCACUGUGGCUGCACGCAUGGUGAAGAAAGGUGAGAGACUAAACGCUCACACUCUCUCUACAAACUUCAUUUUCAUCUCUCAGUGAAUUUAGCACGUGGGCUCAAACUUUUGAGUCAUGACUCUGCAGAGUGUCAAGUCCACAGUCUCAGCUUUCUAUCUCGGAUGCUCCGAAGCCUUGUUGUUUUUCUCAGCAGCCAGGAGAAAAUGAACCUCCUUUUCCCUCUAUCAGGCCCCCACACACCAGGCCAGACUCUCUGCUCAGGCUGAAAAAGGAUUUAUGUUUGGAUAUUUUCCUCAUUAGUCGCUGAUAAAGGGUUUCAAUCAGGUCUUGAGGGAGUUCAAACAACUUAGUCAGAUAGACUGGCCUCAUAGCAGAGCUACAUUUUUGUAUAAAAAGUACUUCAUAAAUAAGUUUGACUGAUUAAUAAAACCAUCUUAGACAGCAGCUGUGUUGCUUUGGUUGCCUUUAAAAGCUUAAUUUAUCAGCUCUAGCUUUGUUAUAAUUUACUACUCUGAAAAAGUUUUAGGUCACGAUUGGGUUAAUAUGUGUUUAAGUAUUAAUAUGCGAGCAUUACAACUGGCUCCUGCCGCUUCUUGAAGUAUCUGUUAUUUUUCUUUUACCUUUUAGUUAUUUAGCCCUCAAUAUAUAGGGACCAUGUCUAAAACUGCAGGAAAUAUAACCUUUAUUUUAAGUUUUAAAAAAUUAAAAUUAAACUAAUGAGAUGCGUAUUUACUGUAUAUUAAAAAGAAAAGUGGAGUGAAAACUUAGAGCAAAGGGGAAAGCCUUUCUAGAAAUUAAUGUUUAAAAUAAGAUGCAGAAGUAGAGACAGAUUUAGGACACUGGAUUUUAGUGGAUCGCUUAUUCUAGAGUUUAGGGAGCAAAUACUGAUAACCUAUGGUUUUUUAACCGGACUCUUGGUCAGAAUUAGGGCUGAAGUUAUGUGAUAAAGAAGCUGCAGCUUGAGGAGACCAGCAGACACAUUGGGUCAAAUCUGGAGCUUCUUAAAACUGGAUACAGAGAAAUAUGAAAAUACCAAUUACUUUAUUUUUCCUGUCCACCGGGAUAUUUUACGGAAAGGAAAGGCAGACAAAUCCUUAUUUAGAUGUCCUACACUAUAUAUGUAUAUAAGAAAUGCUGUACUACCUAAGGAAAGGAAGCUUAAGGUACACAGAAAUAGAGGACAGUGCAGAAAUACAGACAAAACAACAGCACGAAUACUCCUGUAAAAUCAUUAAAUGAUAACAGGUAUUCAAUUUAAUUUUGAUGACAUUUUUAAUCAAUACUUUCAGUUCAGAACAGUGUACAAAGCUGGCAGAAAUGUUGAUGACAAAGAUACAGGAAACUGCCAGAUUGGAUCAAACGGCAACCUCUUAAAGAAAUGACACUGACACAGAGGUGCUAAAAACUGCAGUUCCUUAAAUGUCCACUGAAGGCUUGCCGCAAAAGUCCUGGUAACCACAUACACACCCAUUCAAAAUAGCUAAUCUUUAGAGUAGUUUUCCUGAAUAAAUAUAAACUAAACAAAUAUCUUUAAUGCCACCAUCCUUGCUUAAAGUAUUUGCGUAAACGUACAAACAUUGACAUCAUAUUUUCCACAAACUUCAUUAUGUAAACUACAUUUUUUUUAAAACUAAAAUCAUGAGGCUGAUAAUGUCUGUCUGUGUGUUCUAACAACAGGGUUAACCGCCCCCUCAGCCCUGCAGUCUCAGCCAGUGUCAUCCAAACCCAAGAACGGCAGCCCUGCCAUCUCCAAACCACAGGAAGGUCAGUGGGGUGUUGUUGUUCCUUGGUGUGCAUUUGUCAUGCUCCUUGUCCUUCUUAAUUUCCUCUCUUGUGUCCUUUUAGACUGCUCUCAUGUUGAGCUGUUUGUUUGUUUAGCUGCAUUACUGGAGCGCUCUGCUGCUGGUUAAAUUUCAUUUGGACUCUAAGACAGCAGGCACAAAUUCUACACCAGUAAUUCACUGAAACACUGUCUUGAACCAGUGUCUGAUUUUGAGCUUUAAUACUUUGUUGAUGCUAAGAUUUUUAAUGACUUUGAUUCAGAUGUUGUAACCCCUUUUCUUUGCUUCUCUUUCAAAAGACAUGGAGGAGAUGUCUGACACUGAAGGUGUUUCCUCUUUUAUUUUGUUGAUGCUCUGAAUGCAAUGUUCAUCAUCAUCACCAGAACCUCAAACACCAUCAACACUAAUGUGUCUUGUGUUGCUGUGUUAUUCUAUAAGGUUUUGAAAGCCUAAUAGAAGAUAAACCAUGGGAUAGUGCUGACAUAAUAAAUAUGCAUGUGUCUGCAGAAGCCGCUGUUAUCUGCUGUAGUUGCGUGUAAGUGGUGAUGAGUACGGCCAUGUUGGAGUCAUUGUGACUGUAUGAAAAUGCUCACUCAUUGUUCAAGUCAACAACAGAGUCUUAGCCUGCCUGCAUCCAUCAGGGAUGGGACCUGUGCUGGAAUCAAACACAGUAAAUUUACGGCUCUAACAGCUGUGUGUUUGUACACUCCUGCAGAGAUCAAGGCCAUACCAGACCUGAACCUGGAGUCAGACAUGAAGCUGGAUAAACUGGAGUCAUUCCUUGGCAAGCUCAACAAUAAAGGUCAGUCCUGUCUUGCAUGCUGUCUGUAAGUCACUGAGGGUAGAAUCAGGCCUUUCAGACUGUAAACACCAUGAAAAAACACCCUGUCCCACAUAUAUAAAGACAUCAUCUGUUAAAGGUUUAGACACAAUUAAAUCUCAUACAUUUCUGGUGAAAAUCUGAGACCAAACUGAAACAAAUUGGAGCUAUCAUUCUGUGUCGAGUUCACUUUAAUUCUCUCAGGAUGAGAUAACUGAUCAGCCUCGCAUGUUUCCAGGCAGAUAUUUCAUGCAUUGAGCAUUUCAUACUUUGAAGGGAAAGUCUUAAAGAGAUUUUCUGGAUGUUCACAAGUGUUGAUGGUAAAUUAAGUCAGCUGGAGCAGUAAAUUUCCAACUAUGUAAGACUGAACAAAAUACAAAGUAAAAUAUGUCUAUCCUCGCAUAAACAUGGUCUUUUCAACGGGAACCUUUCCAUUCAACAUGAAACUAAAAAAUAUCAAAGAUGAUGACAUUAAAUUUACUUCCAACUACUAUUUUUCAAUCUACCCAAUUUCAUACUUAACACAGUGCAACCCCAUGUCUCUUCAUUUAUCUAUGAACUUGGAUCUAAACUGCUGAUAUCCACAUGAUUUCUAACAAUGUAAAGAUAUUUUAAACUCAUGAAAUGAAGAAGGGGGAGGAAGGCUACAGCAGUUUUCUUUUUUUUCCUCUUUUGACAGUUUGGUUUAAUUUGAUGCACAUUGUUGAUGUGAGUGGCCAUGGAGUUUAUUUUGCAAAAAAUAUUUCAUAACUAAAAAGCAUUUAUCUUCCUCUUUAGCUCUUGCUUUGGUAAAUUGAAGUCAAAGUUUGGCCCUUAGCAUGUUCAGCCAUCUUGAACGGGCAGCUGACCACGAGAAUUCUUCUCUAUGUGGGAUUUAAAGCUCCUGUACGCAGUUUUCAACAGGUCAUGAAACAGACUGAAGUUAACAAAGAUGCCUUUGUAUGACCUGCAAAUGCAAACAAGACUACCCAAGAAAACUUUCAGUUUCUGUAUUGUUGUUUGGACGCCAGUGAGUCCUGCAAGGCAGACAGAGCAGUCAGAGCAGAAACUGUCAUUUUUAAAUUUUAACUCUAAAAAGACAGUACAAGCAAGUCUACACUUUGAUCAGGAAUAAAUGCAUCUAUUUUUUAUAAAGACCUGCCAUCAUUGCACACUCUGCUCUAAAACUCACUGCUGCUGAUUUAAAUUCAUGGAGUAAGGCGACUACUUUCCACGGAGUUGACUUUCAGCUUUUGAUCUUUUGCUCUUAUCUUAUCUUUAUAUCUGUGACAUAAGAUCCAAAAUACUCUCACAGGACACUUCCUGGAUAUAUUGGUGUCAUGGCUGUCUGCUUUGUUUGCAGUACACUUCUUCCUUUUUUUGCAAAGAAUCGUCAUUAUAUUAAUUUAUUAAAUUCAAGAGUACCAUUCAAGGGUCAGGUAACAAUGAAAGCGCCCUCUGCUGGAUCAAACAGCAGGCUGCUCCAGAUGGAAUAAGAAUAAGAAUAACUUUAUUAAUCCCCGAAGGGAAAUUCAAUAUGUGCUUAUAAACUGUAUAUUUUUAGUUUGGACAGCUGAUUAAAGUUUUGACUAGAAGCUUGAAAGAAUAGUUGGAUUUCUGAUACAAAGGAACAGCAUGACUAACACACAUGCAAAGGACAAAACAAGCAGAGAGAGAGGAGGUAUUACUUUGUCCACUGGGGUUGCCAAAACCAACACAAGCAAAAAAUUCUUCAUAUUUUCAGCUGCCUGUAAAUUGAUUACAAAGUUCUUGGAAAUGUAUGUUAGCUUGUGCACCAAUGAUUUGGUUUAAAUGAUGCAGUUUGAUUCGAGUUAUAACAUCCUCAAGACUUGACAGUGGACUAACUCUUCAAACAAAAAAAAGAAGAUAAUAAUGUCCAAGUUUAAAAAGUUUCAGAUCUGGUUUCUAAAGAGGAUCGGGUAUCAAUCACCAUCCCUGCCCACAUUGUUGUAGGACUUUUCCCUGUUUCUAUGACUGUUUUCUUGUGAUUUGCAUUACAAACAAAUUAGACAGUGACUGCUGAAAUAUUCGGUAAAGCCCUCAGUCCAAUACCUGACUAUCAAAACAGGGAAAAAAUGAAAGAAAAAUAAAACACUCGUUUAAAAGAAAGAAAAUAUGACAUGAUUAAAGAGAAACCAUGUAUCUGUCAUAACUGCUAAUACCUUUAUCUAAAGUUUUUAUCAAUUCAACAUUAGUUUCCAAAUAAAUAAGUGGAUAAAUUGUUAAUGUUAAACCAGUCUCAUUUUUUACUGAUUUUUAGUGCCUGGACUUCCCGAGGCGACCAUCACAGUCACAGAGAAGAAAGUCAAAGAAGUGAUGACCCUCGAAGAUGAAACUUUCUCCAAGUUCUACCGCCAAGUGGAGGAGCUUCCUGUCAGCACCAACGCAGUGGAGAUUGACGACGACUUUGACGCCAUCUUCGGUCCCCAGGUGCCAAAGUAAGCUCUCACCGUCAGAGGAUAUCUUAAAUAGACACUGACUGUAACAACCUAGUGAUUCUGCGCUUUCGCUCUCUUGACCUCUCCUCAGGCUGACCUCAGAGAUGGUUCAACACAAGCGAUCAGUGCGCCCAGCGCGUAAUGUCCAGUCCUCCAGAAAUCCUCUAAAGAUGCUGGCUGCCAGGGAGGACAUCAGACACGAGUACACCGAGCAAAGGCUCAACAUCGGUCUGCUGGAGAGCAAGAGGAUGAAGGCUGAGAAGAGUGAGUGACCUAAACAAUCGACAUAUGAACGGCUCCUCUUUGUGGAUUCGCUCUAAAUAUGCCUGAAUGCAAUUAUAUUAGAUGUUAUAAUAGAAAAACAGCGACCUGUAUCUGGGUCAGUUCCUGUUAUUUUACAGGAGCGAGACAGUGCACAAGUCAGUGUCAUGUUCCUACCAUAACUCCCUUGUUAAUCACCUUUGACAGCUACAAAAACACUUAAACUGUCUCUGGAGCAGUCUAUUUUUGCAGCAGUCGUAUAGAGAGGGACCUUUAGUGUCCAGCUGGAAAGGUUAUUUACGUAAGCCCUGGCUGUUGUCCGCUCUUUGUUUGGAGACUCAUCAAAUGUAAUGAGUGUCCUGUCCCCUCUCUGAGCUCUGUUCUCUUCUCUGCAGUGAGUAAAAACUCUGGUCUCUCUGAUGUGGCUCUGGCUGGUCUGGCCAGCAAAGAGAACUUCAGCAACGUUAACCUGCGCAGCGUCAACAUCUCCGAGCAGAUGUCCAACAACAGCGCCGUGCCGUACAAGAAACUCAUGCUGCUACAGGUCAAAGGUCAGUUGGGUUAACUGGCUGCUCUCACCUUUACUUACAGCAGGUCUUUUUCAUUAUCUUUAUCACUUUGUUUUCAUCUAUCUACCAUAACUUCAGGAUUUAAACAUCUCUUUGCAAAGUGGAGCUUUUGGUAAAUACAGAUGGAGUAUGAAUUUGUAACACAGCAAGAAAUAACAAGAUAUCAAAAAUGUGAGGCUCUGUUUGCAUCUGAAGAGGCUGGCUUGAGUGUAAAGUUUGAAUAAGAUCACUUUCAGCCCUAUCUGCCACACCGCUGUAAGGGAAAAACCAGUCACAGCAGUGCUUUCAACUAAAACUCAGAAACUAAUAAUGAGCCUGAUUUAUGUACAAGGUUUACAACAAGAAAACAAAAUAGUCAAAAGACAAAAUGUAACGAAAAGAAUAAAAAGAGACUCCAGAAAAAAUAUGAAGAACUGAGGAAACACUUUUAGGAGUUCAUGUGAGGAAACCUUGCAGAUGUGAUUUUAUAAUGUCAAAAAUCAAGAUCAGAAAAAAAGGAGCAGAAUGAAAUUAUUCGUUUUUUUUAAAUAAAAAAACACCAAUUGCUGUAUAAAUAAAUGAAUAAACCACAAAAACUAGCUUAGAUCUUAAAACACUAAAAGAUAAAACACUGAAAAGUCGGUCAGGAUAAUAAAAUGAUCUAAGAAUAAGAUAUAACUCAAUAAAACACACAAAAAUAGUGAAUUUACAGUGAAGUGAAAAGUGAAAAGUUAAACUUAAUCAGAUGCUGAAAAAAAUAGAUUUUGAGUUUGUCCCUUAAAAAUAUGGACCCUUUAAAUAAAAACUGUAUUUAAUUAAAAUGAUGCAAAUAUAAUAAAGCAAAGCUGAAACCAAAAUCUUUCAAUAUUAAAAAAAAAAAAAUCCUCAUUUUAACAUUGAUGUUAGCAACCCCUUUAAAACAGUUGGAACAGAGGCCGCCUGACAAUUUAAUAACCUCCUAAUAAGAUUUAUUUUCUUUCUACAGUAUGUAAAAACAGGAAUUGAAACUAGAUAAAUGCAGUGAUUUAUAGAGCUUAGAGCAAUGAAAAAAAUACAGUAACAGCUUAAACAGGGAUUCUUGCUUUUAAGUUGAAGAUGGAAAAGUUAGUAUUCAUUGGCACAGAUGUAAUGCAGUGCAGGUUAUCACCCUGAUUAAUUGAUAGACCAGUUAAUCAGUCUGUCUCUAAUCAACAAGUUUGAAAUCAGAGCUUGUUCAUUUCACAUCCAAGCUAAGCAAGCAGAGAGGGAUACAAAACAUCUGUUCAUCUGUUUGCUCGAAUUAUUAACUGACUUAUGUUGCAGAUGACAUGUUGAAAUAUUGAUCCUGUAACGCAGCAUCUGUACCAGCAGUAAGGUUUAGUGAGUGGAUGGAAAAACAAACACUGUAGCUGCCGUUCCAAACACAAAGCUUCAGAGGAUGCUGCUUCAAGGGUGUCCCUUUUCAGAGGAUAUCUAAAAUAGGAGAGGAGCCUAUUUCUGUGUCUUUGCACCUCCUCCUCACGUCUGCUGGUGACAGCUGUGGCUCUAAAUCACUCUCCCUUGGUCCACACACACUAUCCUGAGCUGCUUUCCCCAAAGUGCAUGUGAUAUAAUCCAAAGCAAAUCCACAAACCAGAGGGGUCCUGCUCUGUCCCAGCCCGACAGAACUGCUUUAUUGUCACACAGAGAGACGUUUGACAUAUUUAUGAUCUAUUUUUGUUCAUGAUUUUUCUGUCCUGGUAACUAUCAGGGGAAGGUUUUAAAUACAAACGGAUGAGUGCUUGAAAAAACAGAUGCAUGGACUGACAUGUUCAGGGUCAAAUGGUCACGGUUGGCACAUUGUUGCACAAACACUUCUGAGAAUGAUAACUCUGGCAUGCUGGGAGUGAUAAUCACAGCUGCCACUGAUAUGCCACCUGUUUUUCCCUCUGUGUCUUUGUACCCAUGCAACCUCAGGCCGACGGCACGUCCAGACCCGGCUUGUUGAGCCCAGAGCUUCUUCUCUGAACAGCGGUGAUUGUUUCCUGCUCAUCACGCCACACCACUGCUUUGUUUGGACCGGAGAGUUCGCCAACGUCAUUGAGAAGAACAAGGUGCUGCUAUAAGUGUCACACAAAAAAAAAAAACGAUAAAAACUGUAAUGAACCUUUGAGUUUGAGACAUAUCAGCACAGGUGGAGUUUGUGGUGAACAGUUUUGUGGGUCAAACUCCAUAUUCAGGAUGUAAACAAAGCCCGAGAGGAAGCAAACAGUGACACGGCGCAGGAAAAGAGUGUGUUUUUGGAAAGGAAAGGGUCAUGUGUUUGUGUGUCUGAGGGCUGUUACAGGAAACAGGAACAAAACAAGGCUAUUGUUCAAAGCCAGGAUUGGUCUGAUGACCUUUAAUUGGCCGAACAGAGCGCUGACCUCAUUCAGACUAAAAGGAAAACAUUUAUGAGGGGUUUUUUGACCUCACUUCAUCAGAAUUUAGAGACUCUCUUCUGAGCUUGCAAGAUUCCGGGUAAUGAGAAUGAACUUUCCCUGCCCUAAAACAUCAGGAACAUUAGCAUAGAAGUGUAUGGGUACACUCUCCGAUGAAUGUCAAGUAUGAAGAGUAUUUCAGUUGUUUGGAACUGACAUUUCCACAAAAAUGAAUAAAUAAAACUCCUCUGCCUUUUUUUUCAGGCUGCAGAGUUAGCAAACUUCAUCCAGAGCAAGAAAGACCUGGGAUGCCGCGCUAACCACGUCCAGGUCAUCGAGGAGGCCAUCAACACACAAAGCAGCACUGCCAAAGAUUUCUGGAAGCUUCUCGGGGGGCAGUCCAGUUUUCAGUGUAAGUAUUUUUUCCUUUGACACCAACCCUGCUUACAAUCUCUGAACUAUGAAACUGAAGCUGAUGUUCUUGUUUUCCACUUGCAGCUGCAGGAACUCCAGAUGAAGAUGAGCUCUACGAGGGAGCUAUUGUGGAGACGAACUGCAUUUACCGCCUGAUGGAUGACAAACUGGUCCCAGAUGAUGAUUUCUGGGCCAAGAUGCCCCGCUGCUCUUUACUCAACCCUAAAGAGGUCAGACUAUUUACUCUGUUUAAGCAUUUUACUCAUAAUCCAGAGCUUGAUAAACUGUUAAUAAGACUUCGCUUUGGAGUUUAUUUUGUGCAGCUACUGAAGGAUUUGAAUUUUUUUUUCUCUCUGGUGCCCCCCAGUGGCCCUGGAAAAAAGACAAAGGGGAGAUAGUGAUUAGCCAACACUGCUGUGUUAAAAACAUCUUCAUCCAUAUGUCUCUGCAGGUUUUGGUGUUUGAUUUUGGCAGUGAGAUGUACAUCUGGCACGGAAAAGAAGUGACACUUGCUCAGAGGAAAGUGGCCUUCCAGCUGGCCAAGCACCUGUGGAACGGCACCUUCGAUUACACAAACUGUGACAUCAACCCACUUGACCCCGGAGAGUGCAACCCACUCAUACCCAAGUAUGGAAACUUGUUAUAAAACACACCUGUUAACUUCUAUUCUGUUUGAUUCUUCAGUCCUCAGGAAGGUUUUUCCACUUCUUCUCAGUUCACCUUAAAUCCACUUAGACUCAGAGAAGUCACCAGCAUUCCUGGGUCAUGUUUAAACCCUCUUUUGCUGAUGCAGCAACAAACUGUGUUCUCCGACAGUCAGUUUUAGAAGAGAUUUUGAUCCCAUGUUGUGAUUUCCACUACAGAGUCAUGUCUGUUUUAAUGCAGUCCAGACUGGAGAUCACAGUCAUCCAGUGGUUUUUUUUUUCUUCCGUUUUCACUUGUAAAUGUUAGAUUUUUUACUGUUUAGGCUUCAAAUAAUGUUUUUUAUUUUUUACUGUUUAGGCUUCAAAUAAUGUGCAACUCAUCAGAAUCUGUUUUCAUCAACAUUUCACAUUGUAUCCUAAUGUACUUGUACUUGUUUUGUUUUUAUUUAUUUUCCACAUAAGUUAGUAUUUGUACAUACAUUUACCAUCAGCCUCCUAGUUUAAAGGCUUGGAGGACUUGGUGCUUGUGUUAAAAUCACAGUUUAUACCUUUAUUCCUGCCGUUUAUCUACAUGGAGAGUUUCAUUUUCACCUGAUUGUUUUAAUUCUCUUUAUCUAUACCAGUCUUGGGGAGUUAAUCUGACCCAUAAAUGCUAUUUCUGCACCUGUGAAUUAGAAACAUGAAGUCAUAACUCUGUGUCCCUGAUUGUAGGAAAGGUCAGGGCCGACCUGACUGGGCAGUAUUUGGCAGACUGACUCAGCACAAUGAAACCACCCUCUUCAAAGAGAAGUUUCUAGACUGGAGCGACUCCAGGAAAACACCCAGCCCUACAAGAAACACCAACGACCAUGUCACUGACCAGAAGGUAUCAAAAAGACUCUCAGUCUUCAGGCUCUGCUCACUUUUUCACUCCCUAUCGUUCUUCUUACUCCUCUUCUUCAUCUGAACAUUCACUUCAGGAACAGCCCACCUCUGAUCAGCCCCAUGCCUACGAUGCCUCCCUAAUGAUGCCCAUCCAUCAGGGGCCCAUCUGCACCAAACUGGAUGGGUUCAACGUGGGGCGGGGCUAUGGCCUGGUGGAAGCAGAGGACUGGAGGAGCUACGAGAUCAGCACACUGGGGGUGGAGGUUUGGCACAUCCUGGAGUUUGACUACAGCCGCCUGCCACGCCAGAGCAUCGGUCAGUUUCAUGAGGGUGACACAUACGUGGUGAAGUGGAAGUACAUGGUCAGCGCUGCAGGUAAGAAGUCUUUGAAGUCUGCUAAGUUGUGAUCACAGAUUCUUUGACAUAGAUUGAGAUCCUGAACAUCAAAAAUCCUCCUCCUUUUAUCUUUUUUCUUAAAGUUGGGAGGAGACAAAACCCAGAGCAGCAGAAAACAGCUGGUCCAGGGAAGGAAAAGUGCUGCUACUUCUUUUGGCAGGGUCGUAACUCCACCAUCAGCGAGAAAGGAACAUCAGCGUUGAUGACGGUGGAGCUGGACGAAGAGCGAGGAGCACAGGUAUGUGGAAGAGAGUAUCAGAUUAUCUUCCCAUAAAAACAAACCUCUGUUCUCUUUCAGCGCAUGUAAUUGUUCAAACUUAACCCUUCUCUUCCUCCAUCGACUUCCAGGUUCAGGUCCAGCAGGGAAAGGAGCCCCCAUGUUUCCUGCAGUGCUUCAGAGGAGGGAUGGUGGUCCACUCAGGAAAGAGGGAGGAGGAGGAGGAAAACUCACAGAGUGAGCACAAAACAAAAAGUUUACUCUCUGCAGAUCUAAUUUUAUUUGCUGUUCAGGCUUAUUCAGCAAAAAGUCUCUCUAUAAGUUCGACAUUUCUGUCUCAGAGUACUGAGAUUAAUGAAAAAAAGAAUUUAUAUUUAUAUUCAUAUCCUAACUCUUAACUAUCAUGAAAAAAUUGAAGCCCUUUAGAGUCCCCUCCUGUAAAAUUUUCUUUCUGUUUUGGUGUUAACUCUCUCUCUGCCCCUGUUCUCAAAGAUGACUGGCGUCUGUACUGUGUGCGUGGGGAGGUGGAGGUGGAGGGACACCUGCUGGAGGUGGCCUGUCACUGCAGCAGCCUGCGCUCCAGAGUCUCUAUGGUGCUGCUGAGCGUCAGCCAGGCCCUCAUCUACCUGUGGCAUGGCUGCAAAUCUCAGUCACAGACGCGGGAGGUGGCGAGGACAGCAGCCAACAAAAUCAAAGAACGGUGAGUAGGGACUGAACUUCUCCUGAUAGUCACAGUGACAGGAAGGAGAGGUUAAUUUCAAACCAGCGAGGGAGAGUCUGAUGUAUCUUCUGUAAACAAACAUGGCAGAUCUUUUUGUGCUGCAGUUUUUAUCAGUCAGUUUUUGGUAUUUUGUGCAGCUGUCCUCUGGAAGCAGGCCUCCACAACAGCAGCAAGGUCACCAUCAGGGAAUUUGAAGAGGGGAUGGAACCUGUGGGAUUCUGGGAGCCGCUUGGGAGGAGUGACAGGAAAGCUUAUGACUGCAUGUUGCAAGGUAGGCCAAUCAAAAUGAAUCUAGUCUUUAUAGACUGAUUUUAAACCCUUUUAUACAUAAUCAGAGCUUUUAAUGGUCCCAUUAACUUCAGUGUAUGAACUUUCUUUGACCUCCAGAUCCAGGAAGAUUUAAUUUCACUCCACGUCUGUACCAGCUAAGCAGCAGCUCGGGGGAGUUUUCUGCUGUAGAGUUUUUGUAUCCUGCCAGAGAACCCAAACAGGUCAACUCGAUGCCUUUCCUGCAGGAGGACCUCUACGUAGCAUCACAGCCAGGUAGGUUCACACCUAAACUGUUCAAUCAAUUGAUCAAUCAGUCUUUAUUUAUGUAGCACUUUUCAUACAUGACCAUGUAGCACAAAGUGCUUUACACAGAAAAAGGAAUAAAAGAAACAAAGAAUACCUGAAUCUACCCCAACCCAGGAAUAAAAGAAACAGAGAAUACCCAAAACUACCCGGACCCUAACCCCUGAUUCCCACCCCACAAUCUAAAUGCAACAGAAACUUAAAAUGCAUUAACUUAAAAAGGGCUUGAUUUUGUGAAAAAGAAGUAAUGUGCGCACUGAGGAAACGCCAUUUUAAAAUUUAAGAUAAGGAAACACUGAAGGCUAAGGUUAAAAUCUAAAACAAAGUAACAUAAAAUAAAAUUUUAGAAAUAAUAAAUGAAAAAAUGAAAUAGAAAUGGUAGAAAUAGAUACUAAAAUAAGAGCACCAAAAUAGCUCAAUAAAAGAUGAUCCUAUCAUUAAAAGUAGAAAGAGAUAAAUGCUAAAACACCAAAACAAAAUUAAUGAUAUAAAAUUUAGUUAAAAGCAAGACUAAGGUAUGUUUUGAGUUUGGUUUUAAAGUCAGACAGAAUAGAAAUGUUACCCCAAUGUGACCAGAAUAUAGCACUUUUUUUUCCUUGAAAGAUAAAGAAAAAAAAAGGAAUGUGGGAUUCAAUAAAUCAACCCUCUAGGGUAAAUGCUCAGAACGUAAUAAAAAUCAACAUUUUAAUCUAUUACCUGAAGAGGGGAAAGCUGCUGGACUGAUGUCCGGUAUAAGGUCUGCUUCACCCAACUGUUAAGAAUCAGUUAGUGAUCAGUUCUUAAAAGUCUGAAGAUGUUGUCUGUUGUUUUCUCUCUCGGAUCUUCAGCUCUGUUCCUGGUGGACAACCAUCACGAGGUGUAUCUGUGGCAGGGCUGGUGGCCUCAGGACAAUGAGAGCACUGGCUCAGCCAGGAUCCGCUGGGACUCUGACAGAAAGUGUGCCAUGGAGACCGUGCUGCAGUACUGUAAAGGUAUUUCACCCCUUUCUGGUCCUACUCCUACUUACUCUGCUUGCACAUGAGUUUUUCCCGAGUCAUUUUAUCUCAUGGCUCUGGUUUGUGUUGUGUUUUGUUUCUACAGAGAAGAACGAGAAGAAGCCUCCCAAAGCGUAUCUGAUCCAUGCUGGUCUGGAGCCCCUCACCUUCACCAACAUGUUCCCGAGCUGGGAGCACCGGGAGGACAUCGCUGAGAUCACUGAGAGGGUGUGUGGAGCUAAUCAUGUUAUCUGAUUACAUCCAGCUACAUCAUCUGAUAUGACCCAGUGCUGCAGACUGCGUCUGUCUGUAACUGUUAGUGAAUAUACUGAAGCACAUGCACUCCUAGUGUAAACAGCAGACUUACACUUUUUAGAAACAGACCAGGGCUGUCCAGGUGAAGACCACCAUCUCUGAAUGAUUUCCUGAUUUAAUCUGUUUUCUGAUUUAAACUCUGCUGUGUUUUUUAAAACUAACAAUGAUGUGUGUUUGCAUUUUAUCAGGAGGCAGAGGUGUGUAAUCAGAUCAUCCUGGUGGAGGACGUGUUGGCUCGGCUGUGUAAGACCACAUACCCUCUGUCAGAUCUCCUGGCCCGGCCGCUGCCUGAAGGGGUGGACCCUCUGCGUCUGGAGGUUUACCUGACUGAUGAUGACUUUGAGGUAAGAACCUGCACACUUAAGGCAGUCUCUGAUAUCGAUUUAAAUAUCUGUCCAGAUUAUGUUACUUUUGUUGUGGCUAAUGGGAAUUAAAAUAAAACUGUCAAAAUGAAACAUCGAAAGAUUUUAAAAUGUGGCUUUUUGCAAAAAUAAUUAUUACACUUAAAUACAGUAUUGUGUACUGCACCUUUAAAGAUGAUGAUAUCAGGUUUUUUUUGGCAGUAAGACACCCUGGCUUUAGCUUAUGUGCUUUUUCUUAAACGCUUUAUAACUUCAAUUAAAUAUCCUCCAAGGGAAUAUUCUUGUUAAACACCGUGAGACCUUAAAAUUAAAGCUCCUGUGAGUAACUUUCUUCUUGCACUGACGUUUGUGCCCCUUCAGAAUUUCUUUGCUAAUCUUGUCCUGUAUCUGUCAGUUGUUUUGUCUGGCAAAAUAAAUGAAUUAAGGGUGUGAAGGGACAUCAGCAUUAAUUUCUGUGUUUCAUAACCAGUGAAAUUUCCUCACAGAAGCUUUAAUCAGUGACUACAUUUACAUGCACAUCAUACUUAGGUUGUGGUCCCCAUUCUAGAUAAGACAACAUUCGAAAUAAAGUGUUUACAUGUGCAAAGAAGUGUUUAGCUAUGAGGAUACCAGCAGUGUAUAGAGGUACCAGUUGCAACGCCAUGACACCAGAAUAUACUGUGUAUCCUUUUCUAUAUUAGUUCCUGCACUAUAUCUGCAAAAGACUUGCUUUAGUGCUCUAUGGUGGUCUUUGCUCAGCAGCUACAUGAGAACUUUCAGUGUUAUCCACAUUUUUAAGUGUUGGAUUACAUUUACAUUUUUAAGUGUUGGAUUAUAUUAUGGUAAGUAUUUGUUGUUGUGCAAACCUUAGUCUGGCCACACCUCUGACCAAACAAACUAUCACAAUUCCUUUAGUUCCAGGAAUAUGAUGUGCAUGUAAAUAUAGUCUGUUUCUGGCAGUCCAAUCAGUCUCUUACUAAUGGAUGGCCUUUAUCGAUUUUUUUUGUAUCAUCAGCUUCAUCAGCUCUUCUUUAUUCCUUAAAUAUUUUCAUCCAUCAUAUUCUACAUCCUUCUUUCUUUCUUUCCUCUUGUCCUUUUUCUAACUCUAUCAUUUCAUUCAUCCACCCUCCAGGGUGUAGGGGCUUAUGGGAAGGUGAGUCCUCUGACUUGAGCAUGGAUGGAUUUGGAAUUGUGCUCCUGUUGCACAGCAUCAUCACUCAACUUUAACAUAAUCCACUCUCUCUAUAAAUCUUCCUAAUCGCUGUUUUUUUUAUUCCUCUCUGAUAAGAUGAAGCGUGUUUUGCAUGUUCUCUCACAGCACUGACACCUGUGGAUUUACACUCUGACUGCAGAUGUGAGCUGAAGAACAAAGGCUGUGUUGUGGUUUUCAGUGAUGCAUGAAUUUUCAGAUAUAGUAUUCACUCCUCACAGUGCCUGUUGCAGAUUGUAUUGGUUAAGUUUUCAGGACAUGAUAUGUCUGUAUCAAACUGUCUAGUAUGGCCCUGACAGUGUCAUGAUCUCGCCCACAGAAAGCCCUGGAGAUGAGCAGAGAGGAGUACGGAGUUUUGCCCACCUGGAAGCAGGUGAACUUGAAGAAAGCGAAAGGACUUUUCUAACAGAGAGCUGAGAGAGCAGAAAAAAGCCACCAGGAGGUUGUUUGUCCCUCUUUUGUUCACAUCCUGAGGCUCAGGGACAGCCUCUCAUGAGUUAGCCCUUUAUUUGAGGGUCCAGGACAAAAAGAGGGUGGGAUGCAGGUGUGGAGUGAGUGAUCAGUGAAUGAGAGGAGCACCAGCUUCAUCUGCGGCAGAUUUCAUUCCCAUCUGCUCUGUGUGUGAGUAUUCUGUUGUUUAAUUGGGAUGCAAAUGAAGCUGCUGCUGCUCCUCCUCUGAAUAAAUGAAUGAAUGUGUUAAUAGUUCUUCUUUAAAGCCGCACUCUUGUUUAUGUUUGUAUAUAUGUACCAUACGCAGCACAGACAGUGCUGUCACACUGUCAGCCAUCUCUGUCAGAGUGUGUGCAGACCGGUCAGCCUGUUCAUCACACUCCACACGUAUGCUUGUGCGUUUAAAAUAAUUUAUAUUUAUAUCAAAUCCAUAAAGGAGUUAAAACAAAAAAAACUACCUGAAUUCUCUUCAAGCUGAAAAUGAACAAAUAAAGUGUAAAUUCAUGUUGUGGAUAAAAAAAACUGGACAUCACAGAUCUUCUCUUUGCUGUACAGUUCACCAUUUGCCAUUUACAGAUGAAUGAAUGAUGCAGCUUUAUGUGAAUGUAGAGUCUCUGUCGUUCCUGAUAGAAGAAGAAAGAUUCAGGCUUGAUUAAAGAAAAAAAAAGCAAAGAUAGAGUGAUGAUGAACUGUAUGUGAUUUUAAAAAUCCUCCAGUGUAUAGUGCCUUGCUUUGUGUACAGUUUAUAUAAAGAUCUUAGUCUGCAUUUUGAAGACUUUUUGUGAUAUAAAGAAAUAUUAGAGAAAUAAACAAUGAAAGUUGAAUAUUGGAAAGUA